AUGACUACUAGUAGCAGUAAAAGAGUAAGUAUCGUAUGUAGUGACUGUUGUUUUCAUACUGGUGUAACAGUCUAUGAUUGCUAUUUUGAAAUUAACUAUGAAAAAUCACUGCCACUUCUAUUUCACAUCAUCUCUAUUAUAUAAAAGGAAACUACAGAAAUAAGGGAAAUUACGAAGGUACCCUUUACAACCAGUUUUUUUUCCCCAUAUAUUAUGUAUUUCUAUAACAGUAACAUAUUUCUAUAGACUUUCAGAUAUUUAAAAUAACACAUUUAUAACAUCUCCGGUGGUACUACCUGUACACAAUAGUAAAACUUUUAUUAUUUAAUUUUUCCUCCGAAAAUGCGAUCAACACAUCCGGCGGAUGAGUUAUGUGUAGUGUAGAUUAGUUAAAUCGCUCGUUUGUGAUAUUAUACCCAUUAUUCGUUUUAGCAGUAUUCCGUAAUUUUUUUUGCUAUUUUUUCCCCUAUUCGUAUAAUAAAUUAUACACCGGUUAUUAUUAUUCGUCCCGUAGAGAUUAAUAAAGCUUAAUUAUUAUUUAUACAAAAAAGAAAGAAAGAUGUUUUAUAAUCAACAAUUAAGAUAAAAUAAUACAAAUUCUGCGAAAUCUUAAUCGGGUUAAUAAACUAAACCGUGUACUUAUUAUUUUAUUAAUAACAUUACAUUAAUAUAUACAUUGCAAUCACUAUAAUAACUAUGCACAGACACUAUUAUUAAUAAUUCGUAUUAUUAUUCAUCGUUCAAAAUCCAAAAAUUUAAUUUCAAAGACGCGUUCCGAUUAUUUCCGUUAAUUUAAUCAACUCGUAUACUUUGAAGAUAAAAUUGAAUAUUAUUGUAAAUUAUGGUAUCUAUUUUAUACGGUCCUUUUAAGAGAUUAUUCUAGCAAUUUACUGGCUCCGUCUAACUAAUGGCGAUUUACCACAUAAUUACUUGGAAUAUGAAUCUUGGUGUUUAGGUUAAAAUUGAUUAUGAGUUACAUGCAAAUAACAAAAGGUUGAUACUGCUGACGGGUGUGCCACUUUUUAUGAAAGGAAGUUGAAAGGAAGGAUAUAUGGAAUACUGUAGUUUUAUCUAUUUGUAACAUAUACGAUUUAUAACGAAUAAUGAUUCUGCGUAGAGAAUUAUUAGUCAUAUUUUUUCCCUUGUUACCAAAGUAACUCAGAAAUCAAAACAAUUAUUCAACGAAUUGCCAGUUUUACUCAUUGAAAUUUACCAAUGCUACAAGAAAGUUAUCUGGGGUUUUUGAUUGGCGAAAAAUUUCUGAUAGAAAAAUAUGUUGUUUACAUACAAACACAAAAAAAAAAAAAACACAUCAAAGUACAUUUCUUACUUCGUUCAGUUCUUACAAAUUUAAAGAGGAUAUUAUUUUUGAAGGCAUUAAAAAUGUUUUAGUAAUGUUAGUUUUUGUUUUAGAUUCUGAGCUUAGCGAGCGAGGAAUGCAUUUGUUUGUUACUAUGAUGUGGCUCUGUUUUUUUUGUUGAGUGUCUAAACAACUUUUCUACAGGAAGUCUUGUUUAUUUUAAAACAUUCUUUAGGAAUUUUUUUUGUAGCAUUUUUGAUCAGUUUUAUUAAUAAAUAAAAAAACUGGCAAUUUUUUACAUAAUUUUUGUUGUUUUCUGGACUACACUUGACUCUCAAGUUAAAUAACAGUUUUUCGUUCCCAAUGGUUUAUUGUUUAAUAAAGGAUUUAAAUUAAAUUAUUCUAUUAUAUAUACCUCUUCUAACUUCGCUCACAACAGUGAUACACCUAUCAGCAGUAUCAGCCUUUUUUGUUUAAAUAAAUAGCAGCUAUAUUUGUCUGCGAAUACUAUGAUUUUUCGAAAAACCACUGUAUACAGUAGGACCUCGUUAAUUGGACACCCGUUAGUCAGACAACUUCAGUAAUCCGACACUUUCUUUUCCCUUCCUCUUUCUCAUACACAAAAAGUGUCGUUAAACAAAAAGUGUAAAUUUUACUUUAUUAAUAUAACACGCCCGAUAUGGUUUGGAAACCCACAAUAUAUUACACCCGCUAAGAUAACACUAAACGCACUUAAAUACUCUCGUCACUCGUCAGUUCUUAAUUUGUCGUCACAUUAAUAAUAUGUUUAUAUUAUUAUAUAAUAUUAUGAGAAAAUAUUAAAAUCAGUCUCUUUAAAAAUAAAAUAACUACGAGUAUCGAAAUAUACAUCAUAAUGUUUUUCUUUUAUUAUACAUACCUACUGCAGUGAAAUUAUUUUUUACAGUUUUCUCACUCUCGCAUUUCAAAAAAAAUAAUAUAUAUAUAUAAAUAACGAAUCAAAUGCAUGUAUUAUUGCAGUGACGUAUACAUAAUAUUCAAAUGUAGGUAGGUAGGUAGAUAUACCUAGUUCAGUUUUUAUAAUAAGUAUACAGCAAAAAAAGGGUACUGCAGGAUAUUGUAAUAUAUUAGAUCUGAAUACACGUCUUAUUAAUAUUUCUUCAAUUUGUAUACAUAUUAUUGUUAUUAUAUAAUCGCAUCAGACAAUAUUCAAAACGUUUAUUUUCUAUUCAAAUUUAUACGUCAGAAACUUCGGCUUAUAUACUUGUAUAUAUACAAUAAUGUGUAUAUGUAUUUUUAUCCUAUCAUUUUAGACCAUUAGUCUGCGUAUAUCGUUUCAUAAUAUAAAAGCCAUUUAAAUUGACUCGGGCGUUUCAAAAAAAAAAAAAAAAAAAACGUUGCAAUGCAGCGCCGAACUCUAUAUGUAUAUUAUUAAUAUUUAUUGGCCUGUUUUUCAUUUAUUUAUUAUAUUUCUCUCAUGUGUGCGCCCGUAUUCAUACACAGUUUUUAGACCGAUAAAGGGGAUCUAUAUAAUAUAAUAUAUAUAAAAAAUAAUAAUACAGCUACAUUGAAUCAUCAUAAUGGUGCGUACAUAUAAUAUAGGUUCAUGCACGGGCGUCCACGGAAGGGGAAAUGGUAAAUUGACCUGGCUUUUACGUACUCAUAUACGUAUAACAUGUUACAAUAGUUCAAUAAAAAAAAAGUCAAUAUCAUUGAAAAAUACAGUUAAAAAUAAAACGCAUUGUCCCUUGUCUGCAGAAUUUUGAAAAGAUGGACGCCCUCCGGACAAGAGUUGACUGGGGAGUAUUCGGACUACUGUUCUAUAGAAAAUAAUCGGCCUUAAAGAUGUUUAAAGUACAGUGAAAGUUGGAAAUCUAAACACUGAACAUCACAACAGCAGAACGUUUUUGGCGAUGUAAAAAUAUAAUAACACCUACUAUUUAUACCUACUCUACAUUUUUCCUAUAUAUUGACCGGGCGUGAUAUACGAAAAUGCCCGAGUAAAGUGAACUCUGUCACGGAGGGAUUAGUGCGGGCAAAGGUAAUCGAAUCAAAUUAUUCAUAAAUUCAUAUUUCUGACCAAGAUAACCUCAACAGUAACAACGAUUCAAAUUUCAAGUUGUUAUUUUACAUACAUAUUUAGUAAGUAGGUAAUUAGUUAUACACCUAAUGCAAUUUUACAUAUAUUUGUAUUUGUAUGCUGCAUAAUGUAAGAAUACUUAAACUAUUUAUUUUAUGUUUGUUAAAAUAUGAUAAUAUUUUAUUAUUAUUUUUUUUUUAUGGUUAUAAUAUAGUCUUAGAAAAUUCGGCGUAUAAUUAGGAGAGUGUAUAAUAUAGGUAGCCGGUUAUAAUAUCUAUACAAUAUCGAGGGCAUUGAAAUCGUGGUUAAAUUAUUGGGUUUUCAAAAAUGUUCAGGGGAGGUCUGGUAUACACCUUUUGUAUUUUAAAAAAUUACGUCUUGUGCACACACCUAUAUAUUAUUAUUGUAUUAUAAUUUAUAAGUUCUCGUGUUACGUACUAUUGUAUUACAAAAAACGCAUUUAACUACAUAUGUACUACUACAUAUAUACUACUAAGUAGUAUACUACCGACGUACAUGAAACUUGCGGGUUAAGCUAUAGAUUAUUAUAGGUACGAAUUCAGUUGUUAUAUACUUAGUGUUCAUGGCGAUGUCAAUAAUAAUAAUAACGAUUGCAUUAAGAUAUAUAUCUAUAUAUAAUAUUAUUAUCGUGUGAACGCGUACACGCUGUCGUGGGCUAUAAUAACCGAUGUGUAUUGGAAGUAAUUCGUUUAUAAUUGAACCACUGAAAUUUUGAACUAGUUUUUCGAAUAAAAUGCACCUGCACGAUAAAGUAGCCCCCGCCCCCUGGGCAGGCUAUAUAGGUGGUGACUUUCUACUCGCCGAAUCCAGUGGGUUUUUGGUGCUUAUAUAUAUAAUAACUGAACACCAACAAGUUAUCGGUAAUCAGUGGCGUAGUUAAGAUUUUGAAUUGGGGGUGGAGAUAAUUACGUUUUCGUUUGAAUCACGGGUGUUGGUAAAGGGGUUUUGGAGCUCUACCAAAAAAAAAAAAAAUGUUGGAAAGUUAUUUCGUCUACAUGAUACAUUUCAAUAUUAUAAUACUUAAAACACAAAUUGAAAAAAAAACACUUACUAAUAAAAUGGGAAUAUAAUAUUAUGUAUAAUGUCUUGGCAUAUUUAUGAUAUUAUAUUAUGAAUCUCCCGAGACGGAAAUUUUGAGCAAAGGUGGUAAUUAUAUUACCUAUAUAUUAAUUAGUUUAACUAAAUGUCUACAAUAAUUAUAGAAUACUAGGCCUUGACACGCCGUGGAGGAUUGAAUGUCCAGGAGUCUUAAACUAAAUAAAACAUAAUAACAACCUAAUCUAUAGCAUAGUUUUGCCUUAUACUAUGCUGUAACAAUAAUAAUAAAUAGGGUACUUAAUAAAAACUGAUAGUUUAAUCUAAAGCUGUUGUAGUCCUAUAUGUGAAGUUAACAUUCAUCCAAAGUGAGAUACACGUAUCGUAAUUCUGAAAUACUAUAUUCUUUCUAUAAACAUAUAAUUUUCAUCGAUGUCUUACUUUUUAUUUAUGUAUAUUGGCCACGGCUAAUUCAUUGGUUUUAUUCACUGAUAUAGAUGUAAUAACACUCCUCCUUAAAUAUUAUGUUUUCAUGUACGGUUCAGUGUAGAAAAUAUUCUUUCAGUUGUGGAAUAAUUAUAACAGGAAACGUAUACGGUUAACAUUCAAUAACCGUAAAAUAGUAUGCAUGAAUUGCGUUCAUUCAUGUCUAUGGGAUAAGGGCUAUUAGUCUCCUCCCCAUGAAAAUGUGUGCACUCUAAAACUACAUUCAAAGCCAUUGUCGCCUUUGUUUUACUCGUGGACAAAUGUUUAUGCUGUACGCAUAUAUAUUGGCAUUGCUCGUUAGAUCAAAAAAAAAUGAGACGGCAAAUGCUGUGGUGGCGGGGGUCUUUCUCGUGGGGCUUUACGACCGCGCGCGUCGAAAUUUAAACCGCAGAAAUAAUAUACGAGUAUACGCCGGCGUCUCCAAAAAUAACAUUUUACUUUCAUCUCUUUUAAUGCGGCAAAAAACGAGCACUUUAUACUUACACCUACUUGUCGUCGACAACUAAUUAUUAUCGUAGUACUAGAUUAUGUACGUCGCGGUGUGACCUCUGUCGCCUGUUUAUUAUAAUAAAUAUCUUUUCGCAUAUUUAUAUUUUAACGAGCCAAUUUCGAACGCAUAAUCAGUUGAUAAUAUCAUAACGCGCACACGUGUGUAUUAAAUGGAAAUAUAAUACAGUUUACGAGAUUUGUAGCCCCGAAUUUUUGUUUAUUAUAGCACAUAUAGGUAUAUUAUCAGCGAUUGAAGCGAGAAAAACUUCGAAGAGGUACUACAAUAUUUACAGAAAAUUGAGAGACGUUCCUGAAAACUAACUAAACCUAACCGAGCUUUCAGUAAAUUCAUCUUGGAUAAGAGAUUUUAAUAACGAUUUUUUCUCGCGCUCAUUCAUUCAUAAAAACGUUAUAUUAAAACGUUAUACUUAAAAACAAACUUCACCCCCUCUCUUAAAAUAUUAUCUUACGUAUAUUCCGCCCAGUAAAAUAAAGUAAACCAGAGUCCGAUUACGUAUAUAUAAUCUAAUGGGUAAUUACGCAGAAUUUAUAAAAUUAAUUAAUUUGUUUAAACAUGUCUUAGUGACAAUAACUAAAGCGUCCCCCUGGACUUCGAAAACAUUGAACUAAAUCGAAGUAAAAAUUGUACCUUAAAUAAAAAAGGGACUCCCCCCCCGCUUUAACCGCUGUAAUAUUAUACAAUAUUGAUUUGAUAAGUUUUUAUUUUCUACCGUAUAAUAUAAUACGACGCGAAAUAUUAUGAUUAUUAUCCUAUAGUUAUUUUUCUUUGCGGUGAGGUGUACACGUACCAACAAAUUAUAAUUAUUUCGAGACUUUAUUUUAUUAUUUAUAAACUAUUAUAAUCAAGCUUUGGUCUAUAUUGAGAAAUAAUAAUAAUAUUAUAAUAUAAGUGUUUUAACGAUAGAUAGAAAAAGCGAGAUAAAUUAAUUUUUAUUAUUACGAAAUAACUAAUAAUAACGAUUAUAUAUAAUAUAUAACUAUUAUCUAUAAUCUAUAUGAUGUAUCAUUGUUAUACUGAUAGUUAGUUGUUAUUAUAUUUUAAGUAUUCGUAAAGAAAAUAGUCAGGUACGCAAGUAAUACGUUCUAGCAGCUAUAUAGUAUAUGACCAGUAUAAUUUAUAAUGAAAAGCUAUAUAAUAUAAAAAAUAAUUGUUAUUAGUUUGUUGUUGUAGGGUUUAUAUAUAUACAUUGUAUAUUAUGCAAUUAAAAACGUGUAAAAUAUAUUUACUAAUUUACAUUUUUAUACAGGUAUAAUUAUACAUUAUAUUAAUGGUAUAACUAUCAAAAAAAAAAAAAAUUAAUGGUACAAUAAUGUUUUAUAAUGAGCAUAUGAUAUUUAAAUGCAAUAAUAAUUAUUAUUUCCAUUUAAUAAUAAAACCGUAAACUUGAAUUUAAUUUUUGAGUGUAAAGGUCCUGAUGGGUACCUAUACCUACUGUGGCUAUAUUAUGGAUAAUAUGGAACACGGUUUGUAUUUUAUUUUUAAUGUUUUAUUUAUACAACGACGAUGUAUAAUUUUACAAAGCAAUUUCGAAUUUCAGUGUUCUUAUUUAAAACGAAACAUAAAAAGAAAAAAAAAACAACGUAAUAUUAUGUUGCUUUUAUAUACCGACGCUCGUAUAUAAUAUAAUGGAUACACAAAUAUAUAUUUAAUGUAUUACGAACAUAAUCAAAGCUAGGCAACACGUUUAUAAUUUUUUUUUUUUUAUAAAAUAUCCAGUUUAAAUUUAAAAAAAAAAAUAAAUAAUCAAACCAAGUUAAAGAUAAUUUUAAAAUAUAAAAUAAUUGGAAUAUAAAUUUAAGUUAGGUUGCACAUUUUCAGGAAAACGAUUACUCAGUUUAAUUAAAAGUUACUUUUUUUAAAAUUACUCUGUACUAUAUACGCUCAUAAACGUAUUUUGUACUCUAAUAUAUAUACUUUUAUAUCGACUAACUAUAAUACAUGAUUCGUGUAAGUAUAUCCCUGCACAGGUUGUAUGUCCGCCUUGUAAUGUGAUACUUAAUGUUAUUCACGUAGAAAUACGUAAUUUUUGUCGACAUCAGGUACUUACACAGGUUUUCUUUUUACACAAAAUUUGUAGAUUAUAAAGCAAUUUAGUUAAAUUAAAUUAAUUUAUUAAAAUAAAUAACUAAAUUAUUGACCAAGUCAUUUGCUAACAUUCUUUUUUAUUUAUUUAGUUAAGUAAUAUAUAAUAUAUAAAAAAACAAUUUAUAAUUUAAAUUUUAUUUGGCUAUAUAAUUCACAUUCUACUUGUAUAUUAACAGCCUGUUAUUUGUUAAAUUACACUUUAAUGUAAUACAGUAAACUAAUCGCAUUUUUUUUAUCAUUAUUGCUAUAGGUACUACUCGAAAGGAUAUUCAACGUAGAACGCGGAUUUUGCAGAUUUGGCGUCGAUCCGGUGAUAUUUGAAAUAUUAUUAUACACUGCAAGGUAAGCAAAAAGCGUAACGAUAUAAAAAAUUGUCAUAAUAGUAUUAUUGUUACAAUCUUGAAUAGUCAUUAAGGUAUUUUUAUGUUAAAGUUUUAUCUAUAGUUAUGGGUAAAUCUAAAAAUCUAACCUAUCCUAUCUAUUAGUUCUAAGUUGCCACACACCAAAUAAAUAACAAUCGAUGGUAAUUUUUAAUUCUUUUCAAAAAGUUCAUGGAUUGUUUUCCACUAGCUGCAGUACUUAUACAGGUAUAAUGAGAAAAAGUCGCAUUUAUUUUUUAAUCCGUAAUUUACAAUUGGUUUUUUGAGAAUGCUUUAUCAGGGAGGGAGGCCCGGUCUUAUUACAUGUUCUACUUGCCCGACUUUUACAUCCUCCACUGGAAAUCGUUAUAACAAUUUUCCGAAUGUGUAUAUAGUGGUCAUUAUAGACAAAUAAUGGUACCUACAUUAUAAAGAAUGAGAGUUUUAAAUCUACGUGUACUAUAUAAUAUUAUGUACUUACGUGUAUAUUAUGUAUCAUGAAUUUAUGAGUAGAUAUAAAAUAUACGUCCCUAUGGCAAUUGUUUGUCGUACAGUAUAGCCGACUGAUGACAAAACUAGUUCCUUUGUUUCGUAUAUAUAUAUUAUAUACUGCCAGUUCUCGUAUAACGUCGUCAUAUGUAUAGGUAUAUUAUGUUAUCGUGUUCUCCCGGCCAAUUAUAAUGACUUCUAGCGGAUUAUGAUGCAUCACGUGAAAAAUAUUAUUAUUAUGCAUUAGACCAUAAUAAUAUAUAAGUCUCGAGCGGUAAUACUUUCUCAUGUUUCACCGAUUUCCCCUUCGGGUAUUUGUACUGUAGGCGAGUAUAAAGGUGGUGUUCACACGAGAAACAAAGCGCAAACCCCUAUUGAUUUUUUUCCCUCGAUGUAAAGAAAAUAUAACAUUGUUAUCCAGAUCCCAUUAAAACGUUGACUUUCACACACGCCCUCUCAAAAUUGACCGCACGUAUACGCGCGUUUAAUAUUAUAAUAUAACCGUUUUUAGAGUUCCGCAGGUCCGACGCGACGAGGGAGGCCAAUUUUCACAGUAAUCGUACAAGUGCAUGCCAGCUCAUAUUAUAUGUAUUUAGCGAGCAAACAAACACCACAACCUCAAAAUUAGGCAAUAACGACAUACAGGGUGUAUUUGUAGGAUUUGAUAAUUUCCUAUGUUGAUGCAUAAUAAAUUGUCAAGAUAUACUCUGGCUCGUAUUUGGGGAGGGGGUUGGGCAAGUAUACCUUGGUGCCCUUAUUAGAAAUUUGUCUCGUUCAUCAAGGUGAUGGUAAAUUUAUGUCUACACCAUAUAAACAAAAUUAUAUGAUGUGUAUGUAUACUACAAUAUGUAUAGUAGGUACUUAAUUAUUAUAAUUAGGUUUUUUUUUUAAUGUAGAUGAAAAUGUUGGCAUGUCUUUUUAGCACUGUUCUGAGUUCAAAUGUAUACAUUAAAAUUUAUUAAAAACACGAGCCAUAAAGUUGUAAUUUAUUAUAUAGCUCUAAAUUAAUAUAAUUUUCUGUAGAAUAUCGUGUAUUAUGUAUUAGAUAAUAAUUAUAAAAUCUUAUAUUUUGAAAAAAAAAAAUUAUCUUGGACGGUGGCUAAAAUAUAUGCAAUUUUCUAAUACGGGCCUGGAUACACCUUAUAUUUAUUGUUUAGUUUCUCUAAAACAGAAGGGAAAUUUCGAUAGGUAUACGAAAUUAUAAUGUAAUAAUUCCCAAUGAAUAAAUGCAUAGUGUUACAAAAUUCAAUACAAAUACGAAAAGAACUUACUACCUAUUUAUUAUAUUACAUUUCUAUAAUAUUUUAUUUAUAUUAUUUGCAUUUCUAAACUGAUGAGCUGUGUAGGUACACCCGAAAUCUAUUCAAAUGACUUAUAUUUUUCUCACGUAAAAAAAUUUCAAAAUAAAUCUCGUCAGGAACGUUACGCCACCGUAAUGUUUUCGGAGAAUUUGUGCUGACAUGUUUGUUUUUAUUUACAUAUCUAUAUAUUUCGUGCAAAUGUACGCGGAAUUUCAUAUACACAAUAGGUAUAUAUAGUCAACUUUUUUAUUCGACGAACAUUACUUAUAUAUUGUAAUAAAGUUUCGCGGAAAUCGAAACAUACAUACAUGUAUAGUGGAUAAUAUUCACUGUAUUUUAUAUUAUAAUAUAUUCAGCAGCAGGUCUUAUGCUGCACUGCAUUACACAAGUGGCGUACACUAGAGGGUUCUACUGCAGCUGCUCUAGCUCAGAAAUUUAGGCGGUCGGUGGUAUAGUAGCCAAAAAUACCUACCUAUACAUUAUGUUAGAAAUUCUAAAGGAAAUGAUUUUGUAAAUUAUAGCCGAAUUACCGGGUUCCAAUCCUUUCAAAAACAGAAAUCAAUAAAAGAAAUUAAAUUUAACGUAUCUCCCCUUGUUUUCAAUUCAUCACAGUUAGUCGUCGUUGUUCGGUAAUUUAUCUUUUACAAAAGGUGUACUUCUAUGUCCGUGACAAAUUUAUUAAUUUAACCAAAUUAAUAUACUAUAAUAAGAAUUUUUUUCAUCUGUGUCAGUGUGUCAUUGAGGUAACUUGGAAAUCAACAAACAAAAAAAUUCAAUUUUUCCAUAUUAAAAUAUCGAAAACCAAGUGCGAGCCAGGAUAGCUCUAAAGAGGGUCUUUAAAGGUUAAACUGUCGAAUGUGUAAAUUAUCGUUAACAUCGGAAUUCAACUGUAGGUUUUAUAGUGGACAAACUUUUGGACAGACAGACAUAUGUAAACAGAAUUUCAAUUUUAUCCAUAAGAUAUUAGUUGAAGACUAUAUGUAGCUAUGUACAAGUUAAUGCUAAUUCGGUGUCAUUUGGAGCGAUUUUGGGGACGAGCAUGGACGGUAAUAUACUAUAGCCAUUUGACUCACUGUCCCGAUUUAAUUCCGCGUGUAUACGAAUGACAACUAAUCGUCACGGAGAACAAUUUUGCGGGCUUCCUGUAAUUUUUUCUAUAGUACCGUGCGCUUUUUCGUAUAUACACGUAUCGUCAAAAACACGCUUCGAGCGAUACAGUUACUUGUACGAUUUCUUUUUGGCCGUCCUCUAUACACUAUAUCUUAUUUUGUCCCUCACCUACCCCGGUUCAAUGGUGAGUCGCGGCCGAAUUGCUUCUCGCUCGCCGCGUGGGGCUUCCGAUGCCCGCAGUACUGUGCAACAACAACACGAGACAAAAUACAACACGAGGGGGGCAAAUGACCCUAUACAUAGGCUUUCUCCCUCAUUAUUAUUAUACGUUAUUGGGUUAACUAUACAUAAGCACGUCGAGCCCCCAUCUAUAUAUAUGUAUAUAAAUUGAAUCAAAGCCCCGGGAACCCAUAUGGCGCGCAGGAAAUUAAUAUUGUUCGUCGGGGAAAAAAAAAAAUCUAAAAUGAAUACCUAUACACCGGGGCCUCGUAUAUUGUGUAUUGUAUAAUAUAUAAUAUAAUAAUAGUAAUUGUAAGAACGAGCAUUUUUUUCCCCUGACUCUUCCAUCGUGUGCGGAGCGUGUAGAUUGUAAUAUUAUAUAUAUUAUUUGGACGUGAUUUAUCUCUAUUAGAGUAGUUUGACGGUGCAGGGAGUCUCGAGACGACCGACUACGAGACCUCUAAAAUAUUAUUAUGAUUGACGAGACGAUUUUCAUCACCGCCGCCUCCGCCGCCGUUAUUCUUAUACUCGUAUUGUAAAACCCGUCCCGUCGUAUGUACUUACCACCUUGACUAUCCAUUGUUUCAUUAAAAAUAAUAAUAAUAACAAUAAUAAUAAUAGUAAUAGUAUAACGACACGGAGAGCUAUUAUUAUAUUUAUACAUUUUAAAAAUGGAAUAAGUACCUCUAUAUAUCUAUAAACCUUAUGGGCUCUUAUUAUAUUAUGUACAUUAUAUAGUUACUUCCGUUUUUUGCAGCGCCUCUGCCUCGCGAAGAAAACAAUAGGCGCCUUAUUAUAAUCUCCAGGUCGCGUCUCGAAUACGCACUGUAAACACGUCAACGCGCUGCCAUAUGUACUGUUACCUUAUUUCUUAAAUGGACGAGUGUAUAUAUAUAUAUUUGUAUAGGAUGGGGACCGAUCCAAUAUGUGAUCUACCGAUUAACUUACGAGUAUACAUGCUAGGUACUUAAAGUAGCUACGUACUUACUUAUUAAUAGUUUAUCCUAUAACAGUUUUUUUAAAUCCGAUAAAAAAAAAAACAUAAAAUAUUUUGAAUUUUUAACGCCAUAAUCGCCAUUAUAUUUGGUCUUGAUUCAUUUUCACAAUGAUUCUAUUGUUUGGAUUUACGUAAUUUUCACUAUGUUUCAUAGUUUUAUGUUUGGCGAAUAAAUUCAUGGUCUUUCAGAGUAUUAUAAGUUCGCCACUGAUCGCUGUGAAUCGUUGGAACAGUGUUUAUCGAUCUCUUUUUACUCCAAUCAUAAAUCGACGUUCAGUUGUGUUGUCAUGCUUACAAGAAAAACCAAAUACCAUGGGCCUUUCAUUCGAUUACCAAAAUUUCGUCGAUUAUUUUUUUACUGGGGCUUUAUUUUAAUAAUUUGAAGUAUCUUUUCUAUUUUUAUAUAAUUGAUGGUUGUGGUUUGUAAUAUUAUCAGUAAUGUAUAAUCGACCAUAAUUUAUUUUUGUUUUCCUUGAAGGAUGGGUUUAUCUAUCUGUACGAUACAUCUGAGACCUCGCAUUUCCUUCGAUUUAUCGUAAAUCACUGUUUGUCAAAUGAUCAAUAUUACGUAGAACAUCCGUUAUCCAGAAAAGUAUUGCAUUUUUAGUGUAAUUAGUAAUUUAAGAAACAAAUGUUACAUUAUCCUUAUUUUCGGGGCUGAAACCUCUACGUACUUUUGAUUUUCUAAUCUAUUUAUGAAAAGUCCUAUAAACAGACAAAAUUUAAAUCAAUUUUGGUGUUGACAUUCUUAAUUUGAUAAGAUAUUUCGCUUUUAAGGUUGCUGUUUGUGAGUAGAUGGAGGGUAGUGUAUCACUUUGCAAACGUUGUGUGUCGCCUUGCUAUCUACAUGAUCUUUCACUUCUUUCUUCGUCUUACUCAAACUCUAAAGUAAAAUAUUUCGUUAACGAGUCAACGAAAAUUAAAAAUGAACACCAAAGAAAUCGAUUUAAACAGAAUUUCGUUUUUUAUUUUCAUCGAAUUUUCGAAAAAAGUUAGUGCUAUCCGAAAUAAUGAGUGUCUUUACGUUUCGUCGAUCAUCCUGCAUCCUGUAUAUCUUUAUGUAUUGUACGGACGUGUGUACGUUUUUAUUUUGUUCACCGUCGGAGAAAACCACCCGGCCAUUUCAAGCGUUUCCGCUACAGAAUUGUUUACAUUUUAUUUUUUAUGUACCUACGCGCUCGCGAGAAAGACAAAUAUUUACCAUAUAUAACCACCCGAACAUCACCGUUUUCAUUUUUUUAUUUUUUACAAAUCCAUUAGCCUUUUCUUUUUCAUCGUAUAAAAAUUAAAAUAUUCAAGGCACAUCGCACGCGUCACGCAUGCAAAAUUGCAAAGGUUUGUCGCUGUAUACCUAUAUACUCGUACGUACCUACCUACGAUCGUAUCGUUAAAUUAUUAUUUUAAAAGUUUUUCGUACGGGCCUAAACGGAUCGAUUUCGGACUUUAAAAGGAUAAUACCUAUAAAACCUAUUAUAAUAAUACCAAUUUGUCUUUGUACAAUAGUUUUGACUUAAAAUACACGUAUAUUAUAUUAUUGUGUGGGUCAAAAGUGAUGGACGACGGUUUUUACGUCCGAAAUAUCUUUCCCACGUGUAUAGAAACCUAUUGGCAGUAAAAAUGUUAAAUCGUGAGUUUGCUUAGGAUAUACGGUGUACAUAUAAAUGUAUAAUCUUCAUGUAAUACCUACAGACUCUGAUAAUAAAUGAUAAUAAUAUGCAAUUUUUAUCUCGGUCAUGAAUCUAUAAAAUCUUGCGUUUAAAAAUAUUAUAAUAUAAUAUAGUUUCGUUGUUACUAUUCUCCUCUUCACAAAGUCUCUCGUAUUUUAAUUUUAAAACUCCCCGUUCAUAUAAAGUUCAAAAGCUUAUCGCGAUGCUUUCGUUUAACCCAAUAACCAUUGAAUUUAACCUAAUGUACUUAAAGGUAAAUAAUUUUAUCACGAACAACAUUAUAUAAUAGUACUAUAUCAUGUAUGCUUUACCGUGGCUAAUCGAUAUCAUAGUCAAUUUUUAAUCAUGCAUUAUAAAAUAUAACCGGAAUAGUAAAAUAUUACUAAUAGAGAAUAAUAUUAUAUUGUAAUGUUAUUUUGGCCGUGUUUCUGGUGUGCAUUUUCUAUAGUACUUUUUUAUAAUAAUAUAAUAUCAAUAGCCACGAUAUUUAAACUCAACCCACGCGUGAAUGGGCAAUUAAAAUAAAAAAGUUGCCUCUCGUUUAAUUAAUUUUAAAGUGCAAACACGACAAUUAAUAUUAUAAAUCAUUGUUAUAAUUUAUAGUACCUAUAUAUUUAAUUAAAAUAGCAGAAGUUAUUAUAUUUGUUUAUAGAAAUAAUAAUCGGACUAAUAUAUAAUUAUUUUUGAAUUCUCUCAUUAAUAAUUCAUUUUAAUCGUUACCGUCAAAAAUGCAUUUUAUAGAACUAUAUUGAAGCAAAAUUAACGAACGUUAGUUGUGUAUUAUGUUAUUAUUAUCUCGGUAAAUUAUGUUUAUUCACAAUAAUGUUAAAAACUGGUUAGAAUAACGAUUCAAUCUGAUGAAAAAUUGUUUUGUUCGUUUUUAGUUAAGUUAAAUAAAUUGUGUUUUGUUAGAAUAUUUCUUUAAAUCGGUUGUUCUAUGUAAAUUCUAGUACAAUAUUUUGAAAUCAAUAAUAAAAUAAUAUAGCACCGAUAACUAUUCAAUUAUUGAGUAAAAUUAUAGAUUUUUGGAGUGUAUGCAAAUUAAUGAUGGAUCAUUUUCAUAAUUAUACAAUUAACGAAACCAUUAUAAAUGAAAUAAUUCUGAAAUAUAUUAAUAUUUAUUCAUUAUAAUAUCCCAUUAAACAAUAAGUAAUGAUAAUAUUUAAAAUAUUCAUUACGCGAGUCCACAAUAUCCAAUAUAAAAACAUAAGAUUAAAUAUUAAUUUCGAUUAAUUCGGAUGUCACUAUAGUUCUUCUAUAUUCUUCUGUGUACCGGUUACCUCAUUAAUACAGAAAAAACAAGAAAUACCAAAAUAUAUUUUUUACAUUAUUUCUUGUUAUUCGUAUUAAAAUAACCAAUAAUAUAUCUAUUAUAAUAUAAUACUGUCAAAUUUCAGUUUAAAAAAAAAUUUCAUUGUGUGUUAUUUUUUUUUAAAUACAAAUCAUAAUAUUAUAUUGUUUAAUUAUUUUAGUCAUAAAGAUGUUUUUCAAUUUGUAUGAUUCGGAUGUAAUAUUGAUAAGUUAUAUAAAUGUAUAGGUAAGGGAACCAGCGCUAUUUCGAGUAUUUCGUUUCAUACAUUUGUGUUUUGUAAUAUCUAUACAAAUUCGGUUACCAUGAUAUAGAUGUUAUUAUUUUUGUAAAGAAAUUACAUUUUUACUCGAUAUCGUUAAUAACUUUUCAUUAAAGUUAUAAUAUCUUAUUGUUAACAUAAUAAUAAUAUAUUGAUUACAGUGUGUUAUGACGUCAGUUAUAACGAUUACACUGAAUUAUUAGGUAUUUAACUAAAAUUUGUAUUAUUAUUAUUAUUUUUUUAUUAGAUUAAUUAUCGUAUUAAAUAGUUGCUAUAGGUUCUGUUGUAAUACGAAAAUAAUGUAAUAUCGAUUACAAAUUUAAAAAUGUAUACUCAUACAUAUUAUGUCUAUACGAAUUAACUUAAAGAAUUAAGUAUAAUUUAUUUUGACUGUGUAAUAAUUGAGAAUAAUACAAAUAAAUCAAGAGUAUUAAUAAGAACAUUUACUCUAGCUUUAACAUGAAUGGCAUAAAUAAAAAAAUGAUACAUUUUUUUUCAAUUUCCCAUCAUAAUACAUUUAGGAUUCUACUUAUUUUUAGUUAUUCAUUACCCAGAUAUUUUGUUACGCGUGUUAAAAAAAAAUAUUUUCUCUAAAAUUUCUUGCCAAAAUAUUCGUCCGUCUGUCAGCUUUGAUUUAUGCGCUUGAAGUUUCUCCAUGAAAACGUUCGUCCGAUUGUAAACGUGCGGAGUUAAUGAGCUCUUCCGAGAGAAAAAAACAUCGUCUCUAGGACAAGUGUCGUUUGUUGAUCCCUAAACAGCUAGCGACUGUAGAGCUACUCUAAUAUGUACAUGUUUAAGUAGUAUCAGUUAUAACUUUGUGUGUCUGAUAUGUAUGGUUUGAAACAUUAAUAUUGUAAAUAUCCUUGAAUUUUAUGAGAUAUUCGUGGUAUUUUGGGUUUUAGCUUUAUGGGUAUUAGUAUAAUUAUAUUUUGGAAUCAUAAUACUGCAGUUUACUAAUGAUGUGAUGGGCAAUUAAAAAUUAUUCAUUUUUUUUUAAAUAACAUUGCUAAAUACAAGUUGUUUGGCAGUAUAUUAUAUGUGUACCUAUAAGUAUCUAUGCGUUUUUUGGACCAAAGGUUGUUCAACGAGCGAAGCAAUUAGUUAUACCUACCCAUAAUUAUUAUUGCAGUUAAUCAGUUGAUAUAUUCGUCUAUAUUAGUAGUACUCGUACAUAAUAUGGAAUGUAAAAAAUAAUAACCAUUAUUAUAUAUUAUAAACCUAUAGAAAAAUGAAUUGAUAACAGAGAGAGAGAGACACUGCAGAAAUAGAAGUCAAACGAUAGAGAUAACAACAUUGUUAGAAAAGAAAGCUUACUGUUUAAGUCCUAUCAGGUGCGUAUUUAUGUCGCUGCAGCACUGUCUGAAAUAUCUAGGAUAUAGUAGUUAGACUUGGAACAGUGUUAAUGAAAAAAAUCCUUUGGAUACGGACCUGGGUACUAUUAUAUGCUCAGGUAUUGGCCAAUGGACAUGAAUCUCUUUCUAACAAUGUUAAUAUACUAUAUAGUCAACCUAUACGGCAGGGUAUGGUGGGAUUUCGCGGGGACCAGUCCAUCAUAAUAUUAAUAUAAAAAUAAAAUAGUAACUAAAAUAGGUAUCGUAUUAUAGCACUGUAAAUUAUUGUGAAUUUGUGAUAACAGUCAGCGUCGUGAUCUAUGUAAUGCAUGAUAUUACAGUGAUAUCACCUUACGCUGAUUUUUUUUACCUUUCUGUUUUAUAUCCGAUAUGAAUACACAGGAGAGAACGAAAUUUAUAGUAACCUGUAACCAAUAACCAAUAGCCUGUAGUAUUUUGAUUAUGCAAUGAAUGGCUAUUAUACCACGUGAUGUUCCUAACUCUUUUAAUUAUUUGUUCAUCUUUUCUUCAGCUCUUUAUAAUUUCUUUAUGGUAAUCUCUAAAGCAUUCCAUACAAAUUAAAAGCUCUUUAUUGAAAGGGCAAAUUAACAUUUAUAUUAAUAUAAACAUGAAACAAAAUCAUUGUCGAAACUGAACCGUAAUGCGAAAACUAUAAUAUAUUUAUACUAUUAUAUUAUUGUAGUUUGUAAAUCGUAAACUGUAAUCAAUAUUUGAAAUAUUGAUAACAUAUUUAAGGAACGCUUUGAUAAUUAAGCCACGGUUUAGUUUAAGCUAAGUUGCAAAUAGUGUUUGUGUAACAAAACAUAUAUUUAAGGAAGCCUUAAUUUUUACUUAAAUUUGAAGUGUAACUGGUGCAAAUGGGUACGAGGCACGGUGUGUUAUUGUAUUAUUAUUACUACGGUACCGAUUAAUAGUUAAUUCGAUUUAUUUAGGUUUAUAAUUGAAAAGUAGAAAUGUAGGAAACUGUCCUCCACUCUUGUCACUCUGGACUGUGAAUAACUAUUACGUACGCGUUAUUCUUCUAGAGGAAAAUAUUGAAAAAAUAUUUAUAUGUAUAGAUAUAUUGUUGUAUAUGAGUUUGCUGUCCUAAAAUAAAACCAUUAUUUUUGGACAGGAGCGACAAUUUAAUUAUAGCAUAAGAGCGGCAAAUUGUUGAAUUUGAGACCCUGUGGAAAACGUAUAAUAAUAUAUUUAUUACGUGUGCAGGUAAUACUUAUAAUAUAAAGUUAAUGCGUGUUUGUUAUAUUAACGUUUUAAGCUAACAGCUUUCAAAUAUUUUUUUAAUAAAAUUGAGGUGCUCCUGUCGUCUUAUGUAUAUUAUAAUAUAUUAUGUACCCGUGUAUAGGAGUCCUCGAUAUUCUAUUAGUGCACGUAUAUAAAUGUUUUAUAAACGUAAUUGCGGUGGGGUCGACGGUACUUUUAAUUAAUACCGUGAACCUUGUAUACCUAUACGAAUAGGUACGUGGCGUUAAUUCGUUAAAAUAUUUAUAAGCCUCCCGGGUUUAGGUAUUGGUAUAUAAUACGGUUUGAAUUUCAUUCGAAUAUUUUUCAAUACGCACAACGUGGUUUUUUUAGUCGGACAACAUUACAAUAUUUUUAUUAUUCGCUCAGGGUUAUCAUAUUUUAUCGACAAAAAAUUACUUUGCUAUUCAAAUAUUAUAACAUCGCGUCUAAAAUCUAAAAUAGCAGAGAACAAUAAUAUAUUAUGUUUUCAAUAGCUGUCGCUAUUGUUUCAAAUAUUAGGUAUUUAGGUAUAGGCGCGAUAUUAUUGUCGUUAAAUUUAUUCCGUAUAUAAUUUUCUUUUGACAUUUUCUACAGGAAACACGUUUGUGAGUGGGAUUUAUCGCAAAGUUUUUCCAAUGUGACCUAACCUACCAAACCUUCAUACCUAUUAUAUUAUUAUAGUGUCGGGUGGUAAUAUUUUUUUUAGUUAUAUGCGGCCCCAUCAUAGUGGUUUAAUUUAAAGCCGAAUCGAAUGUUUUAUACGAGUAAUUUCCACGGACCCAAACUGUACAUGGACACUUAUUGUUAAGAAUAAGAAUUAAAAUUAACCUAUGAAAACAAUAAUAAUUACUGUAUAAUGCGCAAUAGUAGAAUUAAAAAUUACACAUUCUCGCGUUUGUAAUCGAGUGAUAAGUGGAACGUAUUGUAUCAUAUUUUGUAUACUAUUACACAACUUAAAAAUUAAAUAAUAUUAUGUAUUAUUAAAAUAAAUAUUUUAUAAUAUAAUAUAAUUGACUUUAUAAAUGGAACGUAAAUUCAAAAUGAUUGUUAAACUAUAAAGUUUUUGUACGAUAAAAUACUAGGUCGGUUUAUUAUUAUUAUUUUUUGUUAAAAUAGAAUAAUGAAAUUCUAUAAUGGUUUCCCAAAUUGAAUGGAGUAUUUAUUUAUAAUUUACUUCCAUAAAAUUAAACAGCAAUUAUUAUAUUGUCCCGUGUAUCAAUGGAACCAUAACUUUUAAAUAAAAAUGAAUGGUUUAUUGUGUUUAAUUAUAUUGUGUUAACACAUUACUGAACGCAAAAAGCCGUUGUAUAAAUACAAAGUUCUUUUAAAUUAAAGAAUCCAUUUAACCGUAAACUUAAAUUAAAGUACUAUUCAAAUUUUGAUAUAUAAUAGAGUAAUUAUGUUGACCUUAUAAACAUGAAUGAUAUGACUGGUAAUAUUACAGGGUGAUUUUUUAGAUUCUGAGUGCUGCGAUGAAUUUUUAAGGGUAACUAUGUUUUGCUUUUCUUUUCUAUCUAUGUACGGCUUUUCUACCAGAAUUCUUAUUUGAAUCAAAAAAUUAAAAGAGGGUUUUUUGUAGCAUUUUGGAUAUAGUUGUGCUUUUGGGAGGUAAUUUUUCAAUUUUCCAAGUGGUUUUCACAAUGAUUGGUAUAGGCUGGGGGGAAAAAAAACGUAUAAGACAAACAGAUACAUUUACGGAAAUAAAAGUUUCAUUGUACGAUGUUCAUUAUAAAUUUAUCUUAAUAUUUUUAGUAGUCAAAAUAUGAUGAGUUAUUACAGUUUAAAAUUUAGAGCAGAGAAGCAGGGAAGGGUAAUAAAUUAAUAAAUAUCCAAUUUCCAUUUUAAAAUGAUACUUCUAAAUAAAUCCGAUAAUAUAGUGUUAUAUCAACGUGUUUGAAAAGUAUUAAUUUUCGAUUCUGUGUUGAAAAGUUGUUAAGGGAGAAUUUGCUUUUGAAAAAUCAAAAGUUAAUAAUCAUACCUUAUUAUUAUAGGAACAAGGAGUAGGGGUAAACAUUUUAAUUUAAAAUCCUCUUGGAAAAUCAUUAUAUACGUAUAAUAAAAAAAUAUGUGUCAAGUUGUCAAUUUUGGUACAUAGUUAUAAAAACAUUAUAAAACAUUUUACCGAUUAGGUUUGUUUGUAGGUACAGUGGUUAAAAUUGGGACAGUGUCUCCCUUUUUAAGUAAAACUAUCCGUCCCCAUUAGUUUAAUUUUUUGAAGUCCGAGGGAAUGUUUUAUAUUUGGCACUGAGGUAUUUUUAAUGAAAUACCAAAAGCUUUUAUAAAAAAAAUGUCUUUUAUAUUGGCUUAACGUUAUGUAAUUAAUUUAUUUUACAUUAUAUUUACCGAGAAGGAUAACUUUUUCGGAGAGGGAGGUAGCAUAUCAUUUUUAUGAAUAAAUUUGUAUGGGAGAAAAAAAUGUUGGAAGUCUUGACUUUAUGGGUUUUUCGAAAGUUUGGUUUAUAUUAGUUAGUUAUUCGAAAUGCUUCUCAGUUUUUGGCAAAUAUUGUCCCCUCACGAAGUUAUUUUUAAUUUAACCACUAUACUGGGCGAUCAAUCUAUCAUAAGACACUCAUUAUCUCGGAAAGUAUUAACUUUUCUUCGACAUUUGUUUUAUAGAAAAUUUUAGAAACAGGCAACAUUGAAAUGUUACAAUUAUCUUAUUUUUUGUCAUCCUAAUUUUUUUUUUUUAUUGGGGGGGGAAACGACUACCUACUUUUCAUUUUCAAAUGGCAGCCUAUAUUAAAAAUUCUAUAAAUAGAUGAAGUAAAACCUAGUUAAAAUAAAUUUUUAAUUUCUUUCAAUCUGUUGACGUGAUAUUUUACUUUUAAUUUUGGAUCGGGAGAGUAGUGGAGCAUCAUUUGCUUGGCGGCACAGCAUGUGGCGUUUUAAGAAUGUACCGUUACUUUCCCCCGACCCAAAAUUAAAAGUGGAAUAUCUCGUCGACGGAUUGAUGAAAAUUAAAAACUUAAACAUCAAAAUUUAUAUUAACUACUACUCCAUCUAUUUAUGAAUUUUUUAAUAUAGGUUACUAUUUGAAAAUAAAAAGAAGGUAUUCAUUUCAUCCUCAAAAAUUAAUGUAAAUGUUAAAUUUUAGGACAGCUCGUUUCUUAAAUGUUCUUUCAAAGAAAUUUCGAAAAAAGUUAACACUUUCUCAGAUAAUGAGUGUCUACGGUAAAUUGAUCACUCCGUAUUUGUACAGUAUAUAGGCUAUAUGUUUAUUGAAAACUGAUUUAAUUAUUAGAUUAUUAACGAAAUUUGGGCCAAUGUGGCAAGGUUUGAAGUUGAUAUGUUUGUUCGAAAUUUUAUAUUAGGUUAAAAAUUAGGUUUACUUAUAUUAUUUAUUUAUAUUUCAUUAUUAUUAUUGAAAAAAAAAUAUAUAUAUAUAUAUAUGACAUAGAAUUUGACCAGAAUUGUUAUGUUUGAUUAAGAAACAUAAUUAUUUGAUUAGGGCAUAAUGUUAGCUUGUUUAUUAGUAUAUAUAUAUUUAAAAGAAUAUAAUGUUUCAAUAGUGUAUAUAAAGAACGAAAUGUGCCUACGCAAUAAAUAAACAAAUUUAUAUGAUAAAAAAAAUAGAUAAAAUUGCAGGAUUAUAUAAUAAAAAUAUGAUAAUUUAUGCUCGUGUCGCGCACGUUACAUUUUUUUCUCAAGUAUUUCAAUUAAUUUUUUGUUAUUUUUUUUUUAACACUAAAAUUCAGCUGUAACGAAAAAAAAUUUUGAGUAUAUUGUUUAAUGACGGAGGACCUAUACCGAUAUUUUAUUUAUACAAUGUACUUAUAAACUAAGGUCGUUAUUUAUUUAUUUUAUUUUUUUAGAACCGUUCAAAAUCCUUUAUAAAAUAUUCAAAGUAUCAGUGUAAUAAAAAUAAAAAAAACCGGACAUACUUCGUACCAUAGGAGAAGCUUCUGUCGUAGGUGAGAAAAUGGGAAAGUAUUGGAUAUAAGAAAAUUUAGUUUGUAUACUGAAAGCAGCGAUUCAUCAUUCUCACAAAUAAAAAUAAAAAAAACCGAUUCUGACCGGAGAUCGUGUAAACGAUCAAGGGUAUAGUAUUAAUUGUUUAAUGGUGUUUAUUUCCCUUGUGGUAAGUAACUCAGAAAUCAACAAAAAUAAAACCGACGAAUUGUCAUUUUUGGUCAAGUUUUUAAUUUUCUUUUAAAAAUUGUUGGUAAUAUAGACAGAUUUUUUAAAUAAAGUAUUACCGGGCGGAGAUUUCGCGUUUUUUAAGGUAUGAUAUGAAAAAAUCUGAGUAUUUUUACAAAUUCAAAAAAUUAAACACACUAUAGUAAAACCAAUAUAUUCCUUUCUGCAUUCAGAAUGUAUCGAUAUAUUUAAAAAAAAAUGUCUUUCCAACCUUUUUUUAGCUUAAAAAACGGUUUAAGCCCAUUGUAGCACCAUACACUUUCCUCUAUCUUUCUCUGUCCAUUGCUACAUGCGUAUAAUUUUCUAUUACUAGUAUUAUUAAAUCCUUGGUCAGGCAAUCACUACUCGGGUAAGACUUCAAAGUAGAUCCGAGCACCCUUGGGUCUCUUCUCCUGUGGUUUCUAAUAAUUACGGACUGUUUUGUAAUCGAGCUAAACUUUAGUUCGUUGUCAAAUUACCUCAUGUUAUGUUUGAUUCUUUAAAGGCGUAAAUAAAUAUUUUCUACAAAAUUGAAAAUAUUACCAUAAAAAUAUAGGUUUAGUAAUAUCUACGUCUAUAACUAGGCUUCCGGUGAAAAUCUUAACAAUAAAAGUCGUCGGGAUCUUAUAGAAUAGGUUUUUUUUAUUCUUUCUAGUUUCAUUCUCACCGACGUCGCUUAGAAGCGUUUCUGUUAAGAGGUUAAGAACCUUUAUAGACAUUUCGCAUUUUAUCUGAUUUCGAUUCGGCGUGUGGGAUUCGCGAUUUACUAUCUGCAUGCAGUGUGCGUAUAUAGGUACGCGUCCAUACAUAUUGAUGCAUAUUAUAUUAUAUAGUCGCUGUAUCUUUUGGACGAAGGCCGUAGAGAGCAAAAAAAAAAAUCUUAUGUACGACAGCCACGACCGCGUUUUUCUCGGCGCUGUCGUCACACACACGUAUUAUAUUAUAGUCGUUUUCAUUACCAUCACCAAGAUACGGUCAUUUUUUAUUCAUAUUAUCGUAUAAAAUGUGACCGGAACACCGAAAUCCGUGAGUGCGACGAAAACUAAGAGAAAAAAAUGUAAAAUGUAUUCGAUUUUGUGAAAGAUAAAGCGAUUUAUAAAUUUAUGCGCGACGCGAUUAUAUUGUACCCUAUACGUUUAGAUACCGACUCUGGGAGAUUAUGUGCAAGUGUAAUAUAUGCGAUAUGUCGAUUUUUUUUUAGAUUCCUAAUAGAUCGAGGAAGUUAUCUGUUUUACGCAAUGAUUUAUUUGUUUUAGAUUCUGAGCUCAGCGAGGAUUAUUCUGGUUUAUAACUUAUAGCUAUGAUGUAUGUGAAUUUUUUAAUAUUUUUUUUUAACUUUUCUACCAGAAAUUUUGCUCUAAUCAAACAAUUAUAAGAGAGCGUUUUUCGUAGAAGUUUGUAUCUAUUUAGUGUAUUUACUGGGCCAUUUUUUAUAUUCUUUGUAGUUUUUAUUAUAAUUUGGAAAAAAAACGUAAUGGAAAACCGGACAAAUUUAAAGUUUCGUUGUUAUCGAAUUCGGUUUAAAAGAAUUGUAAUAAAAUUUUUACAGAAGACAUAUAUUAUUAAAAUAAUAUAUUUAUCAUGACGUUUAAAAAUCAUUUCUAAAUGUGACUAUUAUUACCAUCUCUCGGUAAAUAGACGCAAAUAGCCUAAUAAAUUUGGGGGGACUCUUAAAUUCCCGUUAAAUCGAUCGUGUGUACUUUGUAUUUAUUUUAUAAGGACUUGAUUGGGAGAGUAUUUUGAUGGAUAAAACCCUAAGCCCCAUAUUUGUGCAAAUGUCUCGGCAACGUCUGCAGUAUUACUUCAGUUGGGCAAACUAAAGAUUAUUAAGUCGUAAUACGCUCGCUUUUUCACUCGAUACUGGUUUACUUUUUAAAUUCGUAUAUAUUCCUUUCAAUUAUUACGUCACGUAUAUUUGGCCAAUUUCAGUUUCCAAUCCGGCACAAAGUAAACAGAAUACGCGCGUAUUUGUAACGAGAAUUUUUAUUCGAUACGCUUUCGGCGAUAAUAACUCUGUUGACGAUCGAAUGUCAAACUUUUAAAUUAUAUUUAUAUACAUAUACGUAUACAAUAAUAUACAAACAUAUAGAAUCUGUAAAAUAAAAUAUCGAUUUGACGUUAACGCAUAGUAGUAUAUAAUGAAAAGAGCGUAUCUGCAGGAUUUGACAGUUGCACAUGUAUAAUAGGAUAUUAUCAAAUUCCGCAGACCGUAGCGCCGAGUCAGUUUUGAAAUGGUCUAGUCAUAGUAAUCAUAAGUGCGCUACUCCUCACCGCCCUAGACGAUUAUUUAUGUUUAUUAAAAAUGUCUUGUUAUUUGACAUCGCGUAUUGUACAUUUUUUUGUACAUAUUUAUUGAUUUUCGAGUUAGAGUUCAAACAAAUAAUUAUUACGGAAUUCAUCAACUACCUUAGCCACUGCAAAAACGGUACGAUCUCGAACAAUCUUCUUCGGCGCCACCUCCUGCAGGUAUACCCUGUAUACAAGUAUUUACCUACGCAGUACGUCAUCGUGGGUUCUAUUCUAUAGGUUAAUUAUGUCAGAAACUUUGAAAAUAAACAUAAAUGUUUAUUUAUUUUUAUGAAUACGAUCUAAUAACCACGACGGCGACAGUUUACGUGCAGAGCUGAUUGAUGAGAAAAAGUUUGAGCGCGCCCAGGACCGCUGUAUAGUGUAGAUGAAUACGACUCGUGUAAAGUUAUUUUUUUCGUAACUCAAAAAACUCGUUUCUACCGUUUUUUUUUUUUUUUCAAUGGCUCUAAUAAUUCAUAAUAUUUCAUACUGCUGCACGCGAGUGUACACUGUACGUUAUUUAAGAGACAUACCUAGUUAUAUUAUAGUCACAUAAGCGACGUUACGUCUGUUUUUCAUUCGUGCUGCAGUAAUGGAUAACACAGAGAAAUAAAAUCCAGCACGUAUGGCAGAUAAUCGUCGUCGGGGGCAAUGCGAAAUCGAAAAAAAUUAACAUACUUACUACGGGGAUUGGCAUUGGUGUAUAUUUUAGAUGAUUUAAACCUGAAAACCAGACGAAACCGUCUGGAUUGUACGGAUUGUAUGUUUGACGGAUUUAAUUUCGAAAACGAAUUAUAAUUAUUUUAAUAGUAAGUUUGACAUUUUUUUAAAAAUGUGCUUAAAGUAUAAUUUACUUAUGUAAAAAAAAAUAAAAUAAAUAGUAACGUAUUCGCACAAUGUUUUGAAAAUGUGUUAGAGUUUGUUCUACAUAAUACAUUUUCGUUUAAUUAAUUGAUAUAUAUAUAUAUAUAUAUGUUAUGGUAUAGGUUUAUAAGAAUUGUACUUGUAAGCUAAUAGUCUUACUGUAGUGCUAUUUUUUACCAACUCAUAAAUGUUUAUUAUCAUUUUUAUUACGUUCCAAUGUAUACUUGGUCAUGAGAAAACUACUCUGAACAUAGAUCCACUUCUUUAUAAUCAAAUAUUUGCCUUUCUAAUUUCUUAAUUGUAAAGCAAAUUAAAUUAUUUAAGGAAAUCGGUGGCGUUUAAAUUGAAAUUGUAAGUUUGUUAAGAUUGUUGGGAUUGAAGGUGUAUUAAAAUUAUUUAUAAACAAUCAAUUUUCAGGCGGUAAUCAAAGAUCUAUUUCAUUUGUCAAACGGCGUGAUUGAUUAUUAAAGUGGCACGUUUAUACGAUUCACUUCAAGUCUCUGUGAACAGUCUGACGUUGUGGCUCUCAUCCUUCCUUUCAGGGUUUAAAACAGUUGAAACUUCGUAUUGCACUUUUAUAAAUGCAUGCAUGCCCCUUUCAAAAUACUUAUAGUUAUAAGGAAAAAAAAAAUAAAAGGUCAUAAUUUGUUUAUGUUCACCUGGGUGUUUGCCCGCGCCUUCACAAUAACUAGAAAAAACAAUUUAUUUACUGUUCCCAAAAUAAGUUGUCAUGGGUAAUUGUUCUCCUGCCAAAAAACUCCGUCUAGAAAUAAAAUAUACCUUCAAAAAUAAAAAAAAACAAAAAAUAUUUUUACCUAAAAAAUUAACAUAAUUUGAUAAAAUAUUAACUCUUAAUCAUCACAUAAAAUAAUAUUCAGAAAUGUAUUUUCCAAGUUCAAUUAUGUGUAUGGAUAAAUUAUAUUUUUCUUCGGCUUUAACAAAAACUUUUUGAUAUCAUUCUUGUUUUUUGGUAUCUGUAUGCAUUUUAGAAUGUUUUGUUUUUGUUGAACUACUUAUAGAUGGCUGGUUGAGGAACCAAUUCAUCCAAUGUCGAAAUUAUAUAUUAUAUAUUAUUAAAUAGAAGGCAAAAAUAAACGUAUUCAUUUUACGCCACUUAAAUCACGUGUCAUCGUUAUCAUUAACAAAAUUGAUUAAUAAUUCGCGGCGGCGACGAUCAACACCAGCAACGGUGGAACGGCUUGUCCCCCGACGGAGGCUGCGUUACAAUAGUCACGGUUGCACAGGCAUACCUUUGACGUGACGUUCUGGUCGUUGUCGACGACGUGGAAACAACCGGCCUUGUUGACGCCGGUCGGACCGGAACAUCCGCGGACCGACAGCUCACCGGUCGCCACGCUCACGCACCACGCCGACAGGCUGGACGGACAGUGGUACACGUGCGGCCUGCGUUGUCGUUCGUCCGCGUACGACCAGAACGCCCCGCCGUCGGUCCGCCGGUCCUUGUAGCAUACCAGCACGCCGCUCUUGUGUUUGGGGAACAAAACGAUUCGGUUGUUGUCGGGAAUCGCGAAGACGACGACGACGGCUGACAACAAAAGCACCGUAGCUUUUAACGUCAUUGUGUUUAAAUAUAGUUGAAUAUAAUUACGGAAAGAUAAAUGAAAAUUAUUUAAACCGCCGUUGUCGUCGUCGUCAAGGUUUCGCUAUAUGAUGUCCUAAACGAAUAAUAUGUAAUAUUUUGUAUACAACAUUUGAGUUUGUUAUAUUUAAUUCAUUAAAAGUACAUAUAUUAUAUUAUUAUUUAGGCUUAGUGGUGCGAGACAUGGGAGGAAUUGCCCGAACGAAGUAGUUGGCGUGUGGAGUGGAUGAAGAAAUGGGGCUGGAAAUAAUUGGCGGAGACGCUCACGGAGAAAUUUGUAAUGGAAAAGGACGUAGUAUAAAUAACAAUGGUGAAUAAAUCGUAAAACUUUUUUCUGUAUCGAACUCAACAAUGGAAAUUUAAGAGCUGGGUCCAAAAAAGCCAAUUUAUAUUAUAAUAAAUCAAGCCCUUUCCUUGUAACUCAGUUGAAAUAUAUGAUUUUAAAACUUAAUUAGCUACUAAAUAUGUAUUCAUAUUAUUUUAAAGUCAAUGGAUGGUGGGAGGGGAUAUAACUUCUUAUCCUCCUUUCUUUCCUGUCGCGUACGCCAAAAGAGAUGUGUAUAGCGGAGAAUAAAAGUAGCCGACCCAGUUUUCGUGCAGUAGUAUAGAAGAGGAAGGAAAUAGUUGAUUCGUUAAAAAGUAUGAGCUUGAAAUAAAUAAAACCUACAAAUGUCCAUAUAUUUACCGCGUAUGUAGGUAUAUUAUUUUAUAAUAUUUAGUGAAGAACACUUCUCGAGCGAAGAGAAAAUAUGUUUUUCAUAGCAGAUAAAAACGAAAAAAGAAAGAUAAGAUAAUGAGGACGGGCACAGCCACUGGUGUAGGUGGAAAGUUGAGAAGGUAGGAUAUAGACAGGAAUUGAAUGUAUGAUAAACCAUUGCUUAAGAAAAAGCGAUUUUAAGGGGAGUUCAGUUGAUAGUAAUGCUCUGUCAACAAUAUAUUAUGUAUCAUUUUGUAGUAAAAUAAUUAAACAGGCCUUAUGUAUUUUCUUUAAUAAAAUUUGUUAAAUGUCCAAGUUUUUCUCCGAUUUUCCCAGUUUUCCCAUGUUUUAUCCCAAUUUUUAACAUUUUCUGGGAAAACUCUUGGGAAAAUUGAAAAAUAACCUCUCUAAAGUACCUCCCUAGUGAAAUUUUCUUUUAGAAACUUUGCUAUCUUUAAAGUCGGAACAAAAUUGCUGGUAUAAAAGUUGUCCACAGGAAAAAAAAUCGUAAUAUUAUAUAAAUAUAUUUUGUAUAUCCUCGUUUUUCCUCAGUUCUUUUUCAGUUUUUAAAAUUCUAUAAAAAAAUCUCCUGAGAAAAUCAAAAAAUGACUUCCCUAAAGUACCUUCCCACGUCGAUUUUUUUUCAAAAAAGGUGCUACAUGUAGAAAUCCGAAGAAGUCUUCUGGUGAAAAAGUCGUGCACAGAUAAAAAAAAAAAAAUAAACAUCUUUGUAAAACUAUAAGCAUCUUCGCUCCACUGAAUAUCUAAAAUAAAAAAUCCGAUAGACUUCUCUGAGUAACUGUUCGUGGGAAGUUGGUAAAUCAGGAUGUAAUAUAAUUGAGUAAUUUAUUAGUUUGUAUUUGUACGCGAUCAUUGCAAACGAAAAACGAUUUUGAGUAGAGUCCGGUUAAACGUGUUUUGUUACAUUUUAAAUCGUUGAUCGAUCGGAGCGAGAUUUCUGAUUAAAAAGUUAUUUACAUCAAAUACGCAUCGUGGUUUACAUGAAAUUCGUAUUGGAUUUUAAGCAAUAUUAGUACAUUCAUUGAUAUACGCUCUGAAUCAUAAAAUGUCCGCCCGGAAACCUUCCGGGAGCUCGACCGAGUAAUACAAUAAUAUUCUGAUAAACCAGCUGACGAUUUUCAUACAUCAGCAAAACGUUUUGUCGUUUUGAUUACACCUAUCGUAUUAUUGAUACCAUAAUAUUAAUUUAUAUUGUGUCAGUAUUUUAAUAUUGAAAAUUGGAUAACGUCAAAUGUCCGUUCAAUAGAAACAAUUAUAUUUUCAAACGGUAUACUAUACCGUACGUGGAAUAUUAAAAUAUACUAGAUAUAUUAUUUAAUUGUACCUAUUUUGUUUGAAAAUUAAAAUGUCGAGAAUAAAACCAACGUACAAACACAGAUAUUUCUGUACCUUACAUUUAGGUUUAGUAACAGGUCAAUUUACUCAAAUAUUAAAACUAACAGCGGAAAAUUAAUUCUAUAUUGAUCGAAUGUUUGACAUGAUUCAAUGUUUAACAUACGCCGUGACGUAUAUUUAUCAUAUGUAUUAAAAUAUGUUUAGUUGAAUUUAAUGACGGUUGUGUAUGUAAAGUUUUAAAAACAAAAAUAGUUGCACUAUGUAGAUGCAACAUACCAUAAAGCGGUUUACCCACCCGCCAGUCGUUAUAAGUUAUGACUUUUUUGUUAUAUAAUAUCGCAUAUUCUGCACAGGCUUCGUGGUACGCCGUAGUUUUUAUAUUUUUUAUACGGGGAUAGUAAGAAUAAUACGAUUAUUUUUUAUGAUACUCUACAAAAGUUCAUAUUCUUUUCGGAGUAAUCUCGUAUUUAUUAUUAAAUUAAAUUUUUUUACGGUAAUUUUUAGAAAAGGAAUUUAACAUGUUAUGUUAUAUAGUUUUAUACUUAAAGAGCAAAAAAUAGCAAAUGUAAUUUAGUUGCUUAUUUUCUAUCAACAAAACCACAAUAAAAUGACUAUUAACUAAAAAAAAAAAGCAAGCGAAUUAACAGCUUUAAAAACUCUUCUAAAAUCUCGAAUUCUAUUUGUUCAAGAAUGGCCUUUUUGAGAGUUGCUGUUCGUAUUCUAGGGGUAUGAUUUAAGUAUUACAUAAGAUCUGCAACACUGGCAUAUGCGUCUAUCGCAUAAGCACUAUCGACAAUAGGUGAUUAAGAAAUAAUAAGUCUGGGAAAUGGAAAAUUAGAACUAAUGCUCAAUUAUACAAGAAGUAUAAUAGAUAAAAUGUGGUCUAGUUCGUUAAGAAAAAAGAUUAUAAUGCGUUUAUGAAAAUCGUAAUCACAGACGUAAUGUGAGGAAAUAGACCAAGAGAAAGACAGCAAAGAAGAUGGAAGGAUAAUAUUAAGGAGUUGUAGAAGAACUUGGAGUGGAGUGGGACAUAGCAUAUAACAGGAACCGAUGAAAGGAUGUUUAGUUUUCUCGUAUAGAAAAAAAUAAAUAUUUUUAUAGAUGACACUAAUAAUGUCCCACCCGGAAUUUUCCCGGUAAAAGUUAUUUUCCUGUAAAUGUUUUUCAAACCCACUUUUCUCACUUUUCCAUCUUUCCCCAAAAUUUAAUAAUUAUGUAGCAUAUCAAAUUCUAUCAUUUUAGAAGACGAUAUUAAACAUUAUUCGUCGAAUAGCCUUAUUCCAACAUUGAAAGAUCUUAAAUAUUAUUCUGUUUUUCCUUCGGAGAUGUUUGUUAUGGAGGUAUUAUAUCUAUUCAAGUGUCUUAUUUGAUUUUUCUCUUCAGUAUCUGUUUCAUAGUUAGGUAUUAACUUUAUCUCCUUUUUCUUAAAAUCGUUUCCCGAACUUGAUGAUUUAUCAUUGCUAGGAUUCGGGACUUGUAACAUUUGUUUAUGUUUUUGGCGUGUCAAUACAUCAUUUAUAUUGCUAUGGUGCUUGUAUAUGGAAUUUUUUCUUAUUUAGGUGAUUUUUUAUUACAUGUCUUAUACUAUAUGAUUACGUAAGCCAUUAAAUAAAUCUAGUUUCAUUUCAAAUAUUCCAAUGAUUCAUUACACAUUGUACUUUUACACCUUUAAAUUAUAACUGUCAUAUCAUCGUUGUACAUUGCAGGUUUACCUUAGUCUUCGCUAUGGGCUCAUCCAAAGUUAUAGGUGGCCUACUUAAUAUGUAUAGGUGCUGCAAUAGCGUGUUCGGCUUUUUAUUCUUAAUAUUCAACUACCUGUACAUUAUUUAUAUUUGAUUUGUGUUAUACAUUAUGACAUUGCACGAUAUCACCUUUGUAAUUAUUAUUUUAUCAACGCCAACAUAUUUGACGACCUGUUGCCCAUCAGCUAGGUUUCACGUGCAGCAAGUUUUUGUAGGAAAACGAUAUCCGCUAAAAUUAUUAUUAACAUAUAAAGUACGCCGUAUGGUUCUAUACGUAUAUCGUUUGCCGCACUGGUGGUUUUGUGGUGGGAUCUCAACCCUCCCUCCUGUUCCGUAAAUAUGUGGAUUAUGUAUGUAUAUAUAUGCGAAAUAUUUUCAUUUUCUUUUUUAUUGGGGCUUGCCAAGGACCUCCCCGGGUUUACAGACCAUUAUAAAAUUUUAUUCAUAUUAAUAAUCGUCAAAUUUACUACUAUCAUAGAUUCCAAAUUUAUAGCGAUUAUUAGUUUUACUAAUAUGUAACUUUUUUUUUCGAAAAACACUUUCGGUUAGUAAAAAUACUAUGUAUUUCAAAAGCCAUGGAUUUGUUUGGUUUUAUAUAUUUGAACACUUUUUUUAGAUUCACGACAAUUUUCCUUAAAAAUAUGACAACAAAUGACGGUGUACAUUAGUUUUAUUUUUUAUUGAUUUUUCCAGGGUUACCUAAAAGCCUUGUAGCUUAUGGCGACAAAACACAAAGGGGUUGGGAAGAUUCGUAUUAAAAUUUUUUGUGAAUUUACUGCGCUCAUUCAGAUUAUUUUUUAAUUACAAUGAUUUACUGUUGCUUUCUCAGUAUACAUAAUACAUAUGUAUGGAUAUAUGACUACGUUAUAUCCUUUUCCGGUUUAUCACCUAUUGGCCUACUCACGGUGCAAUAUUUAGUGUGAGCAUGUCCGGCUUUUAUUAUUAUUAUUAUAAUAUUAUGUACCUACGUAUCAUGAUAUAUUUGUGUUUUGUGUUCGUUAAAAACUACCUAUUAUAAUUUAUAAUAGGCAAGACUUAAACGAGAUAAAAAAAAUAAAAAGCUCUUACACAAUCUUUUAAACGAUUGAAUAAAACGAACAGUUUUACAUUAUAAUAUACGCAUAUUAUAACAUUAUACUCCGGCAUACCUAUGUUACAUGUCCACAUUAUAAAAUAUGUGUUGUACAUUUUACAGUCGAUUUAAUGAAGCAAUAAUUUUAUUAACUAUAUAGGUGUAUCAGUGUAAUGUAUCAUAUUUUAAAUAUAUAUAAUAUACCUAUAGUAGUUGUAACACCAGAGGCUUAUAUUAUUAUUAUUUUUAAAUUAGUAAUUUUAAAACGCGUAUAUCGGUUCUUGAGUGCACACGGGUACACUCAACAAUAUUUAUAGCAUUUUAUUACAUUUGCAUAAUCUAUAUCGUAUAAAUGCACAUAAUAUGUGUAAGUGUAUAAGCGUAAAAUAUGUAAAUUUGGAAGAAAACGUGUCUUUACGGAAAUUCUUAUAGAGCUACCGCUGCAAUUGAAAUGUUUAUGAGUUAAUGGAGGUGUGCAAUAGGUGAUAUAAUAUUAUUGUAAGAUGGAGAAAAAAUAUAAUAAUGUAGACAAAUCUAUUGGACUUUAGUGUAAUGUGCUUUAUUUAUAAUUUAAUUUUGUUUUUUUAUUUUUGAACGAUUUGAGGCCAGAAAUCCUGGUCCGAUCAUCAACAUUAGGCGUGCUUUAUAGUAGCGUCUAGUCGAUGCUAUUCGAGGAAGUUAUUUUUUUGAUUUGCCUAGUAGUUUUUUUUUUUGAUAAUUUGGAAAAUAAUCGCAGGAUGAACGAGAAUAUUUACGCUAUAACAGUUUCUGUUAAUUUUGAUUUCGUUUUUUUAAAUUUUUUUUUUGUUAUUGUGAUUCGUAUAAAAUACUCUUUGAGAUCUGCAAUUUUUAUAAAAGUCUUAUAAUUAGCACAUGCUGAACGUGGUCUAAUUUUAAAAAUAUUAUUUCGAUUUUCUAAACUUUUUAUAACCAUUUGAAAUGUUCAAGUCUUUUUAGUUUUUAUGUGAAGAUUUAGUGUAAAUACAAUUUUUUUGGUCUGUCGAAAAAAUAGUUCGAAAAUUUAAGACGGAAUUAGGUUAGAUUCAUUAUAAACUGUUCUAAUUGGGUAAAAAAAAGAAAAAGUUGGGUGUUAUGUAGUAGGUAAUUUGGUUUUUUUUUUAUAUAAUCGUUUAACGUUCACAUUUUGAUGACAAUCGUAAAAAUUUAAAGUUAAAUUUCAAAUAGUGCAGUGUAUUAUUAUGUUUAUCCGAACUCUGCUCAGGAUUAUUUUUUGUUUGCGAUAAUUUAUCAUUUGCAUACACAUAUAAACCAAAUUACUCUAUACAUAUAUUCAUAUACUUUCUCAACUUCUCACCUAUAACAGCGACACUGCACCCAUUAGUAGUAUAUUAUUUUUUUCAUUUAAUUCAAUCUACAUCAAUUAAAAGCGGUCGACUUAUGUAUAUAAUUACAUUCGGUUCGUACGGUUCAUUGCAUUAUAUUAUUGUAAUUAUAUUUAAUAAAAACGUUAAAACCUAAUAAAAAUAUUAAUAAAUAAUACACCUAGGUACUCAUAAUAACAAUAUUGUUUCGUAAUAUUGUCGGUUAAAAAAAAAUUGUUUUCUAUCGUUGACACGUUAACGAACGUUGAAAUAUGCGUGCGCUAAUAAAAUAUAAUAUGUAUAGAAUUAUAUUCGAAGAAAUGCUUUUCUAUAAUAAUGAAUGAUUAAUUAUAGUUGGUGUUGUUUUUUUUUUUUUUUGUUUUUUAAUUAAAAAAUACGGCCACACCAAACGCUUCCAAUCGAAUUCAACGGGCAUUCCAUUAUAAUAUUAUUAUUAAUUGUUGGACGACAAAAUCGCUAUUGUGUAAUAGAAUAAAAAUUAUUAUUAAUAUUCGCGCACGCAUUCAAUGGCACAUUAUUUAUUUAUUAUUAUUAUUUUUUUUAAUCACUUCUCGCACAAUAAUGUAUUCUUUUAAAUCGUGAUUGUAUAAAUGUAAUAAUAUAUGCAAAUUGCGAAAAUUUAAUAAUAAAAAUGUCAUUUGAAUAAUAUAAAAUUUGGAUUUAUCGCGAAACGUGUCUGCGUAGUGCUGGUUUGUGGUUAUGGUGGUGGUGGUGGCAGUGGCAGUAGAAUAUUGUAUUCGUCCUAAAUAAAUAUAAUAUAGUAGACGUCCCCCCAGAAAGCGGAAAUGAAAAAAAAAAAUGUUCAAAAGUCCAUACCUAUUUGACAUUUUGCGUAACGUAUCGAAUUUCUUUUUUGUUUCAUUUUGUUUUUGUUUUUCUACAAUAUUUACGUAAGUGUCACUAUCCCAGUAGGUACCUAUAACAAUUACAUCGUGAUUAGGUUUGGAUAUUUUUUUUAUAUAAAAUAUUUUAAUAUUAUAAUAUGCUAAGUUACCCGACACGUAUACUUACAAUAUAAAAUGUGUGGACAUUAUUAUUACCUAUUUAUUAUUAUCAUCGCAACAUGUAUAUGACAACAAUAUGUAUACUAUAUUAUAACAUUUUUAGAUAAUAUUACAGGGUCAUAAUAUUAUUGGAUAUACACCUUCGAUGAUAAUAUUAUAUUCGGUACAAUACCUGUCUUAUCAUCAUAAUGUAAUAUAUAUAAUAUAAAUUGUCGUUUUGUCACAGCUGUGUACCCGUUUUGGCUUUUCAUUUGCAUUGUGCCUGUGUGUUAUUUUUGUUCGUAACAGCCUUCGGGAUACACUCACUUCUCCCUCGGGCAAUAUAACAGCCCAAAAAUUGAGAAUGCAGUUAUAUAAACUUUAAAGCAUAAAAAUCUCGUCCAAACUCCAGAUACUGUUCCAAGGAAGUUAAUACUAUAAGUGUAAACAUAAAACUUAUAGCGGUUGAAAAAUUACGCUGAGUGUAAAUAAAGGUAGGGGUAAAAAGAAAAAGCUACAUAGGGUAGGUCACAUUUUAAAAUAUAAAAGUUGAUAAUCUUAUUUAUAUAUGGUUGUUAAUUUGAACUAGGGUCGUUAAAUCGCUGGAAUUAAAUUCGUACCGAUAUUAAAUUCUAAUUUUAAUAGUUUGUAUUUUUUUUUUUUUUUAUUUUUUUUUUGAGGUUAUAUUUCUCAUCACCAGACGAAAUGUGUUAUUUGUCUGCAGUCUUCAUAUCUACAGAAUAUCCGCCCUGCGUUGAAUACGCAUAGUUGAAACCUACCCGAUUAUCAUAUAAUUAUUAAAAGCAUCGAUUAAACCAAAUUACAUAUCGGUGUAUUAAUAGUUCGAGUUGAAUAUUAUUAUAAUUUUUUUAAUCCUGAGCGGAAAGCUAUGGCGUAUAGUAUCAGUUAAGUAAUAAUGAAUGUAAUACCAUGAUUUAUUAUCUACUGCUUAGAUAGACAUAAGUGAGAUGGCAGUACAAGAACAGAGUAUAUGAAACAAAUUGUUGUAUCCAAGAAUUCAAAGGGAUUAGUUACGAAAUAUAGACAUUAUAGAGAUCUACUGCAAACCAAUUUGAUGGUUGAAGGUUAGAAGAAGAUGACCUGAUUAUAUAGGUUUUAUAGUAUGAUGUAUGCUUUUUUUUCUGUCUAUUAAUAAGUUUUUGACCAGCAUAUGACUGGCUACCUCAAUUAAAAAUUGUAUGUAGAAAUUAGAAAUUUAUUGCAAAAUAUUUUGAAUCUAUGUAUAGUUGGUUAUUUUUUAGAAAAUAAUUUCUCGUGCUUUCUCCAGUGAUAAUGCGGGAAGUGAUUUUGAAGUUGAAAUUUUGUAGAAACUUGUAUAAAUUAAGGGAAAACCGUGAAUAGUUUAUUGACCAAAUUCUGCAGGUUCGUAUUUCGCGUGGUUUAGCUAUAAUAUGAUUUAUCCGUUAUCAUUGCGUUCUACAGUAUGUAAACUAAGUUAUUGAUUUGCAUAUAUAUGUGUAUAUCCGACCUUCAUAUACUUUAGAACCUUACCCAUCAGUAGUGUCAACUUUUUUUUUAUCUAUGUGUUGCUAAAACAUUAAAUUAACUACAUAUACUAUAUUAUAUACCUAGGUACCUAUAAUAUUCGAUAAAAAAUUAAUCCAACGAAGGUUACCUACAAUACGAGUAGAAAAUUAUAUUAUUUUGAAUAAUCGAUCUUACAAUAUUAAUAUAUACCUCUAUUUAUAGAGGUAGUCAAGUAUAUUAUACAGGUACUUACUAUACGGAUAAAAAAUAAAUACUAAUUAAAUGUUUGGAUUUUACGAGUAUGUAUAGGUAGGUAAUAGAUGCGUGCAGAAAGGUGUCCUUCGAAGAUAAAGAUUUACAGUUCCGUUGGAAUAAUAUGUUUAGAUUCCAUUAUACAGAUACCUACCAGUUGCUUUAUUAUAAUCUAAUUGAUCGUUAUUUUUUUUUUUUUAACUUACCUAUUCGUUGAACGUAAGUACCUACCUAAUUCAAUUCAAUGUUAUUCAUUUUUUAAAUAUAUUAUUCGUGACUAUAAAGAUUUAUUUUUCUUUUAAAUUACAUAUCACCAUUAUUUUGAUAAAAUAUUUUUCGUAAAAAAAAUUGGACUUAAUUAAUAGAUAAUUAUAUAAAAAAAAUAUUACAAUAUCAUACUACAAUUUAACACAGUUUAUAAAAUAUGUAUUCGUAAAUAACGUAAGUAUACGUUUGUAUAUAUACACUGCAUUAAUGGAUAAAGACGACAAUUUAAGUCGUUAUUGUGAGUAUACAGUUUAUUUGUAUAAUUCAAAAAAACGCUUUUCGAGAGGUGUGGUCAUUGCAGCAGCAGCAGACUGCAGUGUAUUUCGUUAUUCUCGUAUUCGAAUUAUUAUUUUUCGCGCCCAUGAAAUAUUUAUUAUUAUUUUUCUCGUCUUCAAUUAAAACGCAAAUUUUCUCUCGUGUUUGUAUUUGUGUGUUGUGUGUAUAUGUGUGUGUGCAGACUGCAACGCGGGAUAUUCAUUUUGAUAUUCGUUAUACCUUACGCGGGGUUUCAUUUGGGUUCCAUAUAGCUGUUUAAAGCAAAUGACGGGUUUUCUUCUCUGUUUAACGUUUUGCAAAAUUAUAAUGUGUGACGGAAAAAAUAACUUUUAACAAAUGACAAAAAAAAUGUAAUAUUAUCCGCCGCCAAGAUGUCCGUAACGUUUUCACGGCAAUAUGUUUUCUUUGUUAACGAAACCAGAUGCAUCUCAAGAUAUUCACCAAAGAUUGAUUAAGUCCAUAAAUACACGUGAGAGCUUAAUCAUUUUUUUUCUUUUCAAAGUAAUUUGAGAAUAGAUUUUAUUUAAUAUUAAAAAUAAUAUAUUACGUUUUUUCUUUUCUUUUAAACGUGUUUAUAAAGAGAUCAAAGCGUAAAAAAUUUGAAUACACACUAUAAUAUUCAUUUUUUAUACUUUUAGAUAUUAUUUAGAAUAUUAUGUAGAGAGUAUGCAGAUAUCUCAUCUGUAGGUUAGUUGCUGUCAUCAUCAGUAUAAUGAUGACUAUUAAGUAUAGGUAUUAUUAAUGAGUAUUUUAUAACAAUUAUUAUUAUUAUUAUUAUUAUAUCAGUAUUAUAAAAAGCUGAUACUUCUGAUGGGUGUAUCAAUGUUUUAGAAGGGAAGUUGGAAGAGUAAUUUAAUUUAUAUCAACGAUAAACAUUCUGAGCAAAGUAUUAUUAUUUAUAAGUUGUAUUUUUUCCUUUAUUGCCAAAUCAAUAAAUAUUAUACAAAAAAAUGCUAAUUUUCCCAAUUUGUAUUAAAAACUACAAGGUAAAUCAAAAAAUAAGCUCUUCAAUGCACCAAUUAGGUAAAAAAUGCUAUAACGAAAAUACAAUUUCUAUUAGAGCAAGAUUUCUCGUAGAAAAGUUAUUUAUUGACACAAAACAUCAUAGUAAAACCAAUAUAUUCCUCGCUUCGCUCAGAAUCUAAUAAUAUAAUUAUUUACGGUAUUAAUAUUUUGUUAAUUUUGAUCAAAUUAUAAUUUUAAAAGUUGGUGUACCUACUCUGUGUACCAGCUAUACCUACGAUUAUAUUUUAAAUUAAAUCGAUUUUUUUUUUAUGUAGACUACAAGUUUAAACAAAUAUUCUAGCUAUAUUAUUAUUAUUAUAGUUACUUUUUUUUUUAUUAAUAUCGUAUUUUAUUACCUAUAUUUUUGCAUAUUAUCAUCAUUUAUUUAUAAAAAAAAAAUACUAUUUUUAAGUCAAAAACUUUAUUAGAUAUCUACAACAAUAUUCUUUGAAUUAAAUAUUACGUAAAAAAGAAAAAAAAGUUCCAAAUAUUAAUUAUUUAACUUUGGUAGUGUUAUUAAUAUAUAAACCUAUAUACAUACAAAAAAAAAAAAUACGCAUCGCCGGUUUAAAUUUAUUUUUAAACUAAAAUAAAUAAAAAAUAGCAAAUAUUAACUAUAUAAGGUACGACUGAUGAGUAAUGGCAAAUAUUUAUGAUGUUCAUCAUUGCUUAACAACAUGCCAUAACAGUAUAUACCUACUGUCAAUAAAAUCAAAUUUCAUAAAAUACAAUACAAACGGAAUGUAUUCUGUCAAUAUUAUAGUUACUUUAUCGUUUUUAUUUUUUUGGCGAUUUUCCGUUAUUCAUAAUCAAAAAAUACUAAAUUUAUAUUUGUUUUCCGAUACGAAUUUUUAGACAAUACGAUUUUUAUAAUAAAAAAAAUAACUUUAUAGAUACCUAUGCAGAUAGUAACUAUACUAUAAUAUUAUGAUGUCUAUCUAUAAUAUAUUCAAAUUUGCUUCAAUUAUUAAUAUAACUGCACGUGAAAAAAUAUAAUAUUAUAUACAACGUUAAUUUUGUAAUAUAUUAUUCAAGUUACGUUUACGGAUUACGAAACGUUCGGAUUUCGAGUGCAGCGAACAAGUUAUUAGUUUUAGUAUGAUGUAUUUAUGUUUUCUCUCGGAAAAUACUACAGACGAUAAGUGAAAAUGUUAGUGAAAAUACCCGGAAUUUCCGCCCGGAGGUAUUUUAGUUGGAUCAUUGUUUCCGUAAUUUUACAUUUGCUAUAAAGUAAACUAUAAAACGUGACUACCACUAUAAUGCCUUACUUAUUUAUCGAGCUCCGCUUAGAAUAGGUUCUUGAUGAUUGCAAUGAUCAGUCCCUAAAGGGUGGUUAACACUUAAUAUUUGGUUUUAAAACUCAGAACAUGUUAUAAGCCUGUAGGUGUCUCCUGCACCGCGUUAUCUGAUUACCAGGAAGAAAUAUUUCGAACGAAUUUGAUUAAUCUUAGCAACACUGGCGCUAGAAAACCUAAACUUUUAAACUCAAACCUGGAAGAAGGUUUGAAAAUUGAAUUAUUUUGUGUUGUUAUUGGAAGUGUAUUUUUAUUUGUUUGCCUGUCUGUACACAAUUCAAAGCCAAAUGUAGAUUUGAUGAACCUGUAGAUGACACGUAGAUUUAAAAAUGUACGUGCACAAGCGGAUUAAUGGGUCCGUGUAUGCACCUCUAAGCCGUAUUUCCGAAGUUCGAUAAAUGAGUCAUUUGUUAGACAAAUGCCUUAGUUUUGAUAAUUUUUUGCCAAUAAUUCACUGGAAGCUUACGCUAUUUCGGAUUUUAUCGGUUUAUUUGUACGUUCAAAUAUAAUAUUAGGUAUAUUUUGAUGUCUAAAUGUGAUUUGGACUGAAUUCGGUAUUAUAUUUUAUUAUUAUUAAUUGUUAUUGUUAUUAUGGGUACAGAGCGACCCAUAUCGUUGUGAAUAGACGAGCACAUGUCUAAAACGCGAUAAUACAUAUUAUAUUAAUAUUAUAUAGUCAAGCCGUACAUUUUAUUUGUAUACAUCGACAGUUCCUAAAACGUGCUCGUGCAUACAUUUGGCGGAAACGAUUAAUAUUAAUUUAGCGGAAACGGGGUACGCCCAUCAAAUCGAAUAUGUAUACUGACGAUAGAAUACCGCAGUAAAAUCGUUACACAGCACAUUUGGCCGCGACUGCUGCAACAGUGAUUGACCAAACUUUAUUUUAAUUUUUUUCCCACAAAGAAUUAUCGGUUUUAAUUCAAUUAUUGAAUUAUAGCGUCGAUUUAAAAGCUUUGCUUGCGAUACGCAGCAAUUAUAUCGUGUAGGUAUUAUCACGAUAAUCGUAUAAUAUAAAACAUAAUAUCCAUCAUAUUGAUCCGUGUGCACAUUAUUAAAUAUUUGGCCGUUUAAAAUGAUCAAAUUAAAUUUAAAAAUUACAAUGUCUUUACUGUAUUUUUUAUUACAACUAUUUGUUAAACAUUUUCUGAAAAAAAGUUGAACAUUUCGUAAUCAAGUAUUUUGUACCGUUUACGUAAUAACGCACAUCACUUUGAUAGUAAUUAGUCAGUUUUGAUUUUCAUAUUUAAUUCACUAAAAUCGCAUGGAAAAAAAAAAUACAAUAUAAACAUCACGGUCAUUAUAUGACACGCAGUAUUUAUUUCAAAAACAACUCAUUAUUAGAUUCAAAUGGUAUAUUGUUGUAGUUUAUGAUAACUACAAUUCAGUCGAUUAGUUAUCCAGGACAACAAACUUAAUUUAUAAAUCGACAAGCUCGUAUUAACGGAAGGGCCAGGGGAACCAUGCUUUCUGGAUUUACGAAUAUAAAGGGUUCGCUGUGAUAAUUUAUGUGUAGAUAAUGUUCGUUAAGCAAUUUUGUAAUACGAACAUAUUUUAUAUAAUUUAUAAUGAAAAGAGUUUAUUUUCAGGUUCUCCAGGUUCAGCCCUGAGGCACCCCGGCCUUAAUCCGGCCUUGUCAAUCGCACAGUCUGUCUGUACAUGUACCCUGUGCUAUUAUACCCUGCUCCCUGUUGAUAAGUGAUCGGUCUCACCACACACUUUUUUUUAAAAUAAAUCCCAAGACAUCUUGGGGCAAGAUACGAAAUAGUAAACGUAUUUACACAAAUACCGUGUUUUUUGUAGUGUCUCGCAAAUUUUUAGAUUCAAAAGGAAUUCUUUAUUCGUAAUUUAUUAUAUUAAUUAUCUAAUUAUAUAUUAUUGUAUAUAUUUAUUUGCUAAAUAUCGACUUGGCGUUAUUUAUUAUUUUUAUGUAAGUAAGUCUUUCUUUUAGAAUUCAAUAGUAAAAUGAAAUAUUUUAUUUAUUUUUUAUAUGCCGAUAAUUAUUGUUUGUACUGAUUUUUAGAUCUGUUUUGUUUUAUGUUUAUAUAUUAUUACUAUUUUUUUUUUUUUUUAUUAUAACUACGUGAUUUGAUAAUUUAAUGUAUGUGCAAUUUUAUAGUAAAAAUAUCAAAAAUAAGUUAUACCAAAACUCACGGUUUAAUGUUUCCAUACAUUUUGAAACUAGUUCUUAAAAUCAUAAAAAAAAAAAAAAAAAAAUGCCGCAGUCCUAUUUUUAUACCCAGUUAGUAAUGAUAUUCAAGGUCAUAGAGGUAUAUAAUUAUUCAUCGUUUCGUAAAUAUUUAAACUUAUAUUGACAUGGUUCUAUAAUACAUGCAUUUUUGACUAUAUACGGUUAAAUUGAUACGAUGGAUUUAUAUUUGUUUAUGUUUUAUGCUAUCAAUGCUUAACACAUUAUAUUAUGUUAUAAUUGUACACAUAAAAUAUUAAAAAAUUAUUGACGGGCGUAACCGAAGAGUUAUUAACGAAAUAUUCAAUAGAUAAAUAUUUGAAUAGUUUAACUAUUCGCUAUAGGAAAAAUUAUUCAAUAGUUUUCCCGAAUAAAACUAUUCGGUUAUGGAAAAAAAUAUUUGAAUGAAAUAUAUUCAAUCGUUGGUAUAAACAUAAAUUAUUUAGAAGUGCUUAUCACUAAUAAAAAUCUAAAAAACGAUAGAGACGUACAUUUUUGAUGCCCGGGGCACUUGUGCUUUAGUGCCCGUCCACAACACUAAUUUUGGUAAUGAUAAAAAAAAAAAUGUAAUUGCCUGUUAUUAAAUUUAUAUUUUAAUUUUAAUACACAAAAUUCGUACCUAUAUAUAAAUACAAUGAAAAUCCCUGGAACUGCAGAACGGUAAAAAUCGCUCGAAAUUGCUAUAACUAUUAUUGUUAAUACUCGCAUAGUGUUAUAAAUUAAAUAUUAUAUUUUUUCCCCCGUCCUCUUUGUUUUUGUCGUCGCAUUGCAACAGCAUACUUAUAUAAAACAUUAGUGUCGUUAAAACUCUGUCGACGCCUCCGUUCAUGGCCGCCCCUCGCCGUGAAAAACGACAAGCCGUCGUCGUUAGAAACGCUCCAGAUGUACGUAUACGUACGACACGAAUUGUUUGUUCAAAAAAAAUAAAAAUACACACACACACACACGUACAUACUAAUAAUCGAAAUAUAUACGAAAAAAUGCUCUGAAGGAAAACAUACAUAUUAAAAUAAUAAUUUUAUAAUAUAUUUUUAAUGUAACGAAAUUCUCGCUUCGCGUGUGUCUUCGCCUGCAUCGUGUUUUAUAUACGUGAGAGUACGAUGACUUUUUAUUAGGAAUGGUCGACUCUUAUGAUAAUAAUAAUAAUAAUAUUAUAGGUUUUCGUCCGCGUGAACAAUGUUUUAAGUGUGCGUUUAACGUGCCCCCGUGUACCGUAGUACAUAUAUAUAUAUAUAUAUAUAUUAUAUUAUAAUUAUUAUAUUUAAGCUGGGGUCACACGAUGGUAGUUAAACGUGAUAGUCGUUAUCGCGAAAGCAAGAUCGUUAUGACAAUAAUUUACUGAUACUAUCAUUAUGUGUUUACGCCAUAGAUGUUCUACCGAAACAGCCAUGUAUCCAAGGCGCAGACUAAAUAUUGAUCAUGUGUAUGGCCUUUAAUGUUCCUACCCGGUUAUCUGGGCGUUUUAUUCAUGGCUAGAAUACGAGGUGUGACACAAAAAUAACGAGACUUUUUUAAUAAAACCCAUACUAUUAGCGGUAUCGUGAUUAUUCAAAUAUCAUUAGGCUGCACAUUCCCAAAUAUAUACUAUUUGUUUAAUUAAAUUUGGUUAUCAUUUCGUUCAUUUACUUGCCGUAUAAAAAUUGUGUUUUCGAAUCCAGUAUUACCGGAAAAAUGUAAUUUAAUAUAAAAAUUGAACUACUUUAACAUUAAAUUUAUUGCCAAAAUAAAACAAACAAAAAACCACGGUGGAAUUAUUUAAAAUAUUGAUUGAAAGUUAUGGUGAAGGUUAUGUUACGAGCUUUUGUUUUUGAAUGGCAUAAGCGGUUUUGAAGUAGAAGAGAAGACGUGGCGUUCAAGACUACAGUCGCCCAGAGCGUCCUAUCACGUCUUUAACAAAUAAAAACGUUGAACAAGAUCGUUGAUUAAGUAUUAGAGCUAUAGGCGUAGGAAGACCUUUUUUUUCAGGGUAUGCAAGAAGCUUGUGUAUCACAGUAAGCAUUGGGGGAAGAGCUUUGCUCCCUAUAUCUCUUCAGUAGGUAAUAUAAAAUAAUAAUAAAAAUAAAAACAAAUUGAUUUUCUUAGUUUAAAGAUAUUUACAUUAUUUAAAUAAUUACCAGAUAAUUGAAUUAAUUUACCCAAAUUAAUCGUUACCUACCAAAUCAAACUCCACUUUUUUUAUAUUUUAACUCGCUAUAGAUACCUACUCAGGCCUGAUGUAUAAUACUAAAUAAACAAUACAGUCAUACAAUUGAAAUGAUUAGAAUUUCUGUUGAGAUUCACACUCAUAAUGAAACACUUAUAUACUUACAGCUAAUUUUGUGUAAAAAAUUAACUAUGUAUAAGUAAAUAAGUUUAUUAAAAAACAAGCUACUUAGGUACAAUAUAAUUAACAUAACAAUCUGAUACAUUUUAUACAAGUUUGUGAGAGUCGAUGAUAAUAUAAUAAAUUAUAUUAAAAUCAUUAAUUUUAUUUUUUUAUAGGAUUAUUCGCCUUGUAAAAUUUACCUUGUUUUUUAAAUCAUCAAUAACACUAUAUCAGGUAUUCUUCUGCGGUCGACAGAUAGCUAUCUAUCAUUAUCAGCUUAAUAAUGGUUUUAUAGUAUUAUUACUAAUUAUCAUACUAAAAUUACCAGCGGUGAACGGAAAAAAACAAUUUCAAAAAUGUAUAAUUUACAUAAUAAAACCAUACAUUUUAUAUAAUUAUACUAACUUGUACGAUAAGGCUAUCGGCACCUAAAUAAAAUUUUUAAAUUUAAUGACAGUGUCCAAAAUAAACCCUUUCACCUCCCUAAACGACAUUUAUGCUAUUUCUCUUGUUACGCUUAUGAUUAGAGGUAUGUGUGCAUCCCCAAUUAAAAGUUUUGUUAACAGAAAAAAAAAAAUUUCUACCCUAUCUCAUCUUUUUUAUUCACCAAAACUCGUUCCUCGUAAUGUUUACCUAUUCCCAAAAAUAAAAAAAUUAUUGAAAUGAAUCCAUUUUCACUUGGUUGACGAUGUAAAAAUGAAAAUGAGAGAAUUUCUAAGAAGACUGACUGAAAGUGACUUGCAUUACAUUUUCCAACAACAGUAACGACGUAUGCAGGAGUAUGUAGAUGCUGAGAAAAACUACUUUGAAGGUGAUAAACAUUAAAUUGUAACUUGUAGUUUUAGCUGUUUAAACUUUAGGCAACUCACCUCAUGAUUCUAGACGUGAUAGACGUGAUGCGUAAGUAGUGUAGCAUUAAUAUUUUGUUGUUUUUAUUAUUUUAUUAUUAUUGAAAAUAUUAUCCAAACAAGUUGAACAUAGUUUAAAUUGAUUAAAAAUUUGAUAAUCUAGAGAUUUGCCAUUUAUUUUCUGCUAUUUCGGAACGAAAAUGCAAACAAUAUGCUAUCCACACGGUGUUAGUACUCGUAAUAGUUACUACCGCGAUAGAACUAUACUAUUAACAUGUAGGUAUUAUCAGGUAUCUUUCGCGGUAGUGUGGUAAUAAUUUUUUUUGUAUUGUUCAUACGGCGGCAGUAUAUAACUAUUGCGAUAACGGAUAUCGCGACAGCGACUAUCACAUUUAACUGUCGUCGCGUGACCGUGGCUUUACUCGCGUCGGUGGCUACUACCUAUAAAAUAUUAUUUAUAAUAAUAAUUGGGCAACUUCUCCCAAGCACAAUGGAUUGUCGUUGUAGCACUGCGUCUCACCCGCGGACCGAAGCUGCUGCAGGCUGUUGGGUAUAAUAUUUUACUCAGAUACACGCAUAGCACAUACACACACGCGCACACACGCACAUAUAUUAUGUGAUUUAUGGUCCGAGCGAAAAAAAAACAUGUGCACACGACUAUAUAAUAUAUGUAUAUGAUAUAUAUAUAUAGGGUAUAGGUAAUUUAUGUGUAAAAUAGAUACGAAUGCGCUGCCGCUGGUACUGUUGUUGCAGGAAGGACACAUACCUAUAUAUUAUAAUAUAUCGUUAUACAUACGUAUAAAAUAUUAUAAUACUUACAUAUUAUUAUUAUUAUUAAACGAAAAGCUCAAUAUAUUUGAUUAACGCGCGUUUCGAUUGUCGCACAGUCACGGUUAACCGUCAUCGACGAUUGUAAUAUUGUGCACUGCGGCUGAACGCUUUUCGAAUAUUAACCGGUCAUUAGGCGUAUACUGUGUUAUCGCGGUGGAUGGAAAUCAAAUGGAAAUGUGUCCGCCGCGACAUACAUGGAGAAAAUCGUGUGUAAUAAAUAUUAUAGUGUAGGUAUAGUGCUUAUCGAACACACUAUAUCCAGGGUUGGGCAGUAUCGUAUAGAUACAAUUGCAUAAUCUUUUUAAUUUACGCAAUGUAUCUUGGAUCUGGAAUCCAGAUACUUUUAAUUGCAGUAUCGAUUAUCUUUAUGUGCUUAAAAAAAUAGUGCGAGAUACUUAAAUAUGUUUUAGUAUAAUUAAAAAAAAAAAAUUUAAAACAAUGUAAAACAUAAAAAGGUCGUUCGUAUAUAAAAUAUUUGAACGGUUAUUAGUUUUUUUUGUUUUGCUUAAAGGGCAAGCAAUAUAAUUCAUCAGUAUAAUUAACAUUUAAUAAACGUUUAAACAUUAAUUACAUUGAUUAUUAUAUAAAUCGUUUAUACCUUAUUUAUUAAUCAAUUAUCAUUACAUUUUAUUUUGUACUUUUGAAUCUAAAAAAAUCGUAAGUUGCUGAAGUAAAAUAUCCACCACAUCGAUUUUGAAUUUAAACAAAAUUUAAAAGUAUCACGUAUCAAGAUACUUUUUUUUAGUAUAAUGUUGCCUAACCCUGCAUCUAUACUAUAUAAGAAUCUCGUUGCUAAUACGAGAUCGGACCUUUCUUUUCAACUAGAAAUAUAUUUGUUAUUAAUCGCGUAAGUCACCUUGAUGACAUGGACGAAAAAUAUAUAUUAUUUCUUUUUUAAUGUACGCGAAUUGAAUUUGUCACGGGUAACGUCGCCGUGAAAAUCUGUUUGUUCCGUACACAUCAAUAUACUAUGUUAAAUAGAAAUAAAUGUUAUAUAGCUGGUUUUUAUGUAACAUUAUACCUACUAACAAAUGUCUUUUUGCCAAUAUUUGUGAUAAUAUUACUAAAAGUUUUUUUUCGAAAACAUGUUUGUAGUUAUAGUACCUAUAUAUAUAUAUAUAUAUAUAUAUAAUAAUAAUACGUGUACGAUAUCAUUUGAAAAAAUUCAAAAUAUACAUACAUAUUAAAAAUAUACUAUACAUAUUUCGGUGAGUGCGUCUUGGAAAGAAUUUUGAAUAUACACACGCGAAAAAUAUGUUUAAAAACUCGCAUAGAAAUAGCGGACAAAAUUACAUUAUCGUCAUUUUUUUCAGAUUCCGCAGAGUGUAUAUAGUCAGAAAAUUGGUUUUUACAAAGAUUAAUUGUCGUCAUUUUUGACAAAUUUUUCCCAGAAAAUAUAGAAUAUUGCAUUGUAUUUUGUCUGCUAUAUUUAUCUAUUUUCUGUUACUUUUGGUUUUGGAUAAUUUUAGUGUCAUCUUUUAAAUUAAAUCAACUCAAACUCGGGAUUCAGAGCUGUUUUGUAAUAAAUUAAAGUGAUACAAAUUUAGUUGAAUUUUCAUAUAAGUUUAACCAUAUUGUAGAUGCGGGUGAUUGAGGGUGUAUUUAUUUAUUUCUUAUUUUUUAGAAGUAGGAAAAUUGUAGUAUUAUGCAGUGUUCGAUUAUUUACUGUUUUACAAAGAUAUGUUUCUACUAUCCAAAAUAGGAGGAAGGAAACCCUGUUCACGGAUUUUUUUUUUCCUCUGCAACGUAGCUUAUGUAAAAUGUAAUAACGGUCAAAUUAAUUUACGGUUUGUAAAAAUACUACGGACUUUACUCUCUGAUUCCUACGCUCGCUAAACCCCCGUAACUUUGAACCGUGGUAACGCAAAUCAAAUAUAAUAUAUAAUAUGGAAGAUUUAAAUAUCAAAACAUGUUUGUAUAAUAAAAACAUAUUGAUGAUAUUUUUUAAGUGAGUAGAUACAUACAAUUUUAUAUGAUACCGAAUUUAGAAAACUGCAAAAACAUUAUGAUAAAUUUUACUGCCUAAAAAUAUUUUUCCUGCCUAAACCUGUUGGUGCGUUUAAUACUUUCGAUUUCUUUUUAAAUAGAAAAGUCCAAAUGUUAAUGUAUUAAAAAAAAACCACACAUUUACACGUCACAUAGAAAAUAUGUAAGUAUAUGUCUUUUUUUUUGCGAGUGACAUUUUAUUUAUUUAUUUUUUUUUUUAACCAGUUUUUGUUAACUUAAUUGCUACAAUAAUUAUGUAUCGAAAUUCCAUCAUUUAUUCUAUAGAGAAUUAUUGUGUUUCCUUAUUUUCUGCAGUUAAGGGAAACAAAAAAAAAAUAAUUAGAAUAUUUGAACACACUAAACCGAUGUUUGGCGUGAAAAAAGUAGGUUUAUAAGUAGGUACCUACGUAUUAUUAUUUGGAACUGUUACAAUAUAUUAUUGAAAAUGCCGCGCGUUUCCCAUAUGUCACCAGCAUUUAUCCGCCAUUAUAUUAUAUAGAUUCCAUGUUUUGCUCCUCUCCUUAAUGUGAAGGGAAAGCCCUAUUAAUUCGGUAAGGGUGUUUCGUAGGUCUUCUUUAUAUUAUACGUAUAUAAUAGAUAUAUAAAAAUCGUUUUCUGCACGCGAUAAUUUACGUGUCAAACCCAUUUCAAAAAUAAUAAUAAUAAUAAUAAUAUAUUAAUAAUAGACCGAACGGUGUUUCGGCCCCGAGCUGUGCAGGUACAUAUUUUAUUUUUAUUUUUUUUUUUGUUCCUUUAGCCCCAAAACUGUUUUGUUCCCACCCACGUCGACGACAUAUAAAUUUAAUAGACGAUUUUCGAUAUGCCAUCGGACCAAUAUAAUAGUAUUAUUGUCUUGUGUAGGUGUAUUGGUGGUCAAAGUGGGAGGUGGCAUUCUUCCACUUUUUUAUGUAGUUUACAUUUUCCGUUACCUCCAUACUUAUUUUGCUCAAAAUAAUAUAUCCUUUUUAUAAUAUUAUAUUACAUAUAUAUAAACAUUAUCGAUUUUAUAUAGGUGGUUUUCAUAAAAAAUUUUUAGAUAUUUUUUGGUUUUUUUUCUUUUUCAUUAGUUUCACAAUAAUGACGUUUGUUUGUAUAAAUAAAUAUUUUUUAUCGUUUUAAUUAGGCCACAUGACGCAUAGAACUUUUAUGUUUUAUUAUAUUGUUUUAAUUUAAAUUGAGUACCUAAUUACUGAACUAAAAGUGCAACUAAAUCUCAUAAUUUAGUUUGUUAUCAAUAAAUAAUAGCUUGUUAUUGCUAAAAAUACUUGUUAUAUAUGACUAUAUAUAACAAUGACUAUGUUUUCUGUUAAAUUUGUUAAAUGUAUAUGUCGCAACAUAAUAAUUUUGUCAUUAUUAAAAUGUGUGUAUAAAAAAAUUUUAAUUUUUCCAUUUUAAACUUACUUUAGUAUAUUGUUAGUAUUUUAAAUGCUAUAUACACAAAUGCUCAAAGCAUAUACAUGCAAAUAUUAUAUUUACAUUUAGAUCAGAAAAGCGAUUAAAAAUAAGAUAUCAAAUUAAAAGAAUAAAACGUAUACCUUAUAAAAAAUUGUUAUUAUAAAUUGUUAGAGAGUCGUAAAAGCCAGAAGAAGAAAUAUGUUAUGAAAAAAUAAGUAUAUGGGUUCAACUUAUUUCCACCCUCUCUUCUAUACUUUUGUAUAAGCAAUAGUAGGUAUAUGAGAAGCAUUCGUCCACUCAUUUUAAGCAACUUUAAUGAGUUUCUAAGUUUAUUAGUAGGUUAUAGGCACAAUCUAAUUUUAUACUCUCAAAUAGUUUGAGUUAAAUGUAUCGAUUUUUAUAAUUAUAGUAAAUUCUCCUCGGUCUGCUUUAGUAUUACUUAUUAGUAUAGUAUUUAUAUCUAAAGUGUAUAUGACAAUACUACUGAGUUUUUUUUAAUUGUUUGCUACGCUAUGCUGUGAAGUUACAUAUUUGUACGUUUGUAUUUUAUAAAUAUUACAUUUAAUAAUUAAAUUUUUUGUGACUUGAAUAUUAUUAUAAUCAUUUUUUGUUUUUGUUAGUAUUUCGACUAUUAUAGCUUGACAAUUAUAAUAUUAUGCAAACAAAAUUAUUACAGCUAAAUAAAAGUAUUUCUGUUAUAUUAUUUUUAUCAUUUAUUAUAAUUUAAAAUGUUGUAAUUAAAAUCAUAUUACAAUUUUAUAAUUGUAUUGUAUGUGGGCGAGACUGUAAAAUGUAUGUUUUUGAGACUCAGAAGAAUUUACUAUGGGAAGAGUUUAUUUUUCAUUGAAAUCGGAAAAGUCUACAAUAGUCCAAAAUGUUUUUGUCUUAACAUAACACAAACAAUAACUUUUUUUUUUUUUUUUAAAAAAAAAAACGAUUUUAUAAAACCAAAUAAAAACUAAAAAUAGUGCGAACAUUUCAAAUGAAUAGCUCAGAAAAUAGCUUGUUUUUUUUUCAAAAUUGUACCAAAAAAGUCCUAAUAUAAGUAUUCUGUGAAAAUUUCAGAUUUUUACGAUUACGAAUUUCGAAUAGAUUACAACAAAAAGACAAAAUAUAUAAAUUACUAAAUUUUUUUUUUCUAAUUAAUACCGCGUACACUAGUAGAAUCUUUUAUAAUUUAUCAGGAUAAUAAAAAAUAUGAAAAAAAAGCUAAAGAAAUGUUUACAUUUUUUCGACUAAUGAUUUCACUAAUCAAAACGACACACCAUUGAACAUUAUUAACACGUGAAUACGAAAAACGUUGACACGGGCAGCUGUCCGUCCUGACCGUACUCUAAAACAGCCACUGCCCUGCAAUAAAUAGGGUACGCGCAGGGGCCCGUUUCCGAACGCUUUUUUCUUUUUUUUUUCUCGACUACCGACGCCGCGCCGCCGGUGUACACAAUGUAUGAUUAUAUUCGUAUAUUUGAUCUAAUACAACGCGUUCAUACUAUUAUUGUUGUCCGGAGUGCAGCGUACAGGAACACACUCGGCGAGGCUAUACAUUAUAUUAUAAUAUUAUGUUGUUAUUAUUUUAUUGGAAAACGGAUAAGGGGACGACGACGCGAUACGAUCGCGGUAGAGAAGCGUUUUCGGGAGGGGGUGUAGAUGGACGGAGGGGAAGGGUCCGGGAGUCCGUCGCGAUAUUAUCGUCGUCAUUAUCUCACGCCUCUUUAGCACGUUUUCGAAACGUGCCUAUCCCCCGACCACUCGAAACCUUCCGCGCGUAUAAAUCGUUACAAUAUUUUUCGACGACCGGUGGGUUACCGGGUGCGGGGGAGCACGUAAUCACACGCGCUGCUAAAAUGGGCGAGCCAUUUACACACAUGUACAUUAUUAUUAUUAUUAUUAUUAUCAUUGUGGUCAAGACCGAUUGUGGACGACGCCGAGGAGAAUUUCGAGUUUUGACGGCGGGACACGUAUAUUUCGGCCGUUGUGUACACUUGAUAUUGUACAUAAUAUAAUGUAACGGAAAACGAUUCUACAAUGUAUAAUAUACAGUCGCAUUUUUAUACAUUUUCCAAAUAAUCGGACAUAACUUUUCGGUGUAACGGCUUUAAUGGCGUGUGUUUUCACCGAGUUAAACCAAGAAAAUGACAAUAACGUAUAAAAGUCGGUGUUUGGCCACUGUUAUUGGGUUCUCGGCGCUGGAUAACCGAAUUUUCUCCCCGAUUUUGUAAAAUAAGAACAUUUCAUUUUUUAACCUAAAAAAAUUCUUUAUAAAUAAGACUUUUCCACUAAUCUUUACCGCCCAUUUAGGGGAAAAAGUAUGGUUGUUAAACGGACGAAUUUGACAUUGUGGAUCAACAUUAUAUUUGCCUAUAAUUUUGUUUUCAAUUGAUUAACAACGAUACUUUACAGACCGCAGUGUACUCCGAUUUUCCAUUAAAUUUCAAAUAAUUAUAUAUAUAUAAAAAAAAAAUAUGAUGUAAAAUUACUUUUUUUCAUUUAUUUUUUUUAUUUGUUAUUUUAUAGUUUGAGACGAUAAUAUUGAACAAAUUGGGUUUAACGUGAUCUGUAGGAAGUUAACGGAUUUUUCACCAAAAAAUAACCAUCGAAGUCUAUAUGAGACAUGAUGGUUUUUCCGUAACCAAAAAAAUUGCUGAUUCCUUAAUCUAGGAGUUGAGUUGAGAUCUUGAGUUAUAAUAAUUUUAAUAAAGAAAAAAAAAAAAUACACAUCUUAGUGAAACUAGAAGCUUCUUUUCUUCUCUACAGCCAGAGCCUAAAAUCAUCGAAAACUAAUCUAAUUUAUUUAUAAAUGUUAAUAAAUAUAUUAGGCAAAUUUCUUUUAUAUCUAUAUAUAAAUAAUAUUAUGUUCGAUACUGACUACAGUAACACUAUAAUCCGUAUUAUCUGCUGCAGAGUCGUUCGCUCGUUCUUGAUAAUAAUAUAUUAUUGUUGGUGGGUAUAUGUACUCAUCUAAUUAUUUUUACAACCUAUUAAACCGAAAUAAUGAAAAUUAUAUGUUGUAGGAUUACACAUACACACACACACACGUGGUGCGGUUUAACAGCAGACCCUAAAUCACUGGGGGAACGACCGUGAAUUCGGCCCAUCUAGUCUUGCUCGCGGUCUACUAUUUAUCUUUGCCGCGGGUUAAUUUAUGUUAUGUGAAUGAUAACGACUUGUACGGACGAAAUGGUAUAUGAAAUGUAUAUUAUAUAUUAAUAACCUUUGGCCAAUGACCACGAUGUUGAGUCCUUUAAUUUAUAUUAAUGCGCAUACACACACACAUACAAAAGAUAAUAUUCGAAUGUACCUACCUAUAUAUUGUAAAAAAAAAAGUUACUAUUAUUAUCAAAUAAAAGUUUAAAUCUAUGCACCAAACUCUCAUCUCAACCCCCGAAAAAGGGAUUCAAGGGGAGAGUAGUAGAGUAUUAUUUUUUGGGGGGCACGGCUCGCGGCGUUUUAUUAGUGUUCCAUUACUUAACCACCUACCUAAAUUUAAAAAUGAAAUAUCUCGUUAACGGGUUGACGAAAAUAAUAAAUCUAUUUAUGGAGUUUUUAAUAUAGGUUCUUAUUUGAAAAUCCAAAGUUUAUAAUGCCACAGAAUACUCCUUAAAUGUUGAAAAUAACUAAGUAUUUUAAAAUAUCGUCUUUAACUACACCUAAAAAUUCUAAAAAUCAGUAUUUGAAUAUAUGCGAAAUUUAACUGAAAAAAUGGGGUGAGUACGCUUAGUGAAUCACUUUAUAUAUGAUAGGAUGCAACAUUACUUAUUAUUGUUUAUACUUAUACACUUACGAGGUGAUUUGGAUCUAUUGGCAUCUGUUACGUAUUUAAACGCGACAUCAUAAUAUUAAUUUUUUUCCCCGUGAAGGUUUGAACUUUUGGAUUGUGGCGAUUUUCCAUCUGUAUAAAAGUAUCGCUAAAAUAUUAUAAAAUUAUAACACGUGAGCACUCUAAUAAUUCGAUGUAAAAAAAAGAUAAUAAUAUUCUGUAGUACUCACCAAAAUAUAUUCGUAUACGAAUGGCAUUAAGAAUAUUUAAUCAAAAAAUUAAAUUUUAUUUACAUAUAAGAUAUUUUAAAAUUAAAAGGAAAAAAACAAUAACGCAACGAUAAUAUUUAUAGUAUAAUAAUAUUAUAAUGGGCACACUUAAAAAAAAAAAAAAAAAAAUAUCAACUGCAUCAUAUUUACAUAAUUUUUCGGUGUAUAUAAUACAAUUUAACGCGCGUGAGAUUUUAAGAUAUUUAUUUAUGGAAAAUAUUUCUCGUCAUUUAAUGUAUAUGUAUGAAAAAUAAAAUGAUUAAAAUUUUUUAUUACUAUUUAGUUUUUACAGACUUAACUGCCAGCCAGCCAGUCAGCCUGCCCAGUCGCUGGCAUAUCUGCGCAGUUCACGUAUCUGUAUAAUGGUUUUUAGUGGCUUUUUGUUUUCGAGACUUUUUUUUUUUUUAUAAAUAUUUUUAUGUUUAAAUUAGUAUAAUAUAUAAAGCGGCCUUGUUUAUUCUAAUAGCAAACAACACCUCGGGACAUAAAAUCCGGUAAUCCGGUACUACAUAUUAUUGUAAGACAUAUAUAUGUAUAUAUAUAUAAUAUGUUCGUACAACGGAAAUAUUAUGUAUGUACAUACGAGUUGAUCACACCUAAAAAAAAAGAAAAGUUAUUGAACAUAAUAUUUUAAACUGGUAUCCGCCAAGUUAUAGUCAUGCGAUAUUAGCCGUCUUGUAAAUAAUUACCAGCGUAUAAUAUAACAUUUUGUAUUUUAUUAAGGACGCGUUAUUUUCGCCGAAAUAUAAUUGCUGUAUACUCUGCACGUACUUAUGCAGACGCGGGUCGAAUAGAAUCGUUUAAAAAAACUCCCGUUGCGUUUUAUGACUAUAUUAUUAAUAUUAUACUUAUUUUAUAAAUCGAGUAUUAUAAUAACAUAUCGACCGAACCGUAUGCUUAUUAACUAUAUAGUUAGUGCAUACACGUCGUAUCGUAUUACUUGAAAAUCAGACGGACUUACUAAAAGCAAAAAAGGUCAUCCUUGGAAGAAGAAAAAACAAAAUUUUCAUGUUUCUACUGUAAUUUAUAACCGCGAAUUCGUGAUUAUCACAUGCGCGUCGUGAAUUAUUAUAAUAUAAUAUACCUACUAUAGAGAGCUUAUAAUAAAAGAGUGGCCACCGGAUAUUUUAUCAAUGCGUAUACAGACUACGAAUUACAUUAUUACUAAUAAUGAAAUCGGACAGGACAGGAAAUCAUUCUAAAAUUACAUGCUAUUGAGAUAGAUGACUUGAGUAAUUUAGAGACUGAACAAUUGACUAAUCGAUUAAGCGAUAAUUUAUAAACGUUGUAAAUUUAUUAUCGGUUCGCAAAUAUUUAAUUCAUACUCAGUGUUUUUAUAAUCGAUUUGUUAUAAUUAAAUGUCGAACAGGUAUAUCACAAAAUACAAUUCGAUCAACAAAAAAGGUCAUGCAGCUGUGUUUAUAAAUAUUUCAAGGAUUACCAAUCUACUCAGUCUGCGUAAGCGUGGCUUUACUAUGUUACCCGUUAUUUGGACUGAGACAAUAAAUUCGGGUAUCACAUCAUCUUAAUUUAUAAAUAUAUACGUAGUUAAUUCAACUUUCAGAAGUUCUGUAAAACAUAUUUAAAUAAUAAAUUACACUACUCAGGGCUCAUGAGUCAUGAUAAUUUGAAGAAAACGAACGCAAUUAUGCAAAUAUCAUAACGUAUAUAGUAAUUAUAUGAAAACUUUUAGAAUAACAUUAAAUAUUAAUUGAUAAUACUGUUGACUAAAAUUGAAUCAUUGAUAACCGGAACUAAUCAGAAAUAAAUAAACUACGCUUUUUUCUCCUGGUUACCACUUUUUGCUUAUCAGAUAUCGUCUGAUUAAUAUACAUUCGAACUUCACUAGUUAAUAAGUCAAUGGGCCGAUCGAAAUUAUCAAUGUAUGAUAAGUUAUGGAGCAGUGGUUACCAACUGGUGGUUAAAACAUUUUUUUCCGGUAAAAAAGUUCCGUGAUGAAUCUGAGUAAUUUUUUUUUCGUUUUAUACGAGGUCUUCAUAAUGUUGACAGAAACACGGUUUUUCGUUGUUAUGUCCGCCAACUGAUUUUUCUAUGUACAAAAAAAAAAAAAACCUCGUGACCUAUCGAAAGUUAUUUAAGUGGUUGCUAGUGACAAAAAAGGUUAGAAAACACCGUUGCGAAACUAUGAAAAUAUCUAAAAUAUGUUUACUCUGGUUUUAUUUUAUACGAUUUUAAUAAUCGGGUUUUCGAAAAUGUAAAUAUAAUUUAUCGAUUCGUCGUCGCCGUCGUGGCUGCCUGACUAUAAACCAAUUCAAUGUACUUAUAUAUUUAUACCAUCACUCAUUUAUUGUAUAUCAUUUUGAAAAAAAAUCGUUCAGAAAUAUCGUUACUAUUUGUAUAUAGUGCGCAGUACCACGAAAUAAAUAUUGUAUGAAAAAAAUAUAGAAUUAUUGUUCAAAUCUGAUAUUUGAAAUAGUUGUUGACGUUUAAGAAAAUGCAUGUUGUAUUAUGCACGGGGUUGACAUUUAGAAAAUAGGCGCCAAAUGUGUAGCUUAGUACCUCCGAUCUUGUUAUAAAAAAAAAAAUCCCUCACCCGCUGGUGAAGUAUUUCGUAUUAUCAUUCGAGUGUAACACGCUGUAUAGAUACCUAAUCGUAUUUGUCGAUGAUAGGUUUAUUAAAAUAAACACGUAGCGUUAUGAAAGAAAUUAAAUUAUAAUAUGCAUAAUAUUAACGAAAUGUAAAGGCCACGAGUCCUUUUGACGUUUGAACUAUGUUGAGACGGAAUACACGCGCGUGAUGGAAAUAUAUCGAUGUAUUAUAGUAAUUUAUUACAUCUCUUUGAACUUUAUACAUAGGUAUUUUUUAUUUAUUUAUCGGUAUAAUGCCGAAAUCCUAUCGAUUCUAUUUCUAUGAAUAAUAAUGUAAAUAAUUAAUUAAAGAAAAACAAAGACGUUGUUUUCUUGUAUUGGAAAUAUCAUUAUUAACGAAUAUAAACUCUGUAGAUAAAACACUAUUCUAAAAAAAUAGAACAUUCACAAAACAUGAAUGUACGACAUUUUCAUUCAGUCAAAAAACAAUAAUUCUUCUAGAGUAUUCUUAAGAGAUUUUCACUUAUAAGUUGUUAUUUUACAAUAUCUACUGUAAUAAACGGUACGAAGUUCCAAGUAUUUUUAAGCUAAGUGUUCUUCGUGUCGGUCAGCAAGUUAUAUUAUUUUUCGAAGGCAGUAGUUAAUCAGUCUGUUAACUUCGUUAUGGUUCGUUCCCUGAAGUUAAGUCAGGUAAAUGUUUUACAUAAUAUGGAAAAUGUUAAGUUUUGCUCAAGAUAGUUUUUAAAGUUUUUUUUUUUAUUUUACAUUUCAGAAGAAAAAAAUGUUUACGUUUAUUUUAUUAUUAUUAUGAGAUUUGAAAAAACAAAAGCUAUUCAAAUAUACUGUACAACUUCAACUAUUAAUUUGUAUUUUACAUGUAUACGUUCUAUGCGCACAAAACUAUUUGGCUUGUGAAAACGGUGAAUGUUUCAGUUGAAGUAUGAUAGUAUUAUUAUGUAACCAAAAAGCAUAUAAUCAGGGUGGGAUGUUUGAUAUUCGUGUUGUUAACGAAUAUUGUUAUAGUUAAAUAUAGUUGAAGUAAAAAUGUUUUACUAAAUUUGGUGAAUUAUUUUUUAAAACUGAAAAUUAUUAUGUUGCGUAGGUGAUACAGUCAUCUAUAGGUAUACAUGUCAUUUCAAUUUGACCGUUUUUAAUAUUGAAAUAAAAGUCUAUUUGGCCGACUCUGGUAAGUUGAGAGAAGAAAUGUGUACCGUUAGCUUGCCUAUAUUAGUAUAAAGUUAUGCCUCUCCUCCUAUAAAAGUGACUGGUUUAUUAUCAUUUAUCUGUUGUAUGAAGUAUAUUUGGACAUUUUUUUUUUUUAUUGAUUUCCAAUUUAUUUUAUCGUAUGACCAAAAAAAAAAAAAAACCUAAUGUAGUAUAAUUACCAAUAAUUAAUGUAACCAUGUGUAUAAUUAUCGCUGUAUAAUUAAAAUCAGUGAUUCUCCAUUCACAAGUUUGGUAGUGCCACAUCAAUAGGAUUUUAUUUUUUAAACGAUUGUAUUUUUAUUUUAAUUUUUCGUUUUUUAAGCAAAAAAAAAAAUAAAAAAAAUACGUAUAUAAAUAUAAACGCGGUUGUUUUAUAUAGCGUUUCAUUUUUGCAUAGGUACGUAUAUUUUAUAUUCAAUAUAUACACCCACUAUAAAUUAACAAUGACUAUUCAUUAUGGUUUUUAUUUCAUUGCUUUUUACGUCCAAUAUAUUAUUAUUAUUAUUUUUUUUUUUGGAAUAACAAACAAUAUGAAUGUAUAAUUUUCGUAUAGAAAAAUCACGUUUAUAAUUUUAUAUAAUAAUAUUUCAUUCAGGUACAUCCGAAAUACGCAUAGGUAUAGAGUUAUUUGGAACUUGCAUCGAUAAUGCAGCAGUCUUUGAAAAACACCAUUUAUGUUUAAUUUAUAAUUAUAAACGCGCGGUGAAAUUAAUUUCGAAAAUAACGAAUUGUAAGCUGUAAAAAUCGAUUUUUUACGUUUAGAAUGUACUAGAUAAGAAUUUGUUUAAUAUUGAAUAAUGCUAGUAAGAUUUUACCGUUGGUAUUCGAGAAAUGUUCAAUUUUGUGUAUAGGUGCACCGUACAUGUCGCUGUGCAUAUUGCAGUGCAGAUGCAAUGGGUCGAAAAAUAAUAUCAGAUGACAAUAUUUUCCUGCGACAUCGACGGUGUGCCUAACGAAAAUAUUUGUCUGAAAAAUGACAACGAUGCGCAAAAGAAAUAAAAACCAUAUACAAAUGAGUCGAAAAUUAUACACAUCGGUGUAUUACAUGUUUGGUCCUGGAGGAGACGAAGGCUAAAGUCAACUUUUAUAGCAUUUUUUUUUUUUUUUUUUUUUUUUUUUUACAAUUAUUGUGUCUCGGAUAAUUUUUUCCUUUAUUUUUUGGUUUAAAUCGUAGUAUAUACGCACUGCGUUUGAAUAGUGCGCUCCCCUACACUAUCCCUACCGACAAUACGGCAAACUUAAAAGUGUAAUAUAUCUCGUCGACGCGUUAACGGAAAUCAUCGGUUUUUAACACAGAAAUUUAUUUCAACUUAAACUUCGUAUUAUAUUUAUGCAAUCGUUAAUGUAGUUCGUUAUAUUUGAAAGUCAAAAUCGGAUAGCGAUUUCAUCUCCUAAAAUAAGGGUGACGCAUAAAAUAACGAUAAUGUAACGCUUUAGAUAGCCAUUAUACAUUUCGAGAAAAAAAAAAUAAGUCAAUACUAUUUCCGAGGUGAUGCGUGUCUUUUACGUUACGUCGAUCGCCCAGCUAUGUAUACGGGAUUCGUUCGUACUUUGAAAAUAUUUUUACCCUUGAUAUUUUUUUUUUCUUCAUUGCUGCGCGCAAACAAUUUUACAAGUAUUUAUAAUGCAUAGUAAUAAUAAUAGUAUACGCUAUAUAGGUACUCGAAAUAAUAUAAUAGGCGGGUAUGUUUACGAGUUUUACGCGUUAGAACACAAUAACAUAAUACCUAUUUGGUAUAUACCUACUGGUCGUGUAGAUUUUUGUUUAAUAUAUCGGCGCGGAAAAAUGCGUUUACGACGGCGAAACGUGCGCGAUGCGUAUCGCGGUUUCGAAAAUAAUGUAGGAGUAAUAAAAAAAAAAAAAAAAUCAACGCUCUACAGGAUAGGUACUAUAAUACUAAUCGAUCACGAUUCCGCCGACUGUAUAAUAAUGUAUGUAUACACAUAAUAUAAGGUAUCCGACAUCGUUUAUCAAACCUUCCGCGGUGCGGGAACAUUGUCGGGGGAAGGCCGGAUAAUGGCGUAUACGGCGGUAUUAAUUAAAGAAAUCCAGAUGGUGUUUAUUAUUAUUAUUAUUAUUAUCGUGUACGUGUAUUACAGCAAUGGCGCGUAUCCUGUGCCGCGCGGAGUCCGUUUCCACGAAAUGCCCGUGUACUCACUCGCCGACCGCUCUUCUCGACCGUACGAAUUCGGCAUCAUCACGAGGCGCCGAACGCGUUUUCCGGUUUCUUUCUUCUUCUCCUCCCCCCCCCCCCCCUCAACCACUACUCGGUUAGGUUAUAGUCGUUAUUAUGCGUAAUAUCGUCGUUAUUUCCGCGAGCCGUAUUUAGCCCUAGGUCGGGGUAUACGGUACGCGGACUUUUACGAUAAUAAUAAUAAUAAUAAUAAUAAUAAUAGUAAUAACAAUAAUAGUAUAACGGGUACGCGUCUUGUGAAUAUUUCGAAACGAAAUAAUCGCCGCCGCUAGCGUGUGCCGCCGCGACAAUGUACCUAACCCCGAUAGGUGCAGAGAGAGCAACAAAAAAAAAAAAAAAAAAAAAAAAAAACACACACCGUCCGUCGCGUUCGGAAACGUCCAUGUGAAAAACCGCCGCGCCGCGUCUCUCCGUGCGGGGCCCGUCACGUACAUUAUAACGUACCCGGGCUGAGUACGCGUAUAUGCACACACGCCAGAAAUACGAGGAUAUUAUUGCGGUACACCGCGCCGCCGAUGGAAUAAAAUACACGUUUUUUUUUUUUUCUCUCUCUCUCGGUAUACCAUGUCUGGUGUUUCAAUCAAAAACGGCUCUUGUGCAGUGUACGUACGCUCGCGUCGGUUGUAAAUCAUCGGGGAAAGGAUUACAAGAAAACGCCGAGCCGCCGCCGCAGUGUACGGCGACCGCGACCUUUUACGACGGCGAUCGAAUAUUAUUGUCCAAAGAAAGUGCUGCGGCGCUGUCGUCGUCGCGACGAAGAAUUAAAAAAAAAAAAAAAUUCUCCGUCCGUUUCCGUUGUUUUUGUUGUUGUUGGCCUGUAGGUAUGUACACAACAACAACAACAACAAUUUUUAUCGAAUAUUUAUUACUAUUAUAUAAGUAGGCACCGCGUGUGUGUGAGAAUAUCGAAUUGUCAUUACUUUUCGAAUUAUGUACCUAUUAUACGUAUAUAACAUUAUUAUACUUCCGAACCGACGAUUGUCGUAAAUUUUAUCGUAAUAAUAUAAUACUAUUGUCAUCAUAUUAUGCGCCGAGGCGGUUUUCUAUAUAAUAUUUUAACGUACCUACCUAUAUACUCAUUUUCUCGUGCUAUUCGUGACGUCUCCUGAAUCGUUAAUGGAUAACGCGCACAGACGUAUAUAUAAAUAUUGGCGAUUGUCGUCGUUGCAUUGCUGUUAUUAUUAUUGCCCGCCUUGCUCAGGAGCGUAUUAUUUAUAAUAAUAUUAUUUUAAUUUACGUACGCGGCUAAUGAACGACAAAAACGUGUGUGUAUACAUAGGUAUAUAUAGCCCCUGCACGGGCAUUAUAAUAUUAUUAUGUACACGGGCGAGUCAAAGGUCUAGGUUUGUUCUUGACGGUGCCUAUAAUAACGAAAUGCGCGUGUAGGCGCAGGUAUACUUAUAGAGUCGCAGCUAUUAUCGGCACAUAAUAUUCGUUUUGCAUAUUUCGUUUGUAAAAAAAAAAAAAAUAAAUAUAUUAUUAUAAUAUUAUGUACACGAGUGAUCAAUCGUCGAUAAGACAUUACUUAUUAUCUAGGACUUUUAUCGGAAUUUGUUUUGUUUUGUUUUUUUUUUUUUUGGCGGGGGGGGGGGGUAAAUGUAUACGAAACAAAUCGUUUUAAAAUGUUACGUUACUGUUAUUUUUUGACACCCUUAUUUUCCUACCCGUUAUUGAUUUUGAUUUUCCAAAACACUGAGCGUGUUACCGAGUAUUAAUCACCCUGUACAAUAUAUUACUACUCGCUUAUACAUAUUGUACCAAGGAUGACGUGUGUAUGUAUCAAUACUAUUAUUAAUAUAAUAUCUUUUGGAAUUACAUAACAUCAUAACUGCAGUGUGGUUGAUAUACGUAUAGAUAAAUAGAAGAGACUUUAUUUUAUUACAGUACGCGUUUGAAUCAGAUAUUAUAUUGCUUCGCGAUGGCAAUGAGUGGACGGAUAUAUUUUGUAAUGGUUAGUGAGAUAUUGCGAAAAAUCGAACUUGAACAUAGUGCAUUUUUAUAUUAUAUAUAUAUGUUAUUACAUCCUAUAAAAAUUGUCAAAAAAAAAAAUGAUCGGUAAGCAUGCUCUAUUAAAUUUCAAAAAAAAAAAAUGUGUAACGAUGAUGAUGUUAUAAACUACAUUUUUCGGACGCAAAAACAAGCGGAUCCGUGAAAAAAAUAAGACAACUGUUUCUAAAACCCUUCAGCAUAUAAAAAACGAAACGUUUUAAAAAUAUUGUGUUUACGAUUAAAUUGAUUUUACAAUUAAGUUAUCAGGAUAAAAAAAAUAUUAGAGUUUUACCGUUUUUCUUAUAAAUGAGAGUCAUUUUUAUUAUCUACUUCAAAUGUUAUGUGUUAUAUUGUUUUUCGAUGAGAAUUUUAUUGGGACGUGUUAAAUCUUCCACAUACAGAUAAUCGGAUACGUCUCAUUUUUUUUUUUACAAAACAAAAACUACAAAAAUCAUUACAUUCCCCACAUCGGAAAUGAUCAAAACGUAAAUUUCACCAAAAACUAUACUGAAAACGGUUUCUCGGCGGGUUCACGCUACACCGAAGGUUGUCCGUGACCAAAAACGGAAAGCAGUGAGAUAGGCUGCGGCCGAACCAACGGCGGGGGAGCGCGCGGCCAGAACCCAUUGGUACGUGAGGCUCGGUUAUUUCGGGGCUCUGCGGUCUUGUGGUCCUUAGUACGACACGGGGAAACGCCGGACCGGCUUGCCGCUCCGGUUCCUCCUGAACCUCCGUGCCUCCUUACUAGCUAUAGGCUAAAACAGGGUGAGCGGUUGUAGGGUGGCACACACACCCACUAAAACUCGGAAUUUAGUCUGCACUGAAAACAGUAGGUAUAAGUAAUGUAGGUAUUAACCUUACAUUGUAAAAUAAAAUAUAAUUAUAGUGUGUUCGGUUGUAAGUUGUAACUGUAAUCUUUCAAAAAAUAUUUUAGUUAUUCGUGUUCGACCUUAGGUGUUUUCUUUUUUUAACUAAUAUAAUAUAUAUAUAUAUAUGUAUAUACAUUAUGUAUACCUACUAGCUAAUAUGUAUGACAGUAAAUGAUGGAGGUUGUUGCAGACUGCUGCAGGUUUAUGCGCUCAUAAUAAACAACGUGAUGAUGACUAACAAGCAUAUAAUAUAUUAUAGUAUACCUACUACCUAUUAUAAUUAUUAAUCAUUUUUAAUCAUACGAGCCGCGCCGCAGUUAUAUAAUUGACAAAUAUUCGUAAUAUAGGUGCAAUAUUAACCAAACUUGAAUUAUUAACUAUGCGUAUUCAUUAAAAUAUCAAUAUAAUAUAUCAGAUAGAGUAGAUUGACGUUCGUGAUUUUAAAUUAAUGAAAAACUAAAUUAUUAUAAUUAAACAGUAAUAACUAAUAACAAUUAUAUAGUUUAAUAGUUCUAACAUAUUGUUUUAGGCUAUGAAAUUAUAAAAUAAAAAUCGUUAUUCUAUAAUAUUUGAUAUAUAUAUAAUUUAUAUAUAAUAGGUAUAAACGUAAUAAUAUUAUAAUAUACGUUAGACAAUUCAAAAAUAGUGAUUCAUACAUUUUAACAGUCGCAUUUAGUAUAAUAAAAAAGCCCAACGUCUGUUAAUGUUGAAAAAAAAAAAAGCUUGAUGUUUAAAAACUAUUUAUUAUAGUUUUAUGUUCGAAUCAUUAAUCAACACGUAUAAUUGAAAAGUGAAGCUAUAUAUAAAAAAAAAAAAAAAACUAUAUAAUUACUAAAGUGUACAUGUAGUUAGGCUCUAAAAUAAAUUAAAUAUAUCCGGACAUAUUGCGCACCUAGAUAUACAUAUAUUAUAGACUACCGUUGUAGGUGGGAAGUUUGAUGGUAGGUACAUAAUGAAGGAUGAUUUAGUUUUUAUCACACUGGAAUUAACGAUAAAUAAUUGCAAUCAAAAACGAUUCUGAGUAGAACUCAGUAAACUGGUAAGAUGUUUUUCUUUCCUCUGAAGUCACGGUAACUCUGAAAUCAAUAAAAAUUAUACCGACAUUUCGAUUUUUUUAUUUUUAUUUUUAUGAAAUACUGGCGGGAAUGUAGACAAAUUCGUCAAAUAAAGUAUCACCGAGCGAAAAAUCCACGUCUUUUGAGGUAUGAUGUAAACAAUUUUGAGCAAUUUCACUAAACAGAAAAAUGUUUUCAGAGAAAGAAAACAUAUCAUAGAAAACUAAUAGCUUUGACACACUCAUCAUCUAAAAAUCUAGAACUAAUAUUAUAAUACGUAUUAUAAUGUCAAAUUAUCCUUAGUUAGUUCAUUAUUAUUUAUUCUUUGUUUCAUGUAACUAAUAUUAUAUUCGAUAUCUAUGUAUAAAAUAAUCGCAUUAUAUUGAUUUAUUAAUAGCUAUAUAAGAUAUGAUACCAAACCAAAAAUAUUAAAUUUCUUUUUUUACAUUCUACUUAUCGUAUAAUAUAAAUUAUAAAUGUUCCGGUGCGAGCGAAAAAGUCAUACUCCUGCACAUGGUUAUCCGUAUGUGUUAUAUUUAGUGUAAUAUAACGUUUGACAUGAUUUAACUUAGGCAAUAUAUUUUCCUCAAAAACCUUCUGUAUGCAACUUUGGCCUACUUUUUAUUACGUCAGUAUACAUUAUGUAGUUAAAUGAUUUAAAAAAAAAAAUAAAAAAAAAAUAAAAAAUAUAAAAGAGAAUCAAGAACGAUUUAUAAACAUUAUACAAACUAUAUAGUGUAUUAUGCGUAUUAUUACUGUCCAAACUGCAGCUAUUAAUCUAAUUUAUCAUAUUAUUGAACAUUUGUCCAUUUAAAGAGAGAUAUGAGUACGUGAAAUAUCACAAUUUAAUAAUUUGUACAUAUUAUCACGAUUGAAAAUUAAAGUAUUGAAUAAAUAGCAUGAACGUUGCGCAGACAAUACGUUUAUCGUUAAGGUUUGAUAGUGGGUCAAGUCACUCUAAUAUUGAAACUAACAGCAACGUCGUCCCUGCUAUAGAACUCAAAUUUGCUAUGUCGUUGCGUUAUAUACGUUUAUGAAAUGGAGACAGCAUAUCGAGGGUAUCACGUCCUCUUAAUCAUCGUAUUAUACAGUCCGGCUGUCUCGUUGUUUUGUAUUAUAUAUAUGUACGUUUUUAAAUGUAUUGUUUUUAACGACGGUGAAGGAGAAAAUAUAUUAUACAAUGCGAAAUAUCAGACAUUUUCUAAAUGGAUUUAAAGUUUUUACCCCGGGCAAAAGCUAGCAGGGGGCUCUCCUCUCGACAUUUUUUGUUUAUUAUUAUCUUGUUUAAAUAUACACAAUAGAUGCUGUCGUGUGUUUCGUGACACAAUUUCUGUGAAACGAAUCGGUUUAUUGGGGGGGGACCCAUCAUGUAUUUGAACUAUAAUUAUGACAUCACAUCUAUAUACGUUCGUCGCCACACACUCGGAAGUAUAAUAAUUAUCACGUCUAAUAUUAUGCAUGCGCGUAUAUUUUUAUAAUUUAAUCUUAUUACUAUCAGAAACUUGUUUACUAUAGUAAACAGUUAGUAUAGUGUUACACUGUAUAGUCAACGAUAAUAUUAAUAAAUUAUGUAACAACUUUGUUAUUUUGUUUUUUAUUAGGCUAUAUUAUUAUAGUCUAUAUCUAGCAUGUAAUAUAGAGGUACCUCUAUAUAUUUUCUAAAAUAAUAUGGGUUUUUUUUUUCAUUAUUUUUAUUAUUAUAUAGUAUACAUACUUGUUUAUUUAAUAUUCUUAAGAACAACUAUUCACAUUUUUUUUUUUUUUGUCAAACCGCUCUUCUUGAUAAAGGGUGCAUCUUAUUAUUAUACACGCGAUUUACUGCAGUGUUUUGGCAUACUUAUACUUUAUAUUAGUAUAUACUCCUCAUAGUUCGUUGUUCUCAUUAAAAACCAUUAUGGCGCCAAUGAAUGUCGCCGCCACCUGAAUGUAAAACGUCGCGUUUUUGUAUAGGUAUAUACAUUUUUAAAAGUAUAUAAACAAUGUCUACUAGCUAUUGUCUACGGGCGAUUUGUUAUGUUUUUUUAUUAUUAUUAUUUUUUUUUAUAGCAAAGACAUAACUUUUAGACGGACGAAAAAAAAAUCAACACAAACAAACAAAUACCAUCAUAGAAACUAGAAACAUAUUAAGUAUACAAAUUACUUAAAAAAAAAAAAAAAACAAAUAAAUAAAUAAAUAAAUAAAUAAAUAAAUAAAUAAAUAAUAGACAGUGAUUCAGUAUUUUGGGUCUUUGCAAUCGUUUUUUUCCCGGCGUAGAUGAAAAGUAGAGUGUAUAGUAUAGUUUUUUUUUUGUUAGUAGCGAAGAAUAUGUAUCGGUUUUACUACAUGUUUUUUUAUAUUCGUCCGUGAUGGACUUUGAUACCAGAAAUCUUGCUCCGAUCAUCAAUUUUAGGGGUGAUUUCUGGUAGGAUAUUUCGUCUAAUUGGUAUAUUUGACACAGUUAUUUUUUAAAUAAUUUGAAAGUAUCAGGAAGAGGGGGAACUUAUAUUAGCAUUCUUUAGAUAUAGCGCAAUUUUCAAAUCAUUCUGGAGAUUUUAGAGAUAUUUUUAUACAAUUCGUUAAGAUAGUAUUUUACGUACUAUUUUAUUGAUUAUUCUAUGUUAUAAAUCCAUAAAAAUCCUUAAACAAUUGAUACUAUAAAACUCUGAUACGUUGUUAUUUAGUUUGUAGUUACAAAUUAAUAGUGUUUUUAAUUUAAGUUUAAAAGAAGUUAAAUCAAACUUCACUCCUCUGAAUCGUAGAGUAUAAAUUAAAUAACUUAUAUUUUUUACCUUCUCAUUCCAAAAAUGAUAACUGUACAGAAAUAUUUUGUAAACUCGUUUAGAUUUUCGAAAGUGACUGUUGUUCUGGAAAAGUAAUAUGAUCACGCAAGUUUCAUCUUAUUCGUUCAAACAAAUUGAUUUUGAUACUAUUGGUUUUAUAAAUCGUAUCAUUUUCAUCUAAUCCAUUUGUGAAAUCUCAACAACCCAAUUCAAAUCUUGAAAGAUAAAAUAUUGACAAAUAUCUACCCUUUGAUGAUAGAUAUUCGCAGAAAUUUUCACUUAAUUUUAUGGAUUUCAUUGAUUUUACUUGUUCUUUAUUUUAUUAAUUUAUAUUACUUUUCGAGAACAUUAGAACAUUUAGAUUUUCCAUCAAAUUCAAUUCACACACUUCACUUAUCAAAUCAUUACAACAUGUUUAUUUAAUCUCAUCGCAUUCGGUUUACUAUUCUUACUUAUCUAGACCACCCCAUAUGGGUCUAAUAUUAUCAUUAAAAUUAUUAUACUUAUCUAUUAUACAUUUUCUAUACGCCACAAAUUUUUGAACAUUAUCACAAAUAUAUGCUUUCAACGACAAAAAGAUGAGAAAUUAAAUUACACCCAUCUUGUUUGAAUUCAAAACCCAUAAAAUAAGGUAGUGAUCAAAACGUAAAAUAUAUAUUAUUAAUUAUUAUAAUUUAUAAUUCGUAUACAUGUAGUUUUUUUUUUUUUAUUUAUAGCAACCUUUUUAUCGAUAAUUUAUAAUAGCUACAUUAUAAUAUAUUAUAUUAUGCACGAAGCGCAUUUUAUCUUAUAAAUUAAUCGUGUGUAAAUUUCAGUUUGCAAAAUAAUAUUGCACCUAGUUUGACCUCGUAAUUUGUCUAUACCUAGUAACAAUCAUAAUAUUAGGUAAUCCUACGCACACUGAUGAUUGAUUUUUAUAAUGUAGGUAUUGCAAUUAUAAUAGUUUUAGGUUCAGCUACUUAUUGUAGAUUUAUUCAUAUUCUAUUCAUAACUUAUGUUUAUGGGUUCGGUUUACAUCGCUUAUUUUUGAUUUUGCCACAUGGGGAAAUAAUAAAUUUAGAAAUCAUGUCAUAUUGUAGCUAGACUACAAAAAAAUAUAAAUUUGUAUUCAUAUUUUUUUGGUAGUAAAAUUGGUAGUCAUCAUAGUAGUCAUAAUACAUACUAAUUUAAGGUCAAGGGCAGGAUAUAAGGUUAGGAUAUAUCAUUCGUAUCUCCUUAAAUUCCCCGUUUAAAUAAGCCAUUGUAUCGCGGUAUAAUUAUAAAUGCUGAUAUAUCAAUUUAUUUUGAACAUAUUAUAAUUUAAGUAUGGAUAUAUAAGUAUAAUAGAGGUACUCUUCUUAUGAUAUUAUAUUAUAUUAGUGUAUAAUAACCUAUAUAAUACCUAUUUUUAGUACACGAAUGUAUUUUUAUUUUUUUUUGCGUUUGAAAUUACAAUUUUUCAUAGAAUAAUAAAUUCCCUUGUAUUAUAUAAUACAAGUAUUCGACUCUCAAGAUAUCAUGUUUAUUUCUAUUAAUUUUCUAUAAUUUGUAAUAUUUAUAUUCAUUGAAUUCAAAUAUUUUAUUGCAUAAUAUUAUGUAUUUGUUUAAAUAUUUUUACUCACAAAUAUUGUACAUGUAGUUUUACUCACGGCGAUUUACGGAAAUCUGACAAUAACUGAUAACUUGUUCUCUGUUCGAUAUGUAUAGGUUUUUUUUAUAAUUACUAUAGACCCUUGGGUUAUGAUUAUUAUAUUUUAUAUUUUUGGUAAAACUAUAAAAAAAAAAUCAUUUUGACAUUUCAACAAAAUAAUUUUUUUUUUUACAAAAUUCAAGAUUGCCAUUUUAUAAUUAUUAUUUAUUUUUUUUAAAUGAAAUGUCGAUGUUACAAAUGUUUAUCGGCGUUUAACUGAUGUUGAAUGAUGUUGACUCAUCAAUUUUUUUUAAAAAUUUUUUUAUUGUCUUUACUAAAUAAAUUAAAAUAUAAUUAAAAAAUAAUAACUAUUAAUUAAUACAUAAUAUUACCAUAAUAUUAAAAAUAAUUGUUCAUAGAAAAAUAAAUUGAUAUGGCAAUGAAAACAAUUUAAAUUAGGUAGUGCAUAAAAAAAAAAAAAAACGUGGAAAAUUAACGACUCGUUAGUUAUCAUUAGUGUAACAUUUAUUUUGAAAUUUUUUUAUAAAAUGAUUUUCAUAGAUUUUUUUAAAAAAAAUUAAAAUUAUAUUGAAUUUUUCAUCUUUAGUAUUAAAUAUUCGACAAAAUUCAAAAGUUAUUGCACAUUAUACAUUUGUCAGAUCUCCGGGAUUUACUCUGUAGAUUUUACGAGGGGUUCCUUGUAUACACGUGAUUUUUAUAGACCAAGAUUACACAAAUUAUUAAUGUAUCUAAAAAUUUAAGAUUGAAAUAUUGAAUAAACGUCGUACAGGAUUAUUACGAAAACAAUAUUUGAAUAUUAUUAUACAUGCUUAAUAUCGAUAUAACAGAAUCUCUAGGAUUAAUAUUUUAAAAACAGUCUACAGAAUUUUAUUGUGAAAAACAAAACGACUUGAUGACGAUAAACAUAAAAUAAGACCCGUGAAGUAAUAAUGACGUGUUCAACAAGUGGUUUGCAUAAAUCUUAAUAUUUUAGUAAAUAUUUAAUUUAAAUUUUUUUUUUUUUAGUGUUUAUUUCUGUAUGCAGUUACCUACUUGGGUUCGUAUACCGAACGAAUCUAUUAAACAACAUAAAAUAGAUUAAAGUAAUAAUCAUGAACACGUUCUUUUAUACAGUAUAAGUAGGCACCGUAAGUAUUUAAAAACUGUACACACUACUCAUAGUUAGAAAUAUAAAGUUUAUAUAGCAUGAUGAGUUUUUAUUGGAUUCGUGGCGUUUUUUUUUUUUUAUAAAUUGACAGAUAUACGCGUGUAUAAUAUAUUAUCCAAGGUCAUUCAAAUUGUAUGAUCAAAUUUAAAAAUUAAGACUGUAUAUACCAACGAAUCGACGGUGGGCGGGGAAAUGUAUAUCCCCCCGGGGUAAUUUAAAAUUUCCAAUACAUUAAAUGCCUAUAUGAGUAUACACAUAAUAUGGAUAUUUAUGUAUAUGUUUAUAAAUUAUAUAGUCGAAAACGAUUAAAAAAAUUACUUUUGAAAUUUAUUUAUCGCGUUGUCUCUUUUUGUUUAUUUAUUUAUUCAAUUCAUACGCACGAUUAAAUUCGAAAGUCCGUUGUACGAAUAAAUACCAAAAUUGGUGCGCAAAACCGUAACUAUAUUUUGUCGCGGGUUAAAAAAAAAAACCAUACAAACUAACUAACUUUUUGUCCAAAACCCGUGUCCAAUUUAACGAUAUAAUAUAAUUAACGGACGCGAGGUCCGGAAACUUUUUAAAGGCGCGUCUACGUUCAACGGGACGCAAAAGUGAAUUUUUUUUUUUUUCUAAAACUAAUACUACCGUUCAGCGUAGUUUACAGCAGACGCUGCGCGAUACUUUUACGGGGAAAAGGCCCGAACCCUCCACCUCUUCCUUUCCGUCCCUCGGCCAGCAGUAUAAUCAUAUAACUAUAAGAGUAUAUUAUAAUAACCAAAGCGCGAAAUUCCGCUCGACUGGUCUGGGUCCGCCGCGUCUCCUCGUUUAAUAUAUCAGAUGCGCGUAUUUAACGGUUCGUUUCGCUAUAUAUAAUAUUAGUUUCCCCCUAUAUAUGCAUAAUAUAUUGUAGUAAACUUUUUGUUUUCGUGUCUGUAACACACUAGCUGUAUUAUGUACAAUAAAAUAAUUAUUAAAGGUACCUACAGUAGAACGCUCGGCCGCGCAGGUCGUAUUGACGUGGACCAACAUCGUAGUCAAGAUUUUGAACGGGGAAGGGGGUUGGCUAUAAUUACGUUUCUAUUCGAAUCGUGGGCACCUAGGUAUUGGGAGUUUGGAGUUUGACCUACUCUCCUUCUCCCAAACAAACUGUUGAAAAGGUUUUCAUUAACAAGAAAAAUCAAUAAUAUAAAAAAAAAAAACCAGCUCAAUAAUUAAUUCAAAAUUAUAAUUUUAUGCUUAAUGACUAUUGGCAUACCUUAUAACUAUAUUUAUAUAACCCCCCCUCCCCAUGAAAACUGUUUUGUCCUAAGAUAAUUUUGAGCAAAUUAGUAAUUAUACAAUUUUCAUUAAUGUAUUUUUAAAACAAUUUAUAUUAGCCAUAGCUUACGCCCAUCGAUUUUCUCACUUAAUGCUCUUCCUUUCUUUAAUAUACGCUUGAAUACGCCAAUACGGUAUUGGUGUAAAUCCGCUUUUUCAGGCGUGGAAGAAAUAAUUGAAAACGUAGUUAACACUAAAAUAGUAAUAAUUUUUUUAUUGAUAAUUUCUAUGUAAAAUGUAACGAGUAACGGGUAUUGUGCAUUUAAUAAGUACAUUUUGUUGAUACUUGUAAUUGACAGAAAGCAUUUAUCCCCCUCCCCCGGAGUACCUAUACUUGAAUUCAAUACUGUGUGUGAGCCAUAUAGUUUUUUUAUAACAGUAUACAGUAAGUUUGAAUAUUAUGUAACGAUAAAUUCAGUAUUUGAAAUUUUUGUGUUGAUUUGUUUUGGACAUUUCCUUCUACUCUCUCUGCUGCUACUAAUUUGAAGGUACGUACAAUGCAGUGGAAAAUUAUGAAUUAUUACGUAUGUACCCGGUGUAAAAUUUAAUGUACAAUUUAACCGAGCUCCAUAUUCAACAUAUUAUUGUAUUUCGUUACUUUUAUAAAAAAAAAAAAAAAAAAAAAAAAAAAAUGUCUUAUUAAUUCCCACAUUGCACCGAAACAUGAUAAACGGGUUUUUACCUUUUUACUGUACGAAUACGUAUCUUAUACACACAUACGCACACACAAAUAUACACGCCUAUAUACAUACCUAUAAAAGUUUUGUUUUCCAAAACACCGAGUGUGUCGAGUGCGUACUCAAAUAUUUAAUAAAAAAGUCGAGUAUUUUGUUUUUUCCACAAAAACGUUUGCACGCCCGUCUAUAUAUGUAUAUACAGACGCGUUUUCGUUAUACGAGUACGUAUAUAAUAUAGUUUAUGACAGUGUUUGUUAGGUUUUAUGUUUUUUUUUUCCUAAGCGUAAAUAAUACUCGUAAUUAUAUCGUAUACCUAUCUAAUACUUUGUAGCUGUCAGGGAAAAAAAAAUAUAGCACGUUCAUAAUAAAUAAACUGCAGCUCGCAGCUGUUGGUCCAAUUAUUGUAAUAUAUAUCGCGGGCGAGGCGUGUUGCAAUAAUAAUCAUCGGCGUGGUGGACCCCGUCGUUGUCAUCGUUUCCGAUUCGGAAUAAGGAUAUAUUAUUUUCAUGCGACGGAAUAAAAGUAAAUAAAGAGUUCAUCACCGGGUCUCUCAGGAGGUGUCAGUCAACAAAAUUGCCGACUUUUCUUAUUCGAAGAGGUCCGUGUUAAUAUUUUGUUUAAUGAAAAGAGCUGAAUUCAUAUUUUGAAUAUUUCAUAUAUUGAACAAACUUAUUCCUAAACGUAGUCCCAAUAUUGUUGAAAUGUAGUAAAACAUAGUUAAUUAAUCAAACUUUAUUGUAAUAAAAUUAUUAGCCAAUAAUAUCGACUCUGUACCUGAAUAGUUUACUACACUAAAAGUUUACUAUACGUUAGUAGUAAACUAACUAAAAGUAGUAUUGAUUUAUUUUCUUAUUUUUUUUUAACUAAACAUAAUCUUUCUGGUAUAAUUAAAUGUUGCUUUUAAUUACUUAUAAUUACUUUUAAUCGAUAAAACUAGGUAGUAUUUAUAACCAGUUUAACAAAUGGAGUAUGUUUAAGCUUUUAAAACUUAAGCUAAACAUGUAUGGCAAAAAGAUUGAAAACAUGGUAUAAAUCAAUAAUUAUACUGUACUCGUAUUAUAACAUGCAUAAGUAUAUAAUAGUAUAUUUAUCUGGAUAUUGCAAACAUGACACAUUCAAUUCUAACGAGCAUUAUUUAUUUUUAAUAAGGUUUUCCAGUUUCCUACUGAUGAACAACCCAUAAUUUUUCUCUGCAAUGAUAUCUGAUCCCUCGUCGCUUUUUUAUUGUAAAUGAAAGUAUUGCAGACGGGAGGUGUAGAGCGCACAGUCCACGAGUUAAGAGGACGUCAUUUCCGCAUGUUCAGUCUCCGUUACAUACUCGCGCAACACAGUAAAUUUUUGUUCAUCAACGAAAAUUCUGCGCUUUAAGUUUAAAUAUAUUAAAGUGAAUUGACCUAUUAUUAAACUUAAAGAUAAGGAAAUUAUUAUGUAUGUGGUCUAGUCGUUUUUUUUAAGCGAAUAAUGAUUAUGAAAUAUCACGAUUUAAAAAUGUUUAUAUCUCGACAGCGUAUGCGGUUAUGGCGUUCUUUUAAUAGGUUUACGGUAAUAAAAUUAUCAUUUUACUAUUCAAAUUUGAAUUUGAUGUAAUCGGUCAAUCGCGAUCCAUAACAAUGUAUAAACAAAAUAUAAACGUGGACCUUUUUAAUGAGAAAAUGAGGCCGGUUUGUUUGCGUUAUAACCAAGUCGGCUAUCUAGUUGUUUAUAUUGCAUUUGUGAGUAUAGUUUUUGCUACACGAAUAGUGGAAAUCACGUCCGGAUAAUCGUGGCGAUAAUCGUAGUGCAUAAACCUAUAUUAUAAACAUAAUAAUAUUUUGUAUAAGUAUAAAAAUAAUGUGCGAAGUCGCCCAGAUCGCGGAGAAAACGAGCCGAACACGUCGUACGAAUACGAAUUUAGUAUGUAGUUAAAUGCAAGGCUUCAUAAGUACGAAAAUCGUUACGGAUACUAUUUUUUUUUUUUUUUAUUCGAGCGCGAGUGUUUUUCCAGAACAAAUAGAAUUGUAUACGCGCGUUUUUCAAAAAAAAAAAAAAAAAAAACCAAACCAAAACUCCAUUGUUUCAAAACAAUUUUUUUUAAAAAUAUAUAUACAUACAUAUAGUUUUUUAUUAACAAUUGAACUGUUUGUGAAGGCACGUGGGAGAGUAGGUGAACAUAUUAUAGGUUGAUAUAAUAAUAUAUUUACUAUUAUAAUUGUUACAGUCGAUGUUGAAAAUUAGCACACGGGCUAUGCACGAGAAAAAAUAAAUUGUUUUCUUUGUGUUUUAUAUAUGUGUGUAUGUAUAUGACGUGUAUGUAUACGACGAGAACGCUGUUUUUUUUAACGUUGCUAUCUCUCUCGUUCUCGUACAUAAUAUGUUAAAAUAAUUGAAUUUUCAAAAGUUUUCAAGCAUAUCUCGAGAGUUUAUAUAGUAGCUAUCUGGAUAAUGAAUUUUGUAACUCGACGUAGGUGUCGUUUUGUAUGUACGUAAAUAUAUACGUACUAAUAUAUAAGGACAAUUUAAUCUCUCGUGCAGUUUUUCAUACUAAAUAUUAUACUGAUACAUUCCUGGCUGCGCACAGAACCCAAUACAUAGGGUAAUUUAUAAGAUAUUACAAUAUUUAAUUUUAUCUUUCAAUAAACUAGAUAUUUAAAAACAAUUACAAAUUCUCAAUUGUACAUAUAUGAUGUAUAUAAAAUACAAUACAAAAAGUAUAACAAACUUAUUGUUGUUAGGUAGGUAAAUUUGAUUAAAAUUACUGUUUUCUUCUUCAAAGAUUGUGGAAUUGCCUAAGAUAUUUAUUUCAACAAUAUUUUCAAAUGUUUACCCCUACUCCUUAUAGUAUUUUAAAUAUAUAUAUUAUAUUAACUUUUGAUUUUAUAUAGUGCAAGGAAUAACGAUACAAUUUUGAAAAUAUUGUAAAUGAGAUCAUUAAUUUUAAUAAAUAAAACGAUUUUAUUAUAACUGAAACAAAAAAUACAAAAUCAAUUUUAAUCAAACAUCUUCAUAAGAUAAUCGAUAAGUUAUACUAUGGUUACUAAAUCAUCCAGUAUACUUAUGUUAAUAGACGAAAUCUUUAAGUAUUCUCUAUUGCUGGAGUUAAAAUAUUACAUAAUUAUUUAUGUACUAUCCUAUAUUUUUUCAAUUAAUACCGACAAUUUAAUAUUUCAAUAACAAGGAAAAAAAUAGCUAACAAAAUUUUAAAAUUAUUACGAUAAUAUUUAUCAAGCAAUGUGAAUUACUAUUGCAAUCGCAUUGUUAUACUUCCAUAUUGUUAAUGUUGUUGAAAUUAAUAUCAAAUAAAAGGCUGAUAAUGCUGAUGGGUGUGCCACUGUUUUAAGUGGGACGUUGGAACGAAGGAUACUAUAUUGAAUAAUUUAAUUUAUAUCUGUAUGCAGCGAUAAACCAUUGCUAACGACAAAGGAUUUUGAGCAUAAUAUUAUUAGUCAAAUUAUUUCCCUUGUUGCCAAGGUAAUCAGAAAUCAAAAAAUAGGGACACUAAAAUUUUUUCCGUUUAUUAAUAAAACUCAAUGGGAAAUCGAUAAAAUGGUCUCGUUUACGCGUUAACUAGUUGAAAAAUUCUAUAUAUGAAAUUACCUUAAUAAGUUUUUAAUUGGAGCACGAUUUCUGAUAUAAAAGUUAUUAACAGACACAAACACAAAAGAUAUCAUAUAGUACAAUUAAUACAUUAUUUACUUCUCUCUGAAACGAAAAUAUUAGUGUCUAUGAUUAUUCUAUAGUCUAUGGUUUUUUAUUUCUUGUGAAAAUAGUAUAUAACGUUGAGAACUUACAACAAAAAAAAACAAAUUUUACUAUAAUUUAUAUUCAUACUCGUAUAUUAUUUUGAAUUCCCAUUAGGUUUCGAUACAAAGACGGCUGAGAGACCUUAACAAUUAUUAUUACAAUUAUUAAUUUAAUUAAUUAUAUUCAUGAUUUAUGACUUAUUAAGUCCUGCAGUAUACGACUUAAGCUAUAUACUGCAGUAUUAUAUAGUUUAUUGUUACAGAGACUUUUGAAGAUACAAGUUUUUAUGUAAAUAAAAAAAACUAAAUAAAUAGAUAAAUUAUUAGGUACGUCACGUUAUCAUUUUAGUCGAUUUCCAUAAAUCAUUAUUAUAAGUAGGUAUUAGUGUAGGUAUAGUUUUAUGGUAAGUACAGAUAAUUUAUCAACAAUAAUGCAAUCAAUAUAUCAUAUAAUAAACACAAUUUAAACCGUAUUCGCAUAAGUGUUUUCUUAUUAAAUUAAUCGUGUUAUAUAUUAUAAUUUAUAAUAUAUAAUAGUAUAUAUGCUGUAACACGGAGAUUUAACUCCUAAAUUAAACUUUAGUUCUGUUCAAUAUUUUUUAGUUUAUUUUUCUUGUAGUAAUUGACCUAUAAUUCUUCUAUUUUUUAUUUUUUAUUAAAAAUUUAAAAAAUUAAAUGUAAACCAUUUUUUUUUAACAAAAUCUAAGAUACUUAGUUAUUACAUAAAUAUAUUUAGAAAAAAAAUAUUUUAAUGUAACAAAUAUUUACUAAUUAUGAAUCGUUGUACAAUUUUGUGAAGUUUCCACAUGUCAUUAAAAAAAUUAUUUUUGAUGGACUAAUUGGUGAAUCGUGAUAUUAUUUAAUAAUGGCAAUGAAAACAAUUUAAAUAAUCGUUAACUUCAACAAAUUGUCGAAGAUAAGCAAUUCAUUGCUAUUACAUAUUUGUAACGCCAACAUUCUUUUUUCAAAAUAUAUUAAUAAAAUGGCUAUCUUGGAUUUUGUAAAAAAUUAAAAUACAGAAAUCAUAAUGCGAGGCAUUAGUCAUUAUUACAAGAAGAAAAAAAACUUUUUGAACAGAACAAAAGUUAUUGCAGAUGUCAGAUCUUCGUGUUACACCCUGUAUGCAUACAGAUGACAUAACACAUAUAAAAUGUGAUUAAUGCAAUAUGGAACAACUAAAUGACUAAAUUUUAGUUGCAGCUUAUUAUUUAUAUCUGUUGUUCUUAAUUGAUAAAAAUAUGAAUGUAUGAUGUUCUUCCUUUGGACUAAUAUUGAUUUUAAAAACGGUAGUUUGAAUUAUUAUAUUAUUGCUUUUUACAUAUAGCUAUUAAUCUAACGAGAAUUUCAAGUGCACCCAUAUACGUUCUCGAGAGAGGUAAAUAUUUGAGUUAAUUGAAAAUAGGUACUAUAUAUUUAACCUGGGCUUAAUUACUAUAUAUUGCUGCAAUGAGAUAAAAAUAUUUACCUACUACUUUUUGUAGGUAUUAAAUAACCGUAAUUAUGUCAUCAUUAAUAUAUAAUAAAUAUAUAAUUAUAAUUGUAUUACAUGUUUCUCGUUCUCGAAAUCAAGUUUUACGUUUUGUUCUUUUUCUACUGUUCUUUGAGAGUUUUUGCCAUCAUAACUACUGCGCUUUGUCACGUGUCUUCAUCGUAAACUAUUUAAUUCCACCUCAGAACUUUUUAAAUAUUCUUCCACCGCGACAGCCCAUCGUUUCCUGGGUUCCUAUGGUUAUUUUGAUUUUUCCUCUCCUUGUUAUGUGACAUCGUAAAAAUUAUAAUUAUUGUAGAACAUAUUAUAAUAUUUUAUUAAACAUGUUAUAAGACCAACUGCGGUUGUAAAAGUCGUACACUCUUCAAUCUAUAAAAAUAAUAUUAUCAUGAUGUCUAAAUAUAUCCUUUGUCUCAUGAAAGCAGGGCUUAGUCAAUUUUAUAUUUAAAAAAUGUUUAAGAUUAUAAAAUACAAAUUACGGGGAUUAUGUACUCUUGGAAAUCUUGGUAAAAUGAUAGAAAAUUAUGGAAAAAAAUUACGGAAGACAAUAAUUGUAUACAUAUAUAAAAAAAAACAAUUUACUUAAAACCCUUUUCCUUGGAACAUUAGAUGUAUGAAUCACUAAAUGCAGACUGCAGAAGGUCAAUUGUUUAAACUGUUUACAUGUUCAUGAAAGAUAAAAAUAUUUAAUAUUUCUGAAAAAUUGUAUGUCAUUUUAAUAAAUGAUAAUUUAUGUUAUAAUCAUUUUAUGAAAUAAUACUAAAUUCUUGGUGCUUAAGGUGUUUUUUUUUUAAAACUUUCAAAUUUGAACAAAUGUGCCUUAUUUGUAUUUAGCGAACCAUUGUAAGUUGAAACUGCUGUAUUAUGCUUAAAAUUAAAAUUACCUUCUCGUAGUAGGUUUACAGAGUAUCAUUAUGUUACCUUGAAUAAGACGAAACAUACAGAAAUCUUCGAAAAAAAAGCGAGCAAAAUGAACAAAUUACAUUAUAAAUUAAGUACACAAUUUCUUUUUUUCGGUUUUUUUUUUUUUAUUGUAAAUCUUGCCGUUUUAUCGUUGCGUAUUUUAUUAUAAAUUACAGCGUUUCUAACGAAUCGAAUGAAUUAUUUUUAUUUGUUACAAACAACAGUACAGUAGUUUUCUUUACGAGAUAUACGUAUUAUACGUUGAUAAAAACUUCUAACGAAAUUCAAUAAUAUAUUAUCAUUGUCUCUCUUGACGAGCAAAUCACGUGCACUGUAACGAGUUUCGAAAAUGUUUUUGUUUAAAUCGCACACAAAACAAUCACUUUAGUUUUUUUCAUAUUCGUAAAAUUGUUUUAUUCUUUUUCUUUAAACAGUUUAGAGACCAUAUCUUGAGCUACUUCAUUGUAAUUUUUCAUCCCUACAGUUGUCUUAAUAAUUGAACGGUGGUUUGCUUUUAUCAAUCCAUCAUUGUUUUGGUCAAUAAGAAAACGGGAAAGUUUUCUGGCAAUAACAGUUGUAAUUCGUUAAAGAAUAUUAAUAAUAUUUUUACUGAAUAUUUAUAAAAAGUUUUUCUAGAUGUAAUUUUUUUUUGUGUGUGUUUUGUGUGUCUGUAUAUAUCUUAAAUUUAAAUUAUCGAUGUAUAUUAAUGCUCGUGUGUAUAUAUACAAACACACACACACACACACACACACACACACGCACACAUGAGCGCGCGUGCGUGCGCAUAUUUUUAUAAGGCGUGUAAUAUGGAAUCAAAGAAAUGGUAUGUAUUGUGAACAUUUUUCUUUUUCUCCAUUUUAUUACUUAUAUAUAUAUUUUGCUUUUAUCGUCGAGAUACGGGCCGCCGCGCGUCGAGACCGUAUACCCGAUAAUUGGACACGUUUUUCUCUCUGGCAUUUUACGUAAUCUCUUCUUCUUUUUUUGUUUUUCAUUUCACCGAUAUUUUUGCGGUGGACUUGUCACAUGACAGCACGCGUGGAGGGUAAAAACGUUCUUCUGCCGAACUAACCUCAUUAAGCGUAUAGUGCAGUAUUGCCGCAACUGCAGAAAUCAUGUCCAGGCCUACAGGGCGAGGGGCGGCGUUGUGGUGUCUACAGAGAGUUGGUAAAACUUUAUAAUGCUGCCCGCGGGGACGACUUCCCGGUUGCGGCCUAUAUAUAUAAUUCAAUCUGUACGCAUUCGUUGUAUCACAUCCAAUCCGGUACGACUGUAAAGUACCUGUAUUUGGAUAAAUAUUUAUACGUCCAAAAACCAUUAAAUGCAGAUAUUCACUAAAAAUACCAAUGCAUGCCCUUAAAAUAUGAUCUAAAAAAAAAAAAAAAUGGUAAAAAGCAUAUUAAAAAUGUCUUAAAUGUACCAAAUUCUUAUAAAAAAAUUGCUCUAAAAAUGUACACAUGUUAUGUUAUAUUAUAAGUAAUAACGUUGGGUUACCGGACACAUUUUGGUAUAAACUAUACUAUAAUUUUUGCGACCAACCGUUAAAACCUUAUAUAUAAAAUAAUAAAAAUAUCUACCCUAUAAUAUCUACCGAAUGGGUAAUAUCAUAAACUAAAAAAGGACGCAAACUUUGGCAGAAGAACUAUAUAUUCUUCCUGCCCCUUAUACGUACAAAAGAAGAACAUUUCUAGUUACCCCUGUUUUGGACAGAAACGAACAUUUUCGGUACCCAGUGCUUUAAUAUGUACAUCAACUUCAGUUUUUAUAAAUUUGAAAUCAUUUUAACCGUAUAGAAAAUAGAAAUGAACUCAUAUAUGUUAGAAAGACGUUUUAAACAUAAGUGAUGACGAUUUUCACUGCAAAAACAAACAUUUAUUUUAUUACAAGACAAAUACUAAUAUCCACGUUUUUGAGAAUUCGCUAUAUGUUAUAAAAUAAAUAGUAGUUUUCCCGUCACAACUUUUUUAUGUAUAAAACUAUUUCGAGUACAAAUAAAUUGUUAUUUAUUUUACUUUUGAUGUACCUAAUAUUAUUUAAAGAGAGAAUGAGAAAUAUUGUCACUUUAAAAGGUGAACUUGUGUAUAUUUUAGUCGAUUAAGACCUGAAAUCUAGGAAAAACUGUAGGAAUUAUGAUUGAUGAAGCAGGAUUUUAAUUUUUAAAACAGAUUAUGAGUUAUAUAGGUUCUAAUAGGAUAUUUUAUAAAUAGAUAUUAAUUCUCUUUAGAUGAAAAUCGCAGUAUAAUUAAUUGUGAUUUUGAAAUAUGUUCAACAAUUUAUUUUAAGUCUUUUGUUUUUUAUUUAUUAUAAAAACAAUUAAAAUUUGAAAAAAAUGAUUCUAUAACGUAUCUUAUAUAGUUAAAACCUAACAUAAUACGUUUUCAAAAUUGAAAUCCGUCAAACGCAGUUCUACAGUUUUUGUUGGGCUUUUCGGUAUGAAACGUCGUAUUCAUCCGUAAAAACGGUUAUACCCCUUCCCAUUAUACGGAUAUCGAUAGAUUAGUAAAAAAAUCUUAUUAAUAUGGUAGCUAUCGAUAUGUAAUAACAAUUUUAAUUUUAAAAAACUGGAACACAUUUUUAAAACCCUAAGCCUUAACCAUAAUCGCUUUAAGAAAACUGAAAACAGAUAUAUGUAUAUAUAUACAUAAAACAACGGACAUACUUCGUACGAUGGAUGUGCCACUAUUGUAGUUGAGAAGUUGAAAAAAUAGAAGGAAAAUUGCAGUAUGUAUAUGUAUAUCUACACGCAAAGAUUAAUUAUUGUUAACGAAAAACGAUUCUGUGCGGAAUUCGGCUAUAAAAGUUUUGAAAAGCCAUAAUAUUUAAGAUUUUAAAAUAAUACAUUUCGUAAAUUUUCGUGUUUUCCUUAUUCAUUAGGAGAACCCUUGGGAAAAUUAAAAAAAUUACCUACUUAGAGUACCACCCCAGAUUCACUUAACAGAAAAAGUGCUACACUUGAAAUUUUUGGUAGAAAAGUUAUUCACAGAAAAAAAAAACAUGUACAUAAACAUUGUUGAAAAACCAAUACAUUUCUCGCUCCACUCAGAAUCUAAAAUAAUAUUAUUAAAAACAGCUGUUUGAGGGAGGGGGUUGCAAAAUUAUGUGCACGUUUUAUUCCGAGGACAAAAACAUAAUUUGUUAAUUGGAUAAUAAAUAAAUUACACAGUUGUACUAACGACGAACGUAAAACAUGUACCUACUCAGAAAUGCAAUUAUGUCGGUUGUAUUAUUUUUAAGUGAAUUAAAAACAAGGACUACACUAAUGAGUGUAUAAUUUUUUAGCUACCGCCAUAAUAUUAUUAACUUUUUCGGGGAAAAAUUCCCAUAUAGAUAUUUUAAAUUUACCACUGUCCAUUAUGUCCGCAAUUUGAAGCACUAUAGUCUGUAAUCCACAAGCCUAGAAAUAAUAUGAUUCCCACCAUGGGUGGGCUCGUCACUGUUGUAAAUGGAAAGUUCGGCAAGUAUAUAUGUACGGGUAUGGAGAGUAUUUUGGUUGGUAUACUGAAAGCAACGAUAGAUCAUAAUAAUAGGUAACCUAGAAAUCAACAAAAACAAAACCGAUGUAUCAUCAGUUGACGAAUUUUUUUUUCUAACUUGUUAAAUACACUAUCGGGAAUUUAGAAAAAUCUUUCAAAUAAAGUACGCCCUCCGCCGGUCGGAAAUCGUGUAUUUUUUAAAGAACAGCUUGAAAAAUCGAAAUUUAUUUACUAAACGAAAAAGUGUUUUUCUUGUAUACAAUAUUUUAGCAUAACACUAAAUUGUGGAUAAAUAUUUUCACACACGUAUUAUUUUAUUACAAUAUUUUAUAUUAUACGUAUAUAUAUACGAAUAUUGAUAACAGUACCACUGAUAUCUUAGAAUCUAAGGAAAUAGUUAAAUCCCACAACCCGUGUAUAAUGCCGGUUGAUAAUAUUAUAUUAUAUACUCUUGACUUUCAAGUAAACUUGUCAGCUAUACGCGUACGUAUCUAUACUAAAAAAUUGUCAAGUGAUAUAUGUGUAUUCAAUAGAAAAAUAAUAGUAGUAUUUUAAAACAAAAAAAAGCAAACAUAAUUUAUAAUCGAAAGACCUGCUCUAUCGUAUAGGUUAAUUAGCUUUAACAUGUUCUCUGUCAAUUCGUUAAAAAUAACGAUAUCGCUUAGUGUGUGUGUGUGUGUGUGUGUUAAUUAAUUCAUAAGAAUUAAUCAUUAUUUAUAUAUAAUCAAUUUGUUUUAUAAUGUCAUAUUUUUUUUUUUAGAUUAAAAGCGUAUUAAAGAAGCAGUUAUUCUUAUUAAGAUGUGUGUGCUUUUUUUAUAUUUUUUUUAAAAAAAAUGUACUUUGGUACAUUUUUUGAACAAUUUCUGAAAAUGCAAAAUAGUACUUUUUCAAAAAUUGUUUUUUUUUUUUUUUUUAAAAAAAGGUUAGCCUGAUUUUUUUCGUGCAGAAACGAGAUGCGAAAUUUCCUGGGUAUGCUAUAUUAUUUGAAACAUUUAUUGACAUUUUCAGUAAUUCGCCCCCCGCAGGGUUCUUUAUUUUUAUUUUGUCGAUUUAUGGUUUUCCAAACACAACUAAUACUACUGCGUUCGGAAUCGUUUUUUCGUUUGCAAUGAUUUAUUUAUUUUUUCUCUCCUUAUAUUCAACUUUCAAAGGCGUUAAUGCUUAUUUUUUUACAUACACAUAGUAUUUAAUAUUUUCAAAUAUGUAUAAUAUAUACAUUUUUUUUUUUUUUUUUUAAAUGCAAAUGUCAACAAAAAUUGAAUACAUGUACUGUACAUCAUCAGGUUAUACAAUAUGUAUCUACCUGCUUUUUAUUUUAUAUUAUGAUUUAUAACAAAUACAUGGUAUAGUUAAUAUUGCUGGUAAUUAAAAUUCGAACGAUAAUUUUUUUUAUUUCGAACGAGUUUCUCCAAAAUAAUUAUUCAGAAAAAAAAAAUAUAUAUAUAAAACGAGUCAUAAAUAAUUUCGUAUUUAGAGCCAUUUCACCGUAUAUUAACAAUUAAUAAUGACCCGGUAUAUUGUAACAACUGCAGCCGAUCACGAUAUAUUAUUGUUCAGGGGAUUUAAACUACAAAAAAAAAAAAAAAAAUUAUAAAACUUUGUUCUUUUUUUUUAUUAUUAUUCUUUUACCCGUAAAUAAUGAUAUAUCUAUUCGAAAUAUAAAAUGACAUUGUCGGUGUGUAUCUUAUGUAUGUACGUAUACUAAAAUUUAAAAAAAAUUACUCGAGAAAUCGAAAAAUUAAUUUCUAACCACCCUAUGUACAUCUAAACGUACAUAAUAAUAUUAUUUCGUACAGUAAAAAUUGGAAAAUUUUUUUCUCUUUUUUUUUUCCACGAUCGUUAUAAGAUUAUUAUUAUUAUUCUCAUCGUUUUCAACUUCGUUUUAAUAUAUUAUAUUAUUUUAAGUAUUUUUAUAUAUCUAUAUCGCGGUAGCACACUCGCUUUAUAUAUAGUUUUUUGUUAACUUUCUUGAAAAGACCGCGCACAAUAUCGUCGUUCGUAUAGGUUUACAAAAUGUUUAUAAUUAUUUUUCCACUUAUUUUCCUUUUUUCGCCGCGCGGGUAUUCCAACGUGGUAAAAUAUUUAAACAGUUUAAUAUUGGCGCGCGCGCUCGUGUAUACGUAUAGUUUUUAAACUCCGGAGGCCGCUUUUCUUUUGUACGUUACAUAAAAAAAAUAUAUAAAUAUACAUACAUAAUAACGUUUAAUUAUGCGGGUACUGCGCGAUACGAGGUUUUUUUUUCGUAUAAAUAAUUUCAAUAUUUGCAGCGUCAUAAUAGAAAUAUUUUAAUAAUAUUCAAUACUCACAUGUAGCGUUUCACUUAAAACUAUUAAAUCGUAUUUAUUAUUAUUAUUAUUUUUUUUUUUCAUCGGUCGUGAACAAUUAUUUAUUGUUUUUUGUACAACAGCUGUACAGACCGAACCCCGACGUCAUCACGAAAAUAGUUUAUAUGUACACGGUUAAAGGGAUUGGGAACACGGUUUUCCAAAAAAAAUUAACCACCAUAUUGAUAAGACUUUUCCACUAUUAAUCUAUACUGCCCGAUACUCGCUCAAAGGAAAGAGAUAUGUACGUUUUUACGAAAAAUGACGUUAUGACGUUUUAUACCGAAAAGCCAUCAGAUAUUUUCUGUGUAGGAAACGCGCUUCGACCUAUAUCAAUUUCAAAAUCUUUUUAUAAUUGUUUCGAUUUUUUAUGAUAUAAGAUACUUAAGUAGAGUAUUUGUUUCAUUUUAAUUCUCUUUAUUGUAAGUAAAAUACAAAGUAAUUUAACUAGAUUUUUCAAAACAUUUUAAUGCUCCCGUCUGCAAUGUUUUUUAAACAUUUUUUAUUUAUAUUAUUAUUUGUUUUUCGGGCGAUAAAUAUUUGAAUGAUAUAAUUACAUAUUAUAAGUCAAGUUUAAUUUUAAUUUUCAGUGUUGUUGUUUUUUAAUGUAUUAUCUAAUAUUGAAUGAGUAAAUAUUUUAUAGAAUCAAGUUUAUUAAUUGUAGUAUUAUUUUUGUCUUCGUAAUUUGGUCUCUUUUUUUUAAAAUUUUUUUCCGAUUUUUUACUCGUUUAUUUAUAUCAUAGUUGAUUGUUUCGUUUUUGCCUGUGAUAACUGGCAUUUACAUUAAUUAUUAUUAAUACGAGUUUAUGGGACUCAAUUUACCAAUUUAAUUUUCAAUCAUGGAACUCAGAUUACCGCUUUAGAAAACAUUUAGGACUCAUUAUAACGGAUUCAUCCUCACCCGUUUAAGUAAAAUAUUAGUAUUUAGAAUAUUUUGAUAGUCGAAAUUUGGAAUGGAAAGUAUUAUUUUAUCCAACGAAGAAGGACUCUAAAAUUAUGUGACAGAAAAGCCGUGUAGAGGUAAAUGAUCUCGUUAUCAAAGAACUUUGAUAAAAAAUUCAAACCCGUGACUUGUCCGAUGUGGUCUGACGUGAAAGACGAAUUUAGUACUCGUCGUUGUCGGACGGGAGUGUCAGAGGGCAAUCAAUUCUAAGGAUAUGUAAGAGGGUAAAACGUAAAAAUGUAUGCUGCGCUCUUUCCGACAAUCGAGGGUUACUCUAUAUUAUACGUAGCAGAUGGAUUCCUCGUGACAGAGUCAUUCAAUCAGUGGGGACGAACUGUGAAACAUAAAAUGAACAACACGAAUAUUAUACUAUUAUAUUAUCAUAUGUGAAUGAGAAAAAUUGUUAAAUUUCGAGGAGUGGCACCCGGAAAUAAUAAUAUGUUUCCGGUGCAUCAUAAAAUAGAGUCCGUAAAAAUCGAGCUCAACCAGAUUUAAUUAACAGGGCGUGCUUUAUAUUAAACUCGAAAUUUUAUGAAAAAGUUAAAAUCGUUUUCGUAUCUUUUUUUUUUUUUUGAGCAUAUUUUUUUAGAUUUUAAUGUAAAAAAAAAAUCGCGUCAAAUAUUUAUUUGUAAAAUCGAUUAUUUCCUAAACAAAUCUCUUGUUCAUACUUCUUCCUAAAAUCAAUCGUUUCAUAUCAAAUCAAAAAAACUGUAUCGUUUCUCGUCGUUAAUGAAAUUUGCUAGAUGACAGUUUUUAUAGUCCUUUGUGAUUAUGCGCUGAUAUUUUACAGAUACAAAAUACAGUACACUAGCUGUUGGUUAUCAAAUGUUGGUUGUACACUGGUGUAAAAGGCAUUAUUAUUUUUAAUCGUACAGCGAUAAAUAAUAAAUUGUAUAAUCACGUGUCCAUGUUAAAUAUUAAUAAUGUUUUAAUCUUACUUGAGACUCGAUAGUAUAUAUUAUAUAGAAUUAAGUAAACACACGUGUUUAUGUAUUAAAAUGAAUUAUUACGCGACACCAUAUUUUAGAAUUAGGGCAGAUAUUUAUAAAUAUUAUGCGUUUUUGUAUUAGUAUUUUAUUGUAAAAAAUAAAAAUAGCUACCUAUAUGAAUUACUAAAUGACGAGAGGUCGCAUGUUCAUUGUUUAAAUUCUAACAUUAAUCAAAAAUGACAAAAAUUCUUAAUGACGUUGAGGAAAUGUUUUUGUCUUUCUGAAACAAUUUUAAAAUUUUGAACGUGUUGCCUUUCUACAUGACAAAUCGCCGAAAUACAAACAAAAAUUGAUAAAUUCGAGCAACCGAACCGGCAUUCCGAUGAGUUUAGUAAGUAUAGAUACUCGCGUCACAAGCAUUUCUUUCUCUCUUUCUUUUUGAGGUUUUCAGAUAAAGCAAUGCCUUCGUUUGUUAUUAAAAAAAAAUUUGAAUUUUUCCCCUGAGUAUUUUUAGGAAUUUUUUUUGUGUGGUAUAACUGCAUUAUAUACGUAUAUUUAAUAGGUUUUUAGAGCAUAUUUAUAUAAGUCUUCGGCGUCCUACUUAAUAUGUAUGUGUAUAGCGAAUAACUUGCGGUUUACACGCGCGAGGGUAUUUCAUAACGUAUACGCGUAUUAUACGUAUAGUAUACCACAACGUUAUAAUUUAUAAUAAUUACUGAAUUCUGUCCGUUUUUAAUAGUAAUUAUUCCAACAACAUUAUCAUAUCGUAAUUAUUCGUGUUAUGCCGCGGUGCAUGCAGUUUGUAACUCGAGGUAUUAAAAAUACAACAAAUAUUUCUACAAAAUCCUUUUUUUAUUUUCCUUCUAAUAUUAUUCUUUUUUUUUUUUUUUUUGUCGCCUUAUCUCUGUGCAAACAGGACCGAGUCGGGUUCGAAUAAUAAUAAUAUAAUCUAAUCUUCGCGUUUUCCAACCCGUUGUCGACACAACCCUCUAUUUAUACUUCACACGCCUCCAUAUCUCUCACUCAAUAACUUUCUUCGCCCGUCGUCUGCACUAUAUACCGCUCGCUUCUACCACCUGCUACCCACUAACCCUCCAAACGUAGCACUGCCCCGCCAUUAUGUACGUUUGCUGUUUCAUUAUAUGCCUUCCCUUCUCUCAUCAACACGCCCGAAACGUGCCGGCCUGUGUAUUAUUGUUCCCUCUUGUUCCAAUGUUACUUCAAUAAUAAUACACUUAAUGAAAAUCAUUUAGUAAAUAUUGUCGUAUGAAACGUGCGGUAUCAAAAAUUCAAAAUUUGAUACUCGAUUCUUUGUUAAAAAAUAACAAAAGCAAAAUACAAAAAUAUUAAUGUAUUAAUAUUACGCAUUAUUGUUAAACUGCGCACUAUUAAGAAUAAUUUUAGAUGCAAUAACACAUUAUAAAAUUUAUGAAGUCGUGUAUUAUUUAUUUCGUAUAAAUGUACGAUUGAAUAAUAUUGUAUAUUGUGUUGAUAGAAUUGCAGUAAUUCGUAUAUUGGCUCAGAAUUUAUGUAUAAUUCUUAUUAUCAGUAACAGACGUAAUGCGUAAUUCGCUUAAUAAAUUAGUGAGUAGGUCAUUGAAGUUACAUAACGAUUUUCGAAUCUCUUUUAUGUAUCGUAAAAAAACACAAAAUUAUAGGUAUACUUACGAAUAAUCGUAUAAUUUAUCUAAUAUAUAUAUAAUUGAAGAUUAACCGAACAGUUUUUAAUUUUUUUAUACGUAUUUUAUGUUUUUCUUUAUUUUUAUAGUUUACUCUGACCAUCCCAAGUACUUAUAAAUGCAAAUUUAAUUACAUUUUCGGCGCAUGCGGUUUUAUCGUUUAAUUGCAUAUUAUAUUUAUGCAUUAAUCAAGAAUGUACAUAGUACAUUAAUUAGGUACUAUCGUUUGUCUUGUGUUUAGAUAUAUACCUAAUUAAUACACGAUUAAUUAAUGUAAGUUCGUAUAUUCGUUAAAAAAAAAAUAUAAUAAUAUUUGUUUUAAUCGAAUUUAACGUUUGAAUGUAAUAGCUCAGCGAAGCCAGCCCAAACUUAGCGGAGCCACCUUAAACUAAGUCCUUACCAAGUAAAUACUUAGUAUAAUCGAUUUUAACCAAUAAUUUGGGGUAUGAAGCUCCGCCAAAAUAUUUUAGUUGGGUAUUUAUGUCUAUACGUGUACGAUGUUUUAUUAGGUUAGGUAUAUUUGAAUUGUUUUAUAUUUUUGCGGUUAUCGAAUAUAUGUAUACAUAUACAGAGUGAUUAAUCCUGGAUAAGACAUUUAUCGAGUUAUAUAUAUUAACAUUUUUCGGAAAUCAAACAAAUCUAAAAUGCAUUACAUACCGUUAUUUUUCGUCAUUCUUAUUUUUAGGAAUGAAAUACUUAAACAUUUUUAUAUAAAACAUUUGAUUUUCAAAUAGCAUCCUAUACUUACUAAAAAUCUCAUAAUAAUAACAAUAGAUUAAGUUUUAGUGUAAAUGAAUUUCGAUAUUGACAUUUUAAUUUCCGUCAAUUCGUUGAUGUGUUGUAACAUUUUAGAGCCUCUAUUGUUUUUAAAUUUUCUAGAAAACAAAUUACAAAAAUAGUCAAUACUUUCCGAGAUAAUGAGUGUCUUACCGAGGAUUGAUCACUCUGUAUAUAUUUAUGUAGAGUAUCAUGCCUACUCGUCGAAUUUAAAUUUGUAUCAAUAUUUGUUUGCAUAAUAAAUAAAUAUAGAUAACAAACAAAAAACCGUAUAAGAAGCAUUCAAGAAGCAUUGUAAACGCGGUUUAUAUAUAUAUAUAUAUAUAUGUUUUUUUUUUUUUGAAAUUGUAUACUUUGAUCGAAGAAAAAAAUGUUAAGUAAAAAAAAAAAAAAAAAACACUAUACAGUGUUAAAUGUCGACUCGACACCAUCGCAUCAAAGUGCGAUACGCCAACCGGAAACGUAUUCUGGUAUUGUUCGUCCGCACGUAAUUUUUUCCCAUAAACAAAUCGCGCGUAUAAACUUCCUGUGGUUGUAUAUAUUUUUUGUUUGUGGUUUUUUUUUUUUUUUUCCCAAAAAUUGUUUGACGUCUAUUCGUAUAUAUUAUAAUAAUAAACUCGAAUUCAAACCUGCGAGGCGUAGGUCGUAUAUGAAACUUUAUAAACAUAGAUAUAAGUGGAACGAACAAUAAUGUUUCGUUUGUUGGUAGCGUACUUACAGACUAUCCGAGUUCGGCGUUAGUGGUAUUUGUAAAUACGUGACCCGUCGUGAUUUUUCGCCCGUUAGAACCAACAUAAGUUUUAGGAUUAGGCAAACGCGUAACUCUUUCGGAGCAAUAUCGGGGGUUUCAUUGACCAACGCGUAGGUUAAACGUUUCGCUCCGCUCCGCCAUUAGUGGUUUUUCAUUAUUAUUGACUGUAGCUAGGUUUUAGGUUUACACUUAGAUUAACUUGUUUUGUAACAGACUCCUCCCGGUGUACCCGCUGAAACUCUUAAGAACGCGGCAACUCGCGGUUACGUUUCGGCUCGGGCUGUAGCAGGACUACGGAUAUAGGGGUCUGUAUGUACGUGGCGGCGGAGGCGGGAACGGUCUGUGUAACGUUUAAUAGUAAAACAAUAUUAUUUUAUUCGUCCCCGCGAUUAAUCGAACGGCACGCACAAUCGCGUUAACGAAUCAAAACACGAUUUUCUCUCCGUGCGCGUGCGUGUGUGUAUUACUGUACCUACAUAUUAUAGACACGUGUAUAAUAUUAUGUGUAUUGUAAUGUAUUGUCGCCGCUGUCGUAUUAAUUUAUACCGGGUGACCCGCGUGCCGAUGUGCGUUCGGUUAUUAUAAUAUUAUGUGUACACGUAACACGAAAUGCAAACUCGGCUCGCAAAUCCCGCACGCGUCGCGUACCGCACGAUUCUCCGUAAGCUCGCCGCCGCGGCGAAACGGAGGAUUUUAAUUUUCGAAAUGCCUACGCGCAUUUAUGUACCUCGUGUUCGUAGCCACGUGUCGCUGAAACCCAACGCCCUCGCGGACUCUGCCGUAUAAACACGCGAUCUCGACAGAUCGUCCCGGCGACGGCGGCGGCGUUAUAUCGGUACAUUUGCGGCCACCGCAGGACGACGAAAGCGGUUUUUGGCACGUAGUCUCUAUUCGCGUAUAGCAGUGGUUCUCAACCUUUUUAGGACUGCGGUCCAAAUUUUCCCUCGAAAAUUUAUCGCGGCCCAUAUGGUUUCACUUUUCGUUUUUCGCUUAUGAAAACAGCUGACGAAAUCUUAAAAUUACCUCUUAGUAAAGUACCACCCCAGUCAGAUUUCCUUUCAGAAAAAGUGCUAAACUUGAUAAUCCGAGUAAAAUUGCCUGUAUAAAAUUUGUUCAUAUAUAUAUAAAAAAAUGUUUCACAUUAUUAUAAAACUUAUGCAUUAGAUCAGCUCAACUUAACAUAUUUUUUUUCCUCUUUUAUUUAUAAAUGUUUUUUUUGAUAAUUUAAUUUUCUUAAUUUAAAUAAUUAUUUAUAUGCAUGAAAUACACCCCAAUAGCUUCAGCGGACAUAGAAAUAUUAUUUUCUAUGUACAAAAAUAUUUUGAGCCCAAAUCGUUAACGUUUUACUGUAAACGGUUUAUCUAAGUACACGGUAAUGAAUUUUUUUCAUACAAACUAGUUGAAUCAACUGAAGUCUAUUUAAUCUUUUAUUCAAUUUUGUAAUCGCUUUUUAUAUAAAUUAAAUAUAUUUUUUUUUCCUUUUUCACAUUUUAAAUGCUUUUUUAUUGAAUAUAUUACCUUCAAAUCUGAACCCUUGAUAUUAUGUAUAUACGUGAAUUAUGAAUUGCGUUAUAACUCGUUAAUGUAUACGCGUGAUACGUGUAUCGACGUUUUUAGAAAAUUUGUAUUUUUUUUUUCUAGCUAUUAAAGUUAAUUAUUAAUUAUAUAAGUAUUCGUUUUGAGAUUGUAAGAUAGCACAGGGAUAAACGUUUGAUUAAAAGUGCGCAAAUAUAAAAUUUAAAGAAUACGUAAUGAUUGCAUGAAAAAAAAAAAUUAAAUCGUCAAUUUAAUCUUCCGAAAAAUGCACUGGAUCAUGGAAUCACAGAAUCGCGCUGUACAUAAUAUGUAUAUACACACGUAUGCAGAACACGGAAUAUAUACGGGACGGGCGGGGGGAAAAAACAUCGAAAACGCAUUACGCACACCGACUCGCUUCUCGUCAUGCGUGUAUUUGCCUAAAUUAUUAUAUUUUUUUUAAUUGUAUAUGCGUUUUUCGAAAAAUCCUUAGCGAUUAUGUCGAUUAGACUUUGCGGCCGGUUAAUCGCUUACGAGAUUUCCGAACGCAAAUAAUGGAUUUGGAUAAGAAAAAAAAAUCGUGACUAUAUAAUAUAUAGUCACGAUUUUUUUAUAUUAUAGAUGAUCGACCACCGUACUGACCACACAGACCAUGAAGUGGUUGGUGGUCUGGCUCCCGGGUCUGGGGCUGACCAUCCUCCUAGCGGCGUGGCGAACUAGAAAUCGUUGAGAGGUGAAUAUUUUUGCAAACUACCCACCCACUCGCCCUGCUCGACUCAACAACUAAACAAAAAUCUCGCUUCUUGAAUUUUUUUUUUUUUUCAAAGACCGUAGGUACCAAUAAGAUGCAUGGUCUUGAAGCGCAUCUCCUUUUCAAAUACGUCCACGAAUAGUUUGUUAAAAAUUUGUAUAAAUGUUUACGGCUCAGCCAAAUAUGGUCUCUUAUAUAGUCUCACAAUGAUUAGCGUGACAUCAUCUUAUACGAUAUCAGUCCUACUUAUCUGCAAGUAUAAUUGGAUACAAACAAAUAACCUUAAAAAUCUAAUCUGUCUACAUUUAAAUGUGAUUUAAAAAACUUUUCAAAAACUUACAGUUUAAGUACUUAUAAGUAUCUAUAUAUAUCUAGAUAUUUAUUUUAUUUUUAAAAGUCUCAUUUAAUUAACUCUUGUUUAAUAAUCUUAGUUUGUUAUAGGACACGUAUUUUAGGAAAUAUAUUAUGUUUGCUUUUAAUGGGACUAUCAAUAGAUAAAAUAUAAUUUUAUACUGGAAACUCGGUGUAUACCGGUGUUUUUCGACUAGGUCAAUUCAUUUUGUUUUAUUACUAUUUGCAAUAAUAUUGCGUUAUGAUAUAAUCAAACCUCUCACUUGUGUGUUUCAGGUGUGUAUACGCAAACGGUAAUUUUUUGUGGUCGUUAUACAUCCGUGUCAGUAUACCGUAAUAUAGAAUAUCGAAUGUCUUCGUCCGGGGAACAGCAAUCGGCGGAGCAGAGGGUGGCCAAGUUCGAGACGUUCAUCAAUGACGUGCUCAAGAACAGCCUGAAGGAGAUAUUCAAGGCCCUGGAAGGCGUCAACGAAGAGAUAAUGGAAUUGGAACGGUUGCGGGACAACAUCGAGAAGAUGCACCGGCUGGCGGAGGAUCUGCCGCCCGGCAAACCGUUCAAAACCCGCGUUAACGUGGGCUGUGACUUUUACAUGCAGGCCAACGUAGACGUGCACAAGUACUUGAUGUGUGUGGGCCUGGGCUACUACGUGGAGUUCAACAAGGACGAAGCGUUGACUUAUAUCCGGUACCGGACCGACAAGUUCAAGCAGCACGCGGAAGACCUCAGGGAUAAAGGCGCCAGGGUCCGGGCCCAAAUCACCCUGGCCCUGCACUGCAUAGAGCAGGUACAAGGAUUGUAG